UAGGGAUUGCAAGGGAAAAAGCAAAACUACACGGCAAAGAUCCUGUGUAGUUUUGUUUUUUGGGAUCUUUUGAGGCUCAACCGUUCUCACACUGUGUAUUCUGAAGUCAUAUCUGGAUAAGGACUUUGUUUCCGAAGACAAAAGCUAGGGCUCCGUCCCUCCAAUUCAAGGCACUCUUGUGGAUACAAGGUGCCUUCCACCAUGUCAACACAGGCACCAACAUUUACACAGCCGCUUCAGAGCGUUGUGGCACUUGAGGGUAGUGCUGCAACGUUCGAAGCUCAAGUUAGUGGUAAUCCAGUUCCAGAGGUGAGCUGGUUUCGUGAUGGCCAGGUUCUUACUGCUGCCGCUCUGCCCGGCGCUCAGAUCUCAUUCAGCGAUGGCCGCGCUGUUCUGAUGAUCCCUGCUGUGACAGCCGCACACAGCGGAAGAUUUUCUGUGAGAGCCACCAAUGGCGCUGGACAAGCUACUAGCACCGCUGAACUACUGGUUACAGCUGAAACUGCGCCACCAAACUUCAUUCAGAGACUACAAAGUAUGACCGUGAGACAAGGAAGCCAAGUGAGACUGGAUGUUCGAGUUACAGGAAUCCCUACACCUGUGGUGAAGUUCUACAGAGAGGGAGCUGAGAUUCAGAGCUCUGCUGACUUUAAGAUUGUUCAAGAAGGAGAUCUUUACAGUUUGUUGAUUGCUGAGGCCUUCCCAGAAGAUUCUGGAACUUAUUCUGUCAAUGCUUCUAACAGCAGUGGACGUGCAACUUCAACUGCCGAGUUGCUUGUUCAGGGUGAAGAAGAAGCCGUACCUGCAAAGAAGUCAAAAACAAUCAUUUCAGCCUCUCAGAUUUCACAAACCCGACAGACUAGAGUUGAGAAGAGAAUGGAGGCUCAUUAUGAGGCCUCUGCCACAUCCAUGAUGCAAAUGCAAGUAGAGGGAGGUGUUGUGACCCAGCAGCUGGCACAUAAGACCCCACCUCGUGUGCCACCUAAACCAACCUCCAAAUCCCCACCUUCACAACUGACUAAAGUGGCAGGUGCUCGACAACAGUCCCCCUCACCUGUGAGGCAUGUUAAGGGUCCUACGCCCACACCUGUCAGAGCUGUGUCUCCCUCUAUGAGACUGUCUGUUUCCCCAAUCAGACCUGUCAAGUCCCCUGUGAUGACCCGCAAACAGGUCGCACAAACCUCUGAGGUCCUGCCUCCAUGGAAACAGGAGGGUUAUGUUUCAGAAGCCAGCUACACCAGCAUGACUGCAGGAGUAACACAAGUCCAGACCACCUCUGUCCAAAUGGAACAACGCUGGGAGGGCUCUGUUGCUAUUCAGCAACAAGCUGGUGCCAUCAAAGAGGCAGAGGCUGUGGCCACUGUGCUGGCAGCUGUCGAUUAUGCACGUGUACGAAAGCCCACGCAUGCUGAAGGGGCUCAAAUGGAGGAAGAGGCUGAUAUAAGACAGCAGGAAAUGCUAGCCACUAAGCAACAGGUCACAAGUAAAAAGGAGUCGUUGCUAAUUCCCCCUGAAAUGCCAACUUCCACCUCUAAGCAAAGUGUACACAUUACCCAGAUUCAAAGAACUACAGAGGCUAGCUCCAAGGUGGAGAUUGGCCUUGCACCAUCCCCAGUUCCACAUUUUACAGUAUCAAAAGUUACUGUACCAAAAGCAGAUCAUAGCUAUGAGGUUUCAAUUGCAGGUUCUGCUAUUGCCACACUACAAAAAGAGUUAUCCUCAGCAACUGCUGCUCAAAAGAUCAUCAAGCCCGUCAAGCCUCCAACAGAUAAGAUCGUGGAGACUCGUGUGACCCCAGAGCUGACACCUCCUCCGUUUAGAGACACUGCAGAGAGAUAUCAGACGCAUUUUGACACAGAGUUACACAGACAGAUAGGCGUUUCGUUUACUGGCGAAAAGUGGCACACCCAGGUUGUUGAGACUGCAGCGAUCCCCUCAGCUAUCAAAGAGCCUGUCAGGCCACCUACCUUGAUAGCGGGUUUGAAAAACGUGACUGUCACUGAGGGAGAGUCUGUGACUCUGGAGUGCCAGAUUUCAGGCCACCCCAUCCCAGCCAUUAUGUGGUUUAGAGAGGAUUAUAGAAUCGAGAACUCCAUUGAUUUCCAGAUUACUUAUGAAAAUAGCUAUGCCCGCUUGGUGAUCCGCGAAGCCUUUGCUGAAGAUAGUGGUCGCUUUACAUGCACUGCUACCAGUGAGGCUGGAACUAUCAGCACCUCCUGCUACCUGCUUGUCAAAGUGUCUGAGGAGAUUGAAAGCAGAGAGGAGAUUACUGUCCAGGAGAAAAAGACUGUCAUUGAAGCCGAAAAGGAGAUCAUGUCUGAAGUCUCAAUGGACACUGGAGUACCUGUAGCUCCAUUUUUUGUAAAGAAGCCAGUUGUUCAGAAACUGGUCGAGGGUGGGAGUGUUGUCUUUCAGUGCCAGAUCGGAGGCAGCCCUAAACCCCAUAUUUACUGGAAGAAGAGUGGAAUUCCACUCACUACUGGAUACAGAUAUAGAGUUAGCCAUAACAAGGACACAGGGGAAUGCAAGUUGGAGAUUUCUAUGACAUUUGCUGAUGAUGCUGGAGAAUACACCAUCUUCGCCAAGAACCAACAUGGAGAGGCCUCUGCUUCCACAAACCUCCUUGAGGAAGAGGAAUUUGAAGCCUAUAUGAAGAAACAGGAUGUGACAUAUGUAACGGAAGUGACGGCAAUGGUACAGGAACCCAAAGUGGCGGAUGUGCCCCCUGUAGUUGUAAGCGAAUAUGACAAAGAGCUGAUGCAGAGGAGGAUGGCUCAACAAACACAAAUGAUGAAGUCCUUCAUCUCAGAGACAGAGUUUCAAAUUUCUGCAAUCGAGCAAAGAAUAAUCCAAGAGAUUGAAAUCCGCAUCCUUAAAAUAACGUACCAAGAGCUGGUGAUUGAGGAUGGUGAAGAGAUGGUCAUGAAUAUUGCUGAGCAUGAGGCUGUCGGAUCCUCAUUUAGCACUCCAGUCAAAAGCUACAGAAUUUUGGAAGGAAUGGGUGUCACUUUCCAUUGCAAGAUGGAAGGACAACCAUUACCAAAGAUUGCAUGGUAUAAAGAUGGCAAGCGCAUUAGGCAUGGAGGCCGAUAUCAGAUGGAGGUUCUACAGGAUGGUAGAGCCAGUCUGCGCCUUCCUGUGGUGCUGCCAGAAGACGAGGGAAUCUAUACUGCAUUUGCCAGCAAUAUGAAGGGUAAUGCUGUCAGUUCUGGAAAGCUCUAUGUGGAGUCCACUGCAGCUGCACAGCCUUACUACCCUCAAGCCGAAGCAGUGAGGAGAGUCCAGUCUACAUCUCCAAUGUCUGCACGCUCAAUUAGCUACUCCCCUGGACGUUCUCCUGCACGGUCUGUUAGCCGCUCUCCUGCUCGUAGACUUGAUGACACGGAUGAGACCCAACUGGAGAGGCUGUAUAAGCCUGUAUUUGUACAGAAGCCGUCAUCCUUCAGGUGUUCUGAAGGACAGACUGCAAGGUUUGAUCUGAAAGUAGUUGGAAGACCCAUGCCUGACACCUACUGGUUCCACAUGGGGCAACAAGUGGUCAAUGACUACACCCACAAGAUUGUGGUAAAGGAGGAUGGAACUCAGUCAAUGAUUGUGGUUCCUGCUAUGCCUCAGGAUUCUGGAGAGUGGAGCGUAGUUGCUCAGAACAGAGCAGGAAAGACUAUUGUUUCUAUGACUCUCACUGUUGAAGCAAAGGAAAAUUUGGUCCGACCUCAGUUUAUAGAAAAGCUAAAGAACAUUAGUGUUAAGGAGGGAAGUUUAGUUGAGUUGGCAGUGAAAGCCAUUGGAAACCCCCUUCCUGACAUUGUCUGGCUAAAAAACAGUGAUAUCAUCUCUCCUCAUAAAUACCCUCACAUCAAAAUUGAGGGUACCAAAGGAGAAGCACAUUUCAAGAUUCCACAGACCUCUGGCUCUGACAGUGCAUGGUACACAGCCACAGCCAUAAACAAAGCUGGCAGAGAUACCACCCGCUGCAGAGUCAAUGUGGAGGUAGAGUACACUGAACCUGAACCAGAAAGAAGACUCAUCAUUCCCAAAGGGACAUAUAAGGCUAAGGAAAUUGCUGCACCAGAGAUUGAACCUCUGCAUCUUCGCUAUGGCCAGGAACAAUGGGAAGAAGGUGACCUCUAUGACAAGGAAAAGCAACAGAAGCCACACUUCAAAAAGAAGCUUACUUCAGUCAGGAUGAAGCGAUUUGGUCCCGUGCACUUUGAGUGCAGACUCACCCCUAUCGGUGACCCAACCAUGAUUGUUGAGUGGCUUCAUGAUGGCAAGCCACUGGAAGCUGCUAACAGGCUGCGCAUGAUCAAUGAGUUUGGCUAUUGCAGUCUUGAUUAUGAAGUUGCUUAUUCCAGAGAUAGUGGUGUCAUUACUUGCAGAGCCACUAACAAGUUUGGUGUUGACCAGACUUCCGCAACAUUGAUUGUGAAGGAUGAGAAGAGUCUGGUAGAGGAGAGUCAGUUGCCAGAGGGAAGGAAAGUACAGAGAAUGGAUGAAAUGGAGCGAAUUGCUCAUGAGGGUGCACCCUCAGGAGUUACUGGGGACGACAUGACUGAGAAGACCAAACCAGAGAUAGUCCUGCUCCCAGAACCCAUACGAGUAUUUGAGGGGGAAACAGCCAAAUAUCGCUGCAGAGUGACUGGUUACCCAACUCCCAAGGUCAACUGGUACCUCAAUGGACAGCUAAUUCGGAAGAGCAAAAGAUUCAGACUGCAAUAUGAUGGCAUUCACUACCUGGAAAUCACUGACUGUAAGUCCUAUGAUUCUGGAGAUGUUAAAGUAUUGGCUGAGAACCCAGAGGGUACAGCUGAGCACACUGUAAAGCUUGAGAUCCAACAAAAAGAAGACUUCAGGUCAAUCUUGCGCCGUGCUCCUGAGAUGAAGGCUCCAGAGGUGCCUGCCUCUGAACCUGGCCGGGUAUCCUUUGAUGUUGUAAAGGUGGAUAAACCUUCAGACACUUCACAAACAAAAGAGGUUGUUAGACUGAGGAAGGCGGAGAGAGUUGUUCAUGAAAAAUCUACAGAAGAGACAGAAGAGCUGCGAAGCAAAUUUAAACGCAGGACUGAAGAGGGCUAUUAUGAAGCCAUAUCAUCUGUUGAGAUGAAGUCUCGUAAGAAGGACGAAUCUUAUGAAGGCAUGUUAAAGAAGAGAAAAGAAGAGCUUCAGCAUUGGACCAAAGAGGUAACUGAAGCUGAAAAGAAGAAAGAGGAGGAAGAACGCAAACUUACCAUUCCUACAAUUAGACCUGAGAAAGUAGCCCUCUCUCCUAGCAUGGAGGCUCCGAAGAUCUUGGAAAGAAUUCAGAGCCAGACAGUUUUACAGUCUGAUGAAGUUCACUUCCGUUGUAGGGUUGUUGGUAAACCGGAUCCAGAGUGCCAGUGGUUCAAAAAUGGAAUUUUACUUGAGAAGUCAGACCGUGUUUAUUGGUACUGGCCUGAGGAUAAUGUCUGUGAAUUAGUGAUCAGAGAUGUCUCGGCUGAAGACUCUGCCAGUAUUAUGGUCAAAGCCAUUAACAUUGCUGGCGAGGCCUCAAGCCAUGCCUUCUUGUUGGUGCAAGGCAAGCAAGUUGUAUCUUUUACCCAGACCCUGGAGGAUGCCUAUGCAAAAGAGAAAGACACAAUGGUGACCUUUGAGUGUGAGACAAAUGAGCCAUUUGUCAAGGUCAAAUGGUUGAAGAACAAUGCAGAAAUUUUCUCUGGAGACAAAUACAGAAUGCACUCUGAUAGAAAGGUGCACUUCCUCUCUGUGCUGACAAUCAAUAUGCAAGAUAUUGCAGAGUACACUUGUGCUGUUGUUGACGAUGACCACUUAAGAACUACUGCCAAACUUCAUGUUGAAGGUGCACCACUGGAAAUUGUGAAAAAUCUGGAAAGUGUUGAAGUGCCUGAGACAUACUCUGGAGAGUUUGAGUGUGAACUGUCCCGUGAGGAUGCCGAAGGCACCUGGUACUUUGAGAACAAAGAAAUUACCCCAAGCCUUAAAUAUGUUGUGUCCUCUCGCCGUGGCCGACACACCCUAUCUGUAAAAGAUGUCCGGAAGGAGGACCAGGGCAAAUACACUUUCAAAGUGGGUGAUCUGAAGACAAGUGCCACACUGAAGAUGAAAUUGCGCCCUGUAACUCUGAUGCAGGGACUCUCUGAUCUGACCGUCUGUGAGGGUGAUAUAGCCCAAUUUGAGGUGCGAUUCUCUCAAGAAAAUGUGGAGGGAACUUGGAUGAAAAAUAGUCAGCCUAUCUCUGCCACUGACAGAGUUCACAUUGUCAUCGACAAACUUGUCCACAAACUUCUGGUGGAAAAUGUCAACAGGGAUGAUCCAGGAAUGUACUCGUUUGUUGUUCCGGUUCAAAACAUUUCUACAACUGGAAAACUGACUGUUCAAACGAUUGAAAUCGUAACUCCUCUAAAGGAUGUCCAUUCCAUUGAGGGUACAAAGGCAGUGCUAGAAGCUAAAAUCUCUGCCCCUGAUGUUGCUUCUGUGAAAUGGUACCAAAAUGACAAGCUCCUUGUGGCUAGUGAGAGAAUCCAAAUGGUUGCCAAAGGGUCCAAACAGAGACUGGUUUUAAACAGGAUCUAUGCUUCUGAUGAAGGACAGUACAAGAUGGUUGUUGGCAGAGUGGAAUCAACUUGUAAACUGUCUGUUGAGAAGGUCAGAAUCAUCAAGCACAUGGAGGACUGUGUGUGCACUGAAACUCAGAAUGUCACCUUUGAAGUAGAACUCUCCCACAGUGGUAUAGAUGCUUACUGGACCUUCAAGAAUCAGCCUCUUAAGGCCGGAGCCAAAUACAAAAUUGAAUCCAAAGGGAAGCGCUGUAGCCUCACCAUAAUCAAUGCCAUGAAGGAUGAAGAAGGCCAGUAUGCAUUUGCAGCGGGUGAAAAGACAUCCAGUGCAAAACUUACUGUGUCAGGUGGUGCUAUAAACAGGCCACUUUGUGAUGUGACUGUGGCAGAAUCCCAAACUGCUAUGCUGGAAUGUGAGGUUGCCAAUCCCAACUCUGAGGGAAAGUGGCUUAAAGAUGGCCACCAUGUUGACUUUAGUGACAAUGUCAGGAGUGAAGAUAUAGGUGUGGUCCGCCGACUUGUCUUUGUUAUUUCAAGACCACAAGAUAUUGGAGAGUACACCUACCAAGUGGCAAACUCCAAGACAUCUGCCAACCUAAGGGUCGAAGCUGUGAAGAUCAAGAAGACAUUGAAAAACCAAACAGUCACCGAAACACAAGAGGCAUUAUUUAGUCUUGAACUCACCCAUUUAGAUGUGAAAGGAUCCCAGUGGAUCAAGAAUGGAAUAGAAAUUGUCCCCAGUGAUAAAUAUGAGAUAAAAGUAGAAGGCAUGGUUCACACUCUAAAGAUCAAGAACUGCAACACUCAAGAUGAAUCAGUCUAUGGAUUCAAACUUGGAAAACUCUCUGCUAAUGCCAGACUGAAUGUUGAAACUGUUAAGAUUGUGAAAAAGCCAAAAGAUGUGACCUCCCUGCUGAAUGGAACUGCUUCUUUUGAACUGAGUUUGUCCCAUGAUGACAUACCGGUUACAUGGAUGUUCAAAAACCAAGAGCUAAAACCUAGUGCAAAUAUUCAAAUAAUGUCAGAAAGGAAAGCACAUAAGCUGGUCAUUCAGAAUGUUGAAGAAAGCAAUGCUGGAGAGUACACGGCUGUAGUUGGACAUUUGCAGUGCAGCGCAUAUUUACAUGUUGAAUCUUUGAGAGUCACAAAACCCCUGAGGAACAUUGAGGUUCCAGAGACCCAUGUGGCCACAUUUGAGUGUGAGGUUUCACAUUUCAAUGUUCCAUCCACCUGGCUGAAAAACGGAGUUGAGAUUGAGAUGAGCGAGAAGUUCAGGAUUGUGGUGCAGGGCAAACUGCAUCAGCUGAAGAUCAUGAACACAAGUAGAAACGACUCAGCAGAAUACACAUUUGUGUGUGGAAAUGACAGAGUCUCUGCCACACUGACAGUUAGCCCUGUUCUCAUCACAUCCAUGCUGAAAGACCUGAAUGCACAAGAAAAGGACACCAUCACAUUUGAAGUGACUGUCAACUAUGAAGGAAUCACCUACAAAUGGCUGAAGAAUGGAGUAGAAAUUCGAUCCAGUGAUAGAUGCCAAACUCGCACCAAACAGUUCACUCACUCUCUCACAAUCCGGAACGUUCACUUUGGGGAUGUUGGAGAGUACAAAUUUGUGGCUGGAUCUGCUGAAACAUCAGCAAAACUGUUUGUUGAAGCUCGUGUCAUUGAGUUCACCAAGCACAUCAAAGACAUUAAAGUUACUGAGAAGAAGAAGGCCAUUUUUGAGUGUGAACUCUCUGAGCCCAAUGUCAUGGUAACAUGGAUGAAAGACGGUCAGGAACUUGAAAUGUCUGAAAGGUUCAAAGUCUCCACAGAAAGACAUGUGCAACGUCUGAUGAUCCAAACGGUGCGCAUGUCUGAUGCUGGUGAAUACUCUGUGGUUGCUGGCUCUUGUGUAUCUAAGGCCUACCUCACAGUAGAGGGCAAGGAUGUGCGUAUCAGCGAACCUGCAGAGAAAGAAAUCACUGUGCUUGAGAGACAACGAGCUACAUUUGAAUUUGAAGUCAACGAGGAUGACAUUGAGGGUCGCUGGCUAAGAAAUGGAGUUGAGAUCCAGUUCUCUGUAGAUCAGCGUUUCAACUAUGUGACUAUUAGAAAAAUCCAUCGCCUAACAAUCACAGAAACCUACAGAAGUGAUGCAGGAGAGUACACGUUCAUUGCUGGAAAGAACAGGAGUGUGGUGACCCUACACGUCAACAUCCCUGAGCCUCCUCAGAUCGUCAGGCACAUGCAGCCUCUGUCUGUUGAGGCUGGCAAACCUGCACGCUUCUCUGUGGAAGUGACAGGAAUUCCUCAGCCCCAGGUGUCCUGGUAUAAGAACUCUCAGGCCCUUUCUUCUGGCUUCAAGUGUAAAUUCCUCAGGGAGGGAAAUGAGCACACCUUGCUGCUCAUUGAGGUCUUUCCAGAGGAUGCAGCUCAGUACAACUGUGAAGCAAAGAAUGACUAUGGAGUAGCCACAAGCUCUGCUGCACUUACUGUGGAAGUUCCAGAAGUUGUUUCCCCUGAUACUGGAGCACCACUAUCACCACCUGUGGUCAUAUCACCCAUACGUAACACUUCUGCCAACGAAGGAGAAUCUGCCAGAUUCCAGUGCCGUGUCUCAGGGGAAGAUCUGACGAUUACUUGGUAUUGCAAAGACAAGGAGAUCAAGCAGUCUGAAAUAUUCAGAGUGUCUCAGUUUGAUGAAAACUGUCAGCUGGAGAUUGCCAGAGUUUAUCCUGAGGAUGAGGGCGAGUACACGUGUGUUGCUCGGAACUCUGCAGGAAUGGUCUCUUGCUCUGCUGUAUUGAAACUGGAUGGAGAAACACAAUUUGCAGACUAUACAUCCAAGUCUCAGUCGCAAGCCACGUCCAGUCUCUUCAAAAGCAUUAAGUCUGUACAGAAGGAACCCAUUGGCCAAAGACCUACUUUUAUUCAACCAAUUGCGAGCUGUGUGGUGGUUCACGGGGAAGUGGCCAGAUUCCAUGCUUGUGUCUCUGGCAUGCCAAAACCAGAGAUCAGUUGGUUCCAUGACCAGCAGCCUAUAAAGCCUACAAAAAAUGUUGUCUUUCAUUUUGAUGAGAUGACAAACACUGCUACGCUAAUCAUAGUUGAUACUUUCUCUGAGCAUGCUGGGCAGUACACUUGCAAAGCAGUCAAUAUCGCUGGAGAGGCAGCUUGUUCAGCCAGCCUUGCUGUAACCGAAGAAGUUACAAAAGUACGAGAGGAAAUUGAAGCAAAAAUUGAGGAAGAAGUCAAAGAAUUUUCUAGCUUGACUGUGACGACUGAAGAAGUGGAAGAAGCCUACAGCACAUCCCUGCAAUUACCUGAAAAAUCUAAAACACUUGAACUCAAGCCAGAGCCAAAGCGGUUUUCUAGUUCAUUAGAAAGGAAAAAGGAAAAACCUGUAUUUGAAUCCAAGCUUACGCCUGCUGAAGUUACUGUUGGUGACUCAGUUAGGUUUACUGUCACAGUAUCUGGUUUCCCAAAGCCAAAAGUUCAGUGGUUCCACAACGGAAAGGUCAUCACUUCUUCAUCGGUUUAUAAGUUUGUUGAAGAAAGAGAUGAGUACACUUUAAUAAUAACUGAAGUCAAGAAAGAGUAUGAGGGUGAGUACUCUUGUUCCGCUAGUAACAGAUUUGGCCAAACCACCUGCAAGACAAUGUUAAAGGUACAAGUGAGUGAUUUAUCAGUUGCAGAAAGAUGGGUGGAACAAAUGUUCAAAAUACCAGGACAACCACCAUGCUUCACCACACAAAUCCAACCUGUGCAAUGUGCAGAGGGCAGUGAUGUAAAAUUCCAAUAUAGAGUUACUGGUACUCCACUCCCUGAUGUUCAGUGGUUUAAAGGUGGUUUUCAAAUUAAGUCAAGCCAGAACUGUUUUGUUGUAAGUAACCCAGAUGGUUCUGGCUUCCUAACCAUGAAUGUAAUCCAACAGAAAGAUAGUGGACUCUACACAUGCAAGGCUUUUAAUCCCUUUGGAGAGGCAAGCUGUAGUGCUGAGUUGAUUGUAUUCCACAAAAAGGUAUCUGUAUUUCAUCAACAACAGUUAGUUCAGGAGCAAAAAAGUUAUAAGGUGUCCAUGACUGAGGAAGCCACUGAAUCUCGCUUGUACAGUGUUAGCCUACCUGGUCAAGCAGGUGCGAGUCUGCAGGGAGGCCAUCAGGUGAUUUACACAAUUGGCACAGAAGAUAGACAAACGGUAACAAGUGAGCGGGUUGACACUUUGCAUGACUUAGAUAUUUCUGCUGCAACUAUGUACAAGGAGCAAGUAACUCAUCAAGCUGCAGUGUUGGAGUCUCAUGAAGUUCAAGAAAGAGUUAUUUAUGCUCUAACCCAGCCAGAACCAGUAGUAGCAACCCCUUUGAAACAGCUCCACAUGGCUGCUAUGACCUCAGCAGUUGAAGAAAGUCCAGGCUUCACCGAACAGCACUUUGAUCGCAUUAGAAGUCCUGAGGUUACAGUGCUUGAAGUUACAAAUGAGCAUCCCUCACAGUUAAUGUCUGCCAUAACGGAGAGUGUUACCCCACUAACCAUUGUUACAGCUGAGCCAUUAUCAAGCAACCAAACAGAACAGAUCAAGGCAGCUCCUGAGCCCAAGUAUCCAAUGUCAAGUCACCAAGUUGAGGCAAAACUCCCAAUUGUUAAAGAACAUUCACAGAUUAUACCACAUACACAGGAAGAAAAGGGCUACCAAGUUAAAGAGGGAGUUAAAAUUCUUUAUAGUGCGGUUUCAACUGAGAAACAACAAAUCACAGAGGGCCACUCUAAAGAACUGUCAAUACUAGACUCUACCUUUCAGUCAUCAUUAAAGAAAGAACCAGCAAAACCGGCUGUCCUUUCAGUUAAUGAGACUACACAAACCUUAUCAAAAGAACAGAAGGUAUCUAUGCACAGACCAAUUGAGGAGGCAGCAUCUCUAGCCAAAGACCAUGUAUUAAAAUCAUCUCUUAUUGCAGAGGAAAAAAAUAAGCUCCAAGCUGAUAAGACAAAUUUGAUCCCAGGUUUGGAAAGUGCCAUUUCAUUACAGUCCCAGAGAGAGCAGGAACAAGUUCUGCAUUUGCAGGUCAUUGCAGACCAGGAUGUUCUUCCAGCUGAAGGCAGAUUAAGCAGUGAGAAACCAAGCCCAGAGAAAGCCAGUGAUGAAAAAAGUUAUAUUCUUAUGCAUACUGUGUCAGUUGAUGCUCAGCAAUCUGUCACAUGUGAAGAGUCAUCUCAGUUUUCAGCUAAAGAAACAAAAAUUGCCAUACAGUCUAGUAAGGAAGCCCCUGCCCCUUUGCAUCUUCAGGCAAUUCAUUUAGAAAAUACCUUGUCAAAAGAAGGGAUAAUCUCAAUAGAAGAGCCAGACCAACAGAUGGCAAUACAGAAGCAGGAGAAAGCACGCCAACAUGUUGCAAGCACAGAGGAGAAAAGAGAGCAUACGGCAGAUUUUUGUAAAGAUAUUGAUGUAUCUGUAACAGGUGUCCAGUCUGAAAUAAGAAAAGAACCCAAACCCCAAAGUAUUCUUCAAGUCUUUUCAGAACCAAUGCUGUUACCGAAGGAAACCCCAUUUGUGAGUGAUGUUAAACAGCAGCGUGCCAUAGUUCAGAAGGAAGAUCACUGGAAUAUUGUGCAUGUACCAUCUGUGGUAGAGAGUAAGGAUAUAGAGGAGGGACACACAGAGAAUAUAGGACUAAUUGAAAAAUAUGAGUCUCAAAGCAAAGUUGAACCCAAAGUCCCUUCAGAAUCAAUUCAUAUUGAAGAAAAGGCAAUCUCAACAGAGAGCAGUGUUGCUCUGGAGGCCACAGAACAAGAUUUUGCUGUCCAAAUACAGGAGGGACAGUCUGUUAGACAGUCUGUGUUAAUGGAAGAAAAGCAUGCUAUCAAAGGUGAGCAUUCUCAGGAUAUUACAAAAUCUGAAACAACCACAGCAAUCAUCACAGAGCAGAGAAUGGAUGCUCUUUUAGUGUCAGAAUCAAGAGUGAGCCAAACUUUACCCAAAGAGCUCACUUUUGUUGUUCCAGCUCCAAAACCACACACACUGAACAUAAAGCAUCAGUUGAAAAGCAUACUCACAACUGCUGUGGCUCUUGACCAGCCAUUAAUCCUGGCAGAUGUGGUGCAGAGUUUAGGAGCUGUGGAAAUACAUUAUGUAAAAGAAAGGAGAGAACCCAAAUAUAUCAUGUUCACAUAUCUUGUCACAAGUGCAAGUGUCCCACUUGAAAUUACAAUUGCUUUUGAAGGAGAGUAUCCUCAGACUGCUGAUCUCAGGAGUGAACUUCAAGCUGCUUUCUAUUCCAUUGUCUAUCGAGAGCAGCAGGUUUUGACCUCUGAGCAGCCAGGCAUGAUGCACAUUGACAGACCGCAGAGAUUACAGGUCAGCAUAGCUUCCUCAAAAGAAAUACUUUCGCCUGUGGUGGAGAUGGUAAGAUUGACAGAAAACAUCGAGCCUUUUACAUCACCAAUUUCACAGUCUGCAGCUUUAAAAACUGAAGACAAAACCUCUUUUCAGUCUGUGACAGCUGAAGAUCGAGUUGUUAAGUCAAAAAUUCAUAUGGUCACUGAAUCAAAAAUUGAUAUCCAACAGUCCAUCCAGUUUGAGCGACAGGAAACCAGAUCUGUGACAGUGAAAGCCCAUGAGAGAGAUGUAGGUACUUCAAGUAUGACAACUGAACUGGUCCUGGGGCCUGUUCCAACAGAAAAAUCUACUGCUGUUAUUUUACAGAAAGAGGAAAGGGAGGAAUAUAUAACUGAAGCAAUAAUGAAAUUAGAGAGAGAAGAAGUUAGAGAGGGUUACCCAGAAUUUGAAAGCUCUUUGGAGGAUAUUGAAAUAGAGGAGCAUUCUGAGGUGAAAAUGUUAUUGACUAUAAGACAUGUAAAGAAAGUGAAUUGGCUUUUAAAUGGAAAAUCAAUUAAAUCUGGCAAAGAGUUCAAGUGUUCUAAAGACCAUGACACAUACACACUAGUAAUCAACAAAGUUAUGAAGGUUCAUCAAGGAGAGUAUACCUGUGAGGCUGUAGGGGAAGCUGGCAAGUCUACAACGUCCUCCCACCUCACUGUGGUCUCAAGAGUGCCACCCAUUUUCAGGCAGAAAAUCCAAAAUCUGGAGGUCAGUGUUGGCAGCCCUGCAAAGUUCAAAUGUGAGAUUGAGGAGGCUCCUGGUGUAACCUUCAAGUGGUUCAAGUCUGAUUCUGAGAUUAGACAUAGUGACAAAUACAGGAUUGUCAGCCAUCAUCACACCUCAUCUUUGGAGUUCUUGAGCCCAUCAGUGGCUGACAGUGGAGAAUUUACCUGCAGAGCUUCAAACCGUCAUGGAAGUGACAGCUGCUCUGCUAAACUGAGUGUGACAGAGGUGUUCCCACCAGAAUUUACAUCAAAGCCCGAUAUGAUGACUUUAUUUGUGGGCAAGCAAGCAAAAUUCCAGUGUGUUAUUUCUGGUUCUGCUCCAAUGAAUGUUGAAUGGCAUAAAGACAAUAUUGUCAUUUCACUAGAUGAUCACUGCAGAGCAUCAUAUGAAAAGAACAUGUAUUUUCUUGAAAUCUUGAAUCUGCAGCAAAGUGAUCAGGGAACAUACCUUUGCAAAGCUUCAAACAGUGUUGGUACAGCAACAUGCUGCACUGAGCUGAGGGUUGUAGACAAACCCAGUUUUGUGAAGACUUUUGAGUCAACCACUUUUGCUGUAGGAAACCCACUACGCCUUGAGUGUCAGGUAGAUGAAGACACUGGUGUAGCCAUCAUCUGGAUGAGGGAUGGCAAAAAAAUCCAUAAUACAAUGGAUUGUAAAAUAACUUUUGAGGAAAAAAUGGCCAGUCUUGAGAUUCCAAAGGCCAAACUCAAAGAUACAGGAACAUAUAACUGUACUGCUGCAAAUGAUGCAGGAAGCAGCAGUUGCUCUGCUGUUGUAACAGUGCAAGAACCUCCAGUCUUUGUCAAAAAGCUGGAGCCUAAGAUCUUAUGGAAACAAGGAAUGUCAGCACGUUUGACGUGCACAGUAAAAGGAUCACCUGAACUCCACGUGACUUGGUUUUUGACAGACAAACCGCUUAGUUCCUCUGAAAAACACAAAAUCACUUUCAAAGGCGGUCAAGCCACUCUUGAGAUUUUCAACUUACUUGAGUCUGACAGUGGACAUUACACUUGUGAAGUGAUGAAUGAGGCUGGUUAUGAAAGCUGCAGCACUCAAGUAACUGUAAAAGAACCUCCUGCCUUCAAAAAGGAGUUGCAAUUGGUGGAGGUAGUCAAGGGAUGCACAGCCCAGCUUGAAUGUGAAGUUACAGGCACAGCUCCUUUUGAUGUGACCUGGUUUAAGAAUAAAACCCCAGUAUCCACUGAUAAGAAGCACAGUAUUGUCUCAAAGGACACAGUUGCAUAUUUGGAAAUUAAAUCAUUUGAAAGUGCAGAUGUUGCAGAUUACCAAUGCUGCGUUUCAAAUGAUGUUGGUAAAGUAAUUACCAAAGCAGUGGCCAAAUUGAAAGAACCACCAUCCUUUGCAAAGAAAGUUGAGAACAUAACUGCAGUUUUAGGCAGCACUGUGAAACUUCAGGGAACUCUUAAGGGUUCUGCACCUAUGACAGUUAAAUGGUUCAAGGCUUCUGAGAUACUCAGAGAUGAUGAUCCUAACAUUACUUCAACUUUUGAAAACAAUAUUGCUAUUCUGGCAAUAGCAAAUAUCAGCAUAAACCAUGGAGGAAAAUAUACUUGUCAAGCUGAGAACGAGGCUGGAAAACAAAAAUGCGAGGCCACUAUAUCAGUUCAAGAACCAGCUAGGUUUGUUGAGAAACCACCAUCCAUCAGUGUGACAGCAGGAGAUUCUGCAACUAUUGAGUGCACUGUUUCAGGAAGUCCAGAUCUCAAAGUAAAAUGGUUCAGAGAUGGCAAAGAGUUGAUAGGGAGUCGAAAAUACAAAAUCUCCUUCAAAGACAAUGUAGCAGUCUUGAAAAUCCUCUCGACAGAGAGAGCAGAUAGCUGUGAAUACGCAGUUGAAGUUUCUAAUCGGGUUGGAAAAGAGCAGUCCUCUUGCUCAAUUAUCGUUCUCGAUAAAAUCGUACCCCCAACUUUCACAAAAACACUUAAAAAGAUAGAUGGUAAUGUUGGGGGCAGUAUUCAGAUGGAAUGCAAGGUGUCAGGAUCCCAACCCAUAACGAUAUCUUGGUUCAAGGAGGGCAAGGACAUUACAACUGGAACAAAAUAUCAAACAAUACUACAUGAAGGCACUGCCUUACUGAAAAUAACUGAUUUAGAGACAUCAGAUGCUGGGGUUUUCACGUGCAAUGCAACUAAUUCUGCAGGACACAGUGAAACAAGUGGAACUGUUUCUGUUAAAGAACCUCCAUUCUUCACCUUGACACCUCAAAGCCAAGAGGUUAUACCAGGAUCUACAGUUGUCCUAAAAGCUGCUUUCACUGGUACAACACCUUUUGUUAUAAAAUGGUUCAGAGAUGACAAAGAAAUGUUAACUGGAGGAACUUGUUUCAUCAAGAAAGAAGCCAACUCAAGUUCACUGGAGCUGCACUCUGUGAAGCCAUCUCAGUCUGCCAAAUACACAUGCCAAGUGGCUAAUGAUGCUGGAAAGGUUUCAUGCACAGCUAACUUAUUUGUAAAAGAACCUCCAAAAUUUGUGAUGAAGCUUAAUUUGACUAAACUAGUAAUGAAUGGGAGUCUUGCGACUUUGGAAUGUAAAGUGACUGGUAGCCCAGAGAUCAGUAUUAGAUGGUUUAAGAAUGAGACUGAAAUCAGCUCAAAUGAUAAAUACAAAAUGACCUUCACCGACUUAGUUGCUACACUGAAAAUUUCCAAUUGCUGUGUUGAAGACAGUGGAGAUUAUAUUUGCCAGGCGUCAAGCGAUGCUGGCAGCGAUAGAUGCAACUGCUUGGUUACAGUCAGAGAACCUCCUGCAUUCGUGAAACCCUUUGAAUCCAAAGAAAUUGUUAAAGGCACAGAUGUUGUGCUGGAGGGAACUGUGUCAGGCUCUGCUCCCUUUGAGAUAUCUUGUUUUAAACAUUCAAAGCAGAUCCGAAAUGAUAGAAGGCACAUCAUAAGCCUGACAAAUGAUGUAGUGACUCUUCAGAUUCUGAAAUUUGAACCUGGAGAUGCUGGCGAAUAUCAGUGCAUUGUUGGAAAUGAAGUAGGACAGACCUUGUGUGAUUUUCAAAUUACAAUGAAAGAGCCACCAUCAUUUGUGCAGAAGAUGGACAAUACAAAUGUCCUUCUUGGCGGUGAGGUUUCCUUACAGUGUGUUCUGAAAGGGUCAUUGCCUAUGACAGUCUCUUGGAUGAAAGAUAACCAUGAGAUCAAAGAAUCAGAACACGUUCAGAUGACUUUUGAGAAUCGGGCUGCAGUGGUACACAUUUCGAAUGUACAGUUAAUACAUGGUGGAAAGUAUACUUGCCAAGCUCAGAAUGAAGCUGGUAGUCAGAAAUGCACCACAGAAUUGGUGGUUAAAGAGCCUGCAAACAUUACAGAGAAAGCGAAGUCUAUCAGUGUCACAGCAGGUGAUCCUGUCACUCUAGAGUGCAGGUUCUCUGGUUCUAAAGUUCUUAAAGCAAAAUGGCUAAAGGAUGGCAAGGAGCUGGCAUCUAGCAAAAAAUACAAAGUUCAGAGUACUCAUACAAGCUCUAUAUUAAAAAUACUCUUUACGGAGAAGAGUGAUGCUGGAGAAUAUAUCUUUGAGGUUUCAAAUGAUGCUGGAAGCAGCAUAUGUGAGGCAGUCGUGACUGUUUUAGAUCAAAUAAUCAAGCCUUCUUUCACAAGAAAAUUGAAGGCAAUGGAGAGUAUAAAAGGAUCAUUUGCACAACUGGAAUGUCUGGUCUCUGGAUCUCUUCCCAUAACAGUCACUUGGUUCAAGGAAAAUAAGGAGAUACAGACAGAUGAUAAAUACAAAUGCAUGUUCUUUGAGAAUGCAGCAUCUUUGGAAAUCAGUCAUCUUGAUAGCUCAGACUGUGGCAGUUACACUUGUAUUGCAAAAAACCAAGCAGGCACUGUCCAGUGUUCAGGCACACUGAAAGUUAAAGAACCUCCUUCAAUCAUUGAGAGGCCUGAGUCACAAGAUGUUAUUCUUGGGUCCAGAGUGCAGUUUAAUUUGCUUGUGUCUGGAACACCACCACUGAUCAUUAAGUGGUUCAAAGAUAAGAAAGAAAUUUCAUCAGGGAUCGACUGUUCAGUACAGAAAAGUGAUUCUUCCAGCUCACUUGAGCUCUUUUUUGCUAAACCGUCAGACUCUGGAGAAUAUGUAUGUGAAAUAAGUAAUGAUGUUGGAUCAGAUGUUUGCCAAGCGGCACUCUUCGUCAAAGAACCCCCCAAAUUCACCCGCAAACCUGACAAAAUGUCAGUUGUAAAACCUGGCCAAUUGGUAGUUUUCGAAUGCCAGAUUACGGGCACUCCAGAGAUAGACACGUACUGGUUCAAAGAUGGGAAUGAAAUAAGUCCAAGUGACAAGCAUAAAAUUACUUUUGCCGAUUCUCUGUCUCGACUUGAGAUAAGCAGUAGUGAUAUCAAAGACAGUGGAGUCUAUUACUGCGAAGCCCGCAAUGAGGCGGGGAGUGAGAGCUGUAGUAUGGAGCUACGAGUCAAAGAGCCACCAGUUCUUGUCAAGUCACUGAGUCCUCUUGAGGUUGUGAAUGGCUCAAAUGCAUAUUUUGAAUGUCAGGUAAAAGGCACAGCACCUUUUGAGGUCACCUGGCAAAAGGAUUCAAACGACAUUAAAUCAAGCCUUAAGCAUGUAGUUUUGCAAAAGAAUGGCUCUGUAAUGACUCUCGAUGUACAGAAAUGUGAUGCUUUAGAUGUUGGAGAGUAUCAAUGCAUUGUUGCAAAUGAAGUCGGGAGUUGUUCAAGUCAGACUACACUCUGCAUCAAAGAGCCCCCAUCUUUUGUGGAAAGGAUUGAGAAUGUUGUCACGGUUCUCGGAAAAGUGGCUGAGUUUAAGUGCACUGUAAGAGGUUCACCACCUCUGUCUAUACAAUGGCAAAAGAAUGAAAACUGGAUCUUGGAGGAUCCUAAAAUUGAGAGGACCUUUGAGAACAAUAUUGCCACUUUGAGAAUCCCAGUGUCCAAGUCCACCGACAGUGGAAAAUACACCUGUCAGGCUUUGAAUGAGGCAGGGCAAGAGAAGUGUUUUGCUACCCUUCUCGUGCAAGAGCCACCCCAGAUAAUUGAGAAGCCAGAGUUGAUUAAUGUCACUGCUGGAGAUCCAGUCAGUUUUGAGUGCAAAGUGACCGGCUCCCCUGAGCUGAAAGUGAAAUGGAGUAAAUAUGACAAGGAAGUGGUGCCAUCAAGACAGCAUAGCCUAAGCUUUGUCAAUAAUGUUAGCCAACUUAAGUUUCAGUCUGUCCAGUUGGAGGACAAAGGAACUUAUGUGUUUGAGGUUUCCAACCACAUCAGUGCCUGCCAGUGCAAAGUGACUUUGAAUGUCCUAGAGCAAAUAAUUCCCCCAUCCUUUAUCAAACCUCUGGUGGAGAUGGAGGAAAUUUUGGGCACAAAUGUUCAAAUUGGAUGCAAAAUAUCAGGCUCACUCCCCAUAACUGUGGAAUGGGUGAAAGAUGGAACAAAACUAUCAGGAAGAACCAAGCAUAAACUGCUUCAGGAUGACAAUAGUGUGUCUCUGGAAAUCAAGUCUUUAGAGAAAGCUGAUACUGGAACAUACACUUGUAAUCUUACAAACAAAGCAGGCAGUUGUGAAUGUAGUGCUACACUGAGGGUGAAAGAGCCACCAAACUUUGUGCUGGUUCCAGAACCGCAGGCGGUCAUACCAAAUACCACUGUUCGCUUUAAGAGUACCUUUAAGGGAACACCUCCCUUCAAUGUGAAAUGGUUCAAAGAUGACACUGAGCUGAUCUGUGGACCUUCCUGUUUUACUGGCCUGGAAGGUCUUUCGUGCUUUCUAGAUCUUUUUGCUGUCGGAAUUGCGCACAGUGGAACUUACUCUUGUCAAAUCGUCAAUGAUGCUGGUACCGCUAAAUGCACCACAACCUUAUUGGUGAAAGAACCCCCAGAGUUUGUACAGAAGCUGCCAGCUACAAAAGUCAUAAAGUUGGGAGAGCCACUUCAGCUUGAAUGCAAAGUUACUGGCACAGCUCAUCUGAAAAUUAGUUGGUACAAAAAUGAUGCCAUACUCAGUGAUGGUGACAACUUGAGAAUGACUUUUGAUAACUCACUGGCAGUCCUUCAAAUUCUCAAGUCAAGCUUUGAAGAUAAUGGAGUCUAUACCUGUGAAGCCCAGAAUGAUGCAGGAACUAAGAAUUGCAGCACAACACUCACAGUCAAAGAGCCACCGAAUUUCCACAAAAUGCCAACACCAGUUGAGGGACUGAAGGGCAAAGAUGUCAGUCUUAACUGUGAGCUGAAAGGCUCGGCACCUUUUGAGAUAACUUGGUUUAAAGAUAAAAAACAGUUGAAGGAAAGUAGGAAGUAUAAAUUUGUAUCUGAAGGAUGCUCUGCAACCAUCCACAUCCUUGGACUGGAGGCAUCAGAUGCAGGGGAAUAUGAGUGCAAAGCAUCCAAUAAUGUAGGAAGUGAUUCCUGCCAGGGCACGGUAAAGCUCAGAGAACCACCAGCCUUUGUGAAGAAAUUGUCCAAUACAACAGCCAUUUCUGGUGAGGAGGUUAUUGUGAUGGCUACAGUCAAAGGCUCUCAGCCUAUGACAGUGUCUUGGGUUCAGGAUAAAGACCACAUUCUCAGAGAUGGUGAAAACAGGAAAAUUACAUUUGAGAAUAAUCAUGUCACCCUGAAGAUCUUUAAAGCUGACUCUACCACUGCUGGAAAAUAUACCUGUCAGCUCAAAAAUGAUGCUGGUGUUGCGGAAUGCACAGCUAACCUAACUGUCCUAGAACCUGCAGCAAUUGUGGAUAAGACAGAGUCAAUCAGCAUCACAGCUGGUGAAACCGCAGCCUUAGAGUGCACUGUAUCUGGAACUCCAGAACUUAAACCAAAAUGGUACAAGGAUGGUGUGGAACUGUCUUCCGGCAGAAAAUACAAAAUCAGUUUCUCAAAAAUGCUCUCCAGUCUUAAGAUCUUGUCAACAGAAAGAAGUGAUACUGGAGAAUACACAUUUGAGAUAAAGAAUGAAGUUGGCAGCGAUAGUUGCAAAAUGCACCUCACUGUUAUGGACAAAAUCGUACCUCCUUCGUUUUCACGAAAACUGAAGGACAUGCAGAGUAUUGUUGGAAAAGCAAUUGAAAUGGAAUGUAAAGCCUCAGGGUCUGCACCCCUCACCAUCUCUUGGUACCACAAUGAUGAGGAGAUUAUAAGUGGGCCAAACUAUGAGAUUACAUUUGCUGAGAAUACCUGCAUGUUAAAAGUACCAACUUUGAAACUUUCAGACUCAGGCACAUACAAAUGUAAAGCAGUAAAUAAUGCAGGGGCUGCUGAGACAUCUGCUUCCCUAGUUGUUAAAGAACCUCCAUCUUUUCUGACCACACCUCAGCCAGUGGAAGCACUACCAGGCACAAAUGUUACCUUUACAGCAACUGUUAAAGGAAGUGCCCCAAUGAAACUGAAAUGGUUCAGGGGCAGUAAGGAAAUAGUGUCUGGUAGAUGCUGCGAGAUUGCUUUAAGAGGAGAUACUGCAAUUCUGGAACUCUACAACAUUGACAAAUCUCAUGCUGGCGAGUACACAUGUCAGAUUAUUAAUGAUGCAGGAAAGGAAAAUUGCCCUGUGAACUUGUUUGUGAAAGAGGCUGCACACUUUGUCAAGAAACUAAAGAACCUCUCUGUUGAAAUGGGCAAAUCGCUGAUACUUGAAUGCACAUAUGCAGGAAGCCCAAAGAUUCUUGUGAAAUGGCAUAAAGAUGGCCAGGAGAUUUACUCCUCUUAUAAGUACAACAUUACUACCACUGAGAACUCCUGCAUCCUAGAGUGUCUAAACAGUGAUAAAGAAGCUGCUGGAAAAUACACUUGUGAGGUUUCAAAUGAUGCUGGACAUGACAUUUGUGAUGCAGCAGUGUCCAUUUUAGAACCGCCUUUCUUUAUUGAGAAUUUGGAGCCAAUGGAGGUAACAGCAGGCGAUGCAGUCUGUCUCAAAUGCCAGAUUGGUGGCACUCCUGAAAUUAAAGUGUCAUGGUUUAAGGCGGACGGCAAAGUGCGUUCUUCUCCGACCUGCAAGAUGGAGUUUGUCAAAGGCACUGCCUGCCUGAAAUUAGCCAAAGUUGCAAAAGCAGAUAUUGGUCAAUACACGUGUAAGGCAGAAAACAGUAUAGGAUCUGCCUCUUCUAGCUGCCUCUUAACUGUACAAGAUGUAAAAACACCACCAUCUUUCCCUAAAAAGAUUACUAGCAUUAGUCAAAUCGAAGGACAGCCUGUCCAGUUUGAGUGUCGUGUGGCAGGAUCCUCUCCUAUGGAGGUGUCUUGGCUCAAAGACGGUGAAACUCUAAAGAGUGAUUCAGAAUACACAAUGUCUUACGAUGAUAACUCUGCUGUCCUUAAGAUAGCCAAGAGUGAAAUGAGACAUUCUGGAGAAUACAGUUGUGUUGCAACUAAUAGUGUUGGAACGGCUUCUUGUAGAGCCAAGCUCACACUUCAAGAGCCAAGAUAUCCACCUGUGUUUGAAAGAAAGCUUAUGCCUGUGGAAGUAACUGCGGGUGAUGCUGUGGAACUGGAAUGCCACAUGACAGGAUCAUUGCCAAUAAAAGUCACUUGGUCCAAGGAUCACAAAGACAUCCGCACAGGGGGCAAUUAUAAGAUAUCAUGUGUUGAAAACACCCCACAUUUGACAAUUUUGAAGGCUGAUAAGGCAGACUCGGGUCGUUACUCUUGCCAUGCUAGUAAUGAUGUUGGGAAGGACUCUUGUUCCACAGAAGUUUCGGUGAAAGAACGCAAAAUUCCGCCCACUUUCACCAAGAAGCCUUCAGCAACUAUUGAGGACACUGAGGGAAAAAUGGUGAAGAUUGAGUGUCGUGUGUCUGGAUCACAGCCGCUGACUGUCAACUGGUAUAAAGAUGGCAGAGAAAUCUUCACCUCUGACAGUUAUGAUGUAACCUUCAAGAGUGGUGUGGCUGUGCUGUGCAUCAAAAAAUCUCAACUGUCAGAUAGUGGUGCAUAUGCAUGCAAAGUCUCAAAUGAGGCUGGAACCGCCUCUUGUGAAGUGUCAGUUCACAUUACAGAGCAAAAGGUACCACCAAGCUUUGACUUGCCUCUUAAACCAGUGACUGUGGCUGAGGGUGAGACACUCACCCUCAGCUGCCAUGUGCGUGGAUCUCCUCCAUUUAAGAUUCAAUGGAUGAAGGACAGGCGAGAGCUUUCAUCGUCUGGAAGCACUAAGAUCACAUUUGUUGAUGGCACUGCCAUAUUGGAGAUGGUCCGUGUAUCUAAGACAGAUGCAGGGGAUUAUCUCUGCAAGGCAACCAAUGAAGCUGGUAGUGAGUUUUGCAAGUCUAAAGUCACUAUCAAAGAGAAAACAGGAGCUCCUGCACCAGCACAGCCAGUGCCAUCACCACCACAGCCAACUAAAAAAUUGGACAACUUGUUCUUCAUUGAAGAGCCCAAGAGCGUUCGUAUCAUUGAGAAGGGCACAGCUACCUUUAUUGCAAAAGUUGGUGGCGAUCCCAUUCCCAAUGUAAAAUGGAUGAAGGGCAAAUGGAGGCAGAUGACUCAUGGUGGUCGCAUCAGCAUUGAACAAAAGGGCCAAGAGGCAAAACUGGAAAUUAAAGAGGUGACCAAAUCUGACUCUGGUCAGUACAGAUGUGUUGCUUCCAACCAACAUGGAGAAAUUGAGUGCAGCACAGACUUAAAUGUUGAGGAGAAGAAAGAGACUGCUUUGGAAGUAGUCAAACUGAAAAAGACACCAUCAAAGCAGAAAAGCCCUAAAGAGGACAAGGAUAUUGAUAUUGUUGAGUUGCUUAGAAAUGUUGAUCCUAAGGAGUAUGAGAAAUACGCUCGCAUGUAUGGAAUCACAGAUUACCGGGGUCUUCUUCAGGCCAUUGAGUUUCUAAAGAGAGAAAAAGAGCAAGAAAGUGGAAGACCGGAAGUGGAACAUGGUGGAAGAGAAUCUGAGGAGGAUUUGGCUAAACUUGUGGCUGAUUUGCAAAAGAGAAUGGAACAAACCGAGCCUGUCACUCUGGUGCGAGACAUCAAAGACCAGACAACUACUGUUCUGAAGGAUGCUGUGUUUGAAUGUGAGAUCAAGAUUAACUACCCUGAAAUCUCACUGACCUGGUACAAGGGAACCCAAAAACUUGACAGUGGUGACAAGUAUGAAAUCAAAGUUGUUGGUGAUCGUCACAUAUUGAAGAUCAAGGAUUGCCAGACCAGAGAUCAGGGCAAUUACCGUAUUGUGUGCGGCCCACAUAUCUCCAGUGCCAAACUGACAGUGCUGGAUGGUGAAGUGGAACAGCAUAUGCAAGAUGUGGCUGGUAAGGAAGGCCAAACAUGUACAUUGACUUGCCAAUUCUCUAUACCUAAUGCAAAAACCCAGUGGUUUAAAAAUGGGAAGCUUUUAGAGUCUCACAGCAGAUACACGUUUGCUGUGGCCGAUUACACUCAGAAGCUCUCAAUCAAAGAUGUUAAACCUGAAGACCAAGGAGAAUAUACCUGCAAAUAUAAAACUCUUGAAACGACUGCAAAUCUUUGGGUCGAAGCUGAGCAAAUACAUUUCACCAAACGCAUCCAGAACAUUGUGGUGCGAGAACAUCAGUCUGCCACUUUUGAAUGUGAAGUGUCUUUCGACAAUGCAAUUGUAACAUGGUAUAAGGACACAUGGGAGCUUAAAGAGAGCCCCAAAUAUACCUUCCGAAGUGAAGGGCGACGGCACUUCAUGAUCAUCCGCAAUGUAACUUCUGAUGAUGAAGGAGUAUACUCAGUCAUUGUCAGAUUGGAGCCCAGGGGUGAGGCGAAAAGUACAGCUGAGCUUUACCUGUCAGGCAAAGAAAUUGAAAUAGAAAGAGUACCUUAUGAUCUCCCGGAUACAUCAAUAAAAGUGCCCGAGGCACCAUCUGCAUUAACCAUAGAAGCUGAAUCUUCCAUGGAAUAUUAUCACUAUGAAGAAAAAGUGGAAACACAAGAGUAUGUGAGCUGGACAGAAGAGAAGGUUGUAAAAGAAAUAUCAGUCACAGCCCCAAGGGUCCCGAUUGAAGAGCCAGUUGAAAGAAAAACACUAGGAAUGAGAGAGGAGGCUCCAACGAAAGAUUUCGAGGAAGCUGAGCAGAAGCCAUCUAAACCAGUGGAGCAGAAACCUUUGGAAGCCAAAAAGCCUGUGGAAGAAAUAGUUACUGCAGUUACCCUGCCAGAGCCAAUUAAACGCCCCACGGCAAAAGUUCCUGUUGCUCCUGAACCUAAAGAUGAAGAACCUAAGCCUAAAGCUGCACCAGUAGCUGAGCCCAAACCUGAGCCUAAACCUGAGCUUAAGCCUACACCUGUGAAGAAAGAUGAGUUGCCCCCAGCCAAAGUUCUUGAAGAGGAAAAGAAACCCAAACCUACAAAGAAAGAACCAACCAAGACAGCUAAACCUGACCGUUCCAUUGAAACUCCAAUGGAAGAUGCCCCAAAGAAAGAACCAGAGAGGAUACCUUCCCCAGAGAAGACGCCUGUUUCUGUGAAAGAAGUUGCACCCUCAAAAGUUGUAAAGAAACCAUCUCCAGAGCCUGCAGUGGUGCCUCAGGCAAAGACUCCAGAAGUUAAAGAACACGAUAAGAAAGCUGAGGAUAAAUACCCCGCCAAGACCACUGAAGAGAAGACAAUUCCAGCAAAAGUACCUACACCUAAAGAGCCUGAGAAACCACAGCCUGCUCCAAAGGAAGAGCCAGUACCAUUUGACCGACCAGUGGAAGAUGGUGAAAAAGGACCAGUUUCUGCUCCUGGACCUGUAAAGAAAGAGGGAAAACCUAAAGAGGAAGCUGGAAGAGGCAGAGGCUUGAAACCAAGACAGACUCCUUCUCCUGGUGAUGGGGGAAGGGGUAGAGGGCUGAAACCUGGCGCUGGAGGUGAAAAGCCUCCAGGAGAGCCAUCAAUUAGUUUUGCUCUCAAACCAGUCCCCUUGAAGUUUGUGAAGGAACUCAAGGACAUUGUGUUGCAGGAGGCUGAGUCAAUUGGUUCCUCAGCUGUAUUUGAGUGCCAGGUCUCUCCAUCUACUGCUAUCACCACUUGGAUGAAAGACGGAGGCAAUCUAAGGGAGAGUCCAAAACACAAAUUUACUUCUGAUGGCAAAGACCGCAAACUGGCGAUCAUUGAUGUACAACUCUCUGAUACUGGAGAGUACACAUGUGUUGCAAAGCUUGGCAAUAAAGAAAAGACCUCAACUGCUAAACUUAUUGUUGAAGAGUUACCUGUGAAAUUCACGAAGACACUGGAGGAGGAAAUGUCUGUGCUUAAGGGACAGCCAAUGUACUUGACAUGUGAGUUGAGCAAGGAAAGGGAUGUGAUUUGGAAGAAAAAUGGAAAAGAGCUCAAGCCAAUUCCUGGCAAAGUUCAAAUCAGUGUUAUUGGACUUCAGCAUGCUGUGACCAUCCAGAAUACAGAUGACGAUGAUGCCGGUGUUUACACUUGCGAGUGCGAGGACAUCAAGACAGAAACCACUGUCAAGAUCAUUGAAAUCAUCAGAGAUUGGUUGACAAAACCUUUGAGGGACCAGCAUGUGAAACCCAAGGCUACUGCCACAUUCAAGAGUGAACUUUACAAGGACACUCCCAACUGGAAGUGGUUUAAGGGAAAUGAAGAAAUUCCUAUUGAACCUACGAAUAAGACUGAGGUGAAGAAGGAUGGAAAAGAGGUCUCUCUUACAAUCAAGAAUGCUCAACCUGAUGAUGUUGAAGAGUAUGCCAUAGAAGUAGAGGGCCGAAGAUAUGCAGCAAAACUCACUCUUGGAGAGCGUGAAGCUGAAAUCUUGAAGCCUCUUGCUAGUAUCGAGGUGGUUGAGAAAGAGGAGGCUAACUUUGACUGUGAAAUUUCAGAAGAUGAUGUGGUUGGAGAAUGGAAACUUAGAGGGCAGGUUCUGACAAGAUCACCGACAUGUGAUAUCAAAGCGGAGGGAAAGAAAAGAUUCCUUACAUUAAAAAAUGUUCAACUUGACCAGGCUGGAGAAGUAUCUUACCAAGCUUUGAAUGCCAUCACAAGUGCUAUGCUAACAGUCAAAGAAAUUGAAAUGGACUUCACAGUCCCAUUGAAGGAUGUUACUGUGCAUGAAAAGAAACAGGCAAAGUUUGAGUGUGCUAUCACGAAAGAUGUGCCCAAAGUGAUGUGGUUGAAAGGAUCUGAUAUUAUAACAUCAGACCAAAAAUAUGAUAUUAUUGAUGAUGGAAAGAAACACAUGUUGGUCAUAAAUCAUUGUGAAUUUGAUGACGAGGGAGAUUAUACUAUUGAGGCGUUGGGUAAAACAUCGACAGCCAAACUGACAGUUGAGGGUAUGCGGCUGAAGUUCACCUCACUGAUAUCAGAUCAAACUGUUAAGGAAGGUAAAGUGGCUCGGUUUGAGCUUGAGCUCUCUCAUGAAAACAUACCAGUGACAUGGUACAAAAACGAAACAAAACUGCAUCCGAGCAGAACUGUACUUUUUCAUGUUGAUGGAAAGAAACAUAUAUUAGAAAUCAAGGAUGCCACUCUAGAUGAUACUUGCCAAAUAAAAGCAGAGGCUAAAGGAUUAUCAACAACAGCAAACCUGACGGUGCUAGAGGGAGAUGCCUACUUCACAGUGAAACUGCAAGAUUAUACUGCAGUUGAGAAAGAUGAAGUCAGUCUUGACUGCGAGCUGAGCAAAGAUGUUCCUGUGAAGUGGUUCCACAAUGAGACUGAAAUUAAAGCCUCCAAGAUUGUGUCCAUGAAAGCAGAGGGCAAACGCAGAAUCCUUAACAUUAAGAAAGUGGAGAACAAAGACAAAGGCCAGUAUGUCUGUGACUGUGGAACAGACAAAACACUGGCCACUGUUAACAUUGAAGCACGUGACAUCAAAGUGGUGCGUCCUAUGUAUGGCGUUGAGCUCUUUGAUGGUGAGACAGCUCGGUUUGAAGUAGAAAUCUCAGAGGAUGAUGUCCAUGGCCAGUGGAAGCUGCAGGGAGAAGUUCUGUCCCCAUCUCCUGAUGUUGAAAUCAUUGAAGAUGGUGCAAAGCACAUCCUAACUUUGUUUAAUUGCAAAGUAUCCCAGUCUGGAGAGGUUUCAUUCCAGGGUGCCAAUGCAAAAUGUUCAGCCAAUCUAAAAGUGAAAGAACUUCCAGUUACUUUUGUAACACCUCUGGCUGAUGUACAUGUAUAUGAGAAAGACGAGGCCAGGUUUGAGUGUGAGGUCUCAAGACAACCAAAGAGCUUUCAUUGGUUUAAAGGAUCUCAGGAGAUAACAACUGAUGAUAAAUUUGAGGUACUACAAGAAGGAAAAAGAUACACUCUGGUGAUCAAGUCUGCAGCGUAUGAAGACGAGGCUAAGUAUAUGUUUGAGGCUGAGGACAAGAGAACAUCUGGCAAACUAGUUAUUCAGGGCAUCCGUCUUGAGUUUGUCAGACCUAUUAAAGAUGUCACAGUUAAAGAGCGUGAGACAGCAGAGUUCAGCAUCGAACUCUCUCAUGAGAAGGUUCAAGUCACUUGGUACAAGAAUGAUGUGCGCCUGCAUCCAAGCAAAGUGGUGCACAUGUCCGAGGAUGGCAAGACCCAUACACUGUCCUUCAAAGAGGUGUCCAUCGAUGACACGUCUCUCAUUAAAGUUGAGGCCCUCGGGAAAACCUCUGAGGCAAUGCUCACUGUACUUGAGGGAGAGCCUUACUUCACCACUAAGCUGCAGGACUACACUGCUGUUGAGAAAGAUGAGGUUAUCCUGAUGUGCGAAGUGAGCAAAUCUUCUGCUCAGGUAAAAUGGUUCAAAGAUGACAAGGAGAUCACUCCCUCUAAGAAUGUCCUCAUCAAGGCUGAUGGAAAGAAACGUAUCCUGACAGUGAAGAAGGCAGAGAAGGCCAACAUUGGCGAAUAUGUGUGUGACUGCGUCUCUGACAAAACAGCAGCUAGGCUUAAUAUUGAAGAGCGUGACAUUAAGAUUGUCCGUCCACUGUACAGUGUGGAGGUCACAGAAACAGAGUCUGCUCGCUUUGAGACAGAAAUCUCUGAGGAGGAUGUUCAUGGUCACUGGAAACUCAAAGGAGAGGCUCUGCACCAGUCACCGGACUGUGAAAUUAAGGAGGAAGGCACCAAGCACAUGCUUAUUCUUUACAAUGUGCGCAUGGACAUGGCUGGUGGUGUGGACUUCAGUGCUGCUAAUGCUAAAUCUAGCGCUCAGCUCAGAGUUAAAGCACGAGUGAUAGGCCUCUUAAGGCCUCUCAAGGAUGUAACCGUUACAGCGGGAGAGACUGCAACCUUUGACUGCGAACUGUCAUACGAGGGCAUACCUGUGGAAUGGUUCUUAGGGGGUACAAAGCUGGAACCGAGUGACAGAGUGGUGACCCGGGCAGAAGGCAGAACUCACACGCUGACCCUUAGAGAUGUAAAGCUGACAGAGGCAGGAGAAGUGAAACUCACUGCAAAGGACUUCCUGAUACAGGCGCAACUCACUGUAAAUGAGCCUCCAGUUGAAUUCACCAAACCUCUGGAGGACCAGACUGUAGAAGAGGAAGCCACUGCUGUACUAGAGUGUGAAGUCUCCAAAGAAAAAGCAGAGGUCAGAUGGUUUAGAGAUGGACAAGAAAUACGCAAAACUAAGAAGUACGAAAUGGUUGCUGAUGGCUGUAAAAGAAAACUUAUUAUCCACGACUGCACACUUGAUGACUCAAGGACGUAUACCUGUGACGCUAAACAGUUCAAGACUUCAGCCUUCCUUAAUGUUGAACCUCCACAUGUUGAGUUCACAAAGCCACUCCAUGAUGUUGAGGUCAAAGAGAAGGAAUCUGCCCGAUUUGAAUGCGAAGUGUCUCGUGAAAGUGCAAAGGUUCGCUGGUUCAGAGAUGGCAAUGAAAUCAGAAAAGGCAAAAAAUAUGAGAUAAUUUCCGAAGGAGUAAAACGUAUUCUUAUAAUAAGCAAAUCUGUCUUUGAUGAUGAAGCAGAAUAUGAAUGUGAUGCCAGGACCUCCAAAACCUCUGGCAUGCUGACUGUCGUUGAGGAGGAGGCUAGAUUUACAAAGAACUUGGCUAAUGUUGAAGUCACUGAAACCGACAGUGUUAAACUGAUUUGUGAGGUCUCCAAGCCCAGUGCUGAGGUCACAUGGUACAAGGGUGACAAAGAGUUGCCUGAAGUUGGUAGAUAUGAACACAUUGCAGAUGGCAAAAAGAGAAUCCUCAUCAUUCAGGACCUACGUAUGGAUGAUGCUGGAGAGUACCAUUGCAAACUGCCUAGCUCACAAACCACAGGGAACCUAAGGAUUAAUGAACUUGCUGCUGAGUUCAUUGCCAGGCCUCAAAACCAGGAGGUGGUUGAAGGUGAAAAGGCAGAAUUUGUGUGCUCUGUCUCCAAAGACAGCUAUGAGGUGAAAUGGCUCAAGGGUGACAAGGAACUUCAGUCAGACAACAAAUAUGACAUUAUUUCUGAUGGCAAGAGGCGUGUUCUCAUUGUCAAGAACUGUGAACUCAAGGAUGAGGGAGGCUUUGUUGCCCUCAUAGGAACCACAAGAGCCUCAGCUGACCUGACUGUGAUUGAAAAGCUUAGGAUUAUUACUCCUCUCAAGGACACAAAGGCAAAUGAAGGACAAGAGACUGUCCUCAAUUGUGAGGUGAACACUGAGGAGGCCAAGGCCAAAUGGCUGAAGAACGAUGAGACCAUGUUUGAAAGUAGCAAGUUUAUCAUGGUCCAGAAAGACAAUGUGUUCUCUCUGAGGAUCAAAGACAUGCAAAAAUCAGAUGAGGCUAACUAUACAAUUACACUGACUAACCAGCGUGGAGAACAUGCGAGGAGCUCUGCCAACAUCACUGUGCAAGAGGAAGAUCUUCGAAUCAUUGUUCCCCUUGAGGAUGUUGACACGCAGGAGAAAAAGGCCAUCAGCUUCUCAUGCAAGGUGAACAGACCAAAUGUAACAGUGCAGUGGAUGAAGGCUGGUCAGGAAAUCAAGCUCAGCAAGCGAAUUGUGUAUCGUGUGGACAAGGACAAGCACACACUGACCAUUAAGGACUGCAGCCUUGCAGAUGAGGGUGAAUACACUGUAGUUGCUGGCGCUGAUAAGUCAACAGCAGAACUGAUCAUCAGUGAGGCACCCACUGACUUCACCACCCAGCUUGGAGACCAAACCAUCACUGAAUUUGAGGAUGCUGAGUUCACUUGUGAACUUUCAAAAGAAAAGGCUGAAAUCAAAUGGUACAGAGAUGGCAGGGAGAUCAAAGAAGGACCCAGAUAUCAAUUUGAGAGAGAUGGCAAGACAUGCAGACUGCGUAUUAAAGAGUGCAGGCCCGAUGAUGAGUGUGAAUAUGCCUGUGGAGUGGACGACAGGAGAUCCAGAGCCCGUCUCUUUGUUGAAGAGACCUCAGUGGAGAUCGUCAGGCCACCCAAAGAUGUAUUCGAGCCCCCAGGCUCAGAUGCUGUUUAUGAAGUUGAGCUUAACAAAGACAGAGUUGAAGUCAAAUGGUUGAGGAACAACAUGACCAUUGUUCAAGGUGAUAAGUACCAGAUGAUGAGCGAGGGUAAGAUUCACCGACUUCAGGUCUGUGAAAUUAGGCCACGUGAUCAAGGCGAGUACAGAGUCAUCGCCAAAGACAAAGAUGCCAGAGCCAAGCUUGAGCUUGCUGCUGUACCAACAAUUAAGACCUUGGAUCAAGACUUGGUGACAGAUGCUGGAAAGCCAUUUGUUAUGGCAGUUCCUUACAAUGCAUACCCACAUGCUGAGGCAGAAUGGUUCUUCAAUGAAAUCAGUCUGCCAAAAGAGAAUAUUCACACAUCUGCUGACAGGACAGAGUACAGACUCAAGGACCCUAAGAAGUCAGAGGAAGGCCGUUAUAAAAUCAUCAUCAAGAACAAACACGGAAAAGGGGAGGCUUUCAUAAAUCUAAAAGUUGUUGAUGUUCCUGGUCCUGUGAAGAACCUACAGGUUGUUGACACUGCUGAUGGUGAGGUCAGCAUUGCCUGGGAAGAGCCUGAGAGUGAUGGUGGCUGCAAGAUUUUGGGUUAUGUGGUUGAGAGACGUGAUAUCAAACGCAAGACCUGGACUCUGGCAACUGACAGUGCCGAAAGCACAGAAUACUGUGUAACCGGGUUACACAAAGACUCCAGGUACCUCUUCCGUGUCUGUGCACGCAACAGAGUUGGAAGCGGGCCCAGUGUUGAGACAGAUAAAGCUGUUCAAGCUAAGAAUAAGUUUGAUGUUCCUGAUGCACCACAGAAUGUUAUUGUUGGAAAUGUCAACAAGUUUGGUGCCACAGUGUCCUGGGAAUCACCACUGUCCGAUGGUGGAUCUGAGAUCACAUCAUACAUCAUUGAGCUCCGUGACAGGACUUCUGUGAGCUGGUCUCCAGUCAUGGUGACCAAACCACAUGAACGCACAGCUAUCAUUAAUGAUGUUAUUGAAAAUAAAGAAUACAUAUUCCGCGUGAAGGCUGAAAACAAGGCUGGAAUUGGCAAGCCAAGUGCCGCAACUAACCCAGUCAAGAUCAUGGACCCCAUUGAGAGGCCAAGUCCCCCACUGAACUUGACACACUCUGAACAGACUAAGGACUCCUGUCUGUUGACCUGGGAGACUCCCUUAAAAAAUGGAGGUACAGCGAUCACUGGCUACAUCAUUGAGAGGUGUGAAGAGGGUACAGACAAGUGGCUAAGAUGCAAUGCCAGGCUUUGCCAGGAUCUGCUCUACAGGAUUUCUGGCCUAAAGUUUGGAAAAAAAUACAGCUAUAGAGUCCUUGCUGAGAAUGCUGCCGGUCAGUCUGACCCCUCCAACAUUGUUGGACCUAUGUUGGCAGAUGACCCACACUCUGCACCUACUCUGGACUUGAGUCCAUUUAAGGAUGGUCUGGAGGUUAUUGUCCCUCACCCUCUUGCAAUUCGUGUCCCCAUCACUGGCUACCCUAUGCCCACAGCAAAGUGGACUUUUGGUGAAAAUGAGCUUGCAGCUGGUGACCGUGUGUCCAUGGCAACAAAGACUACCUUCACGGAGCUCGUUAUCACCCCAAGUGUGCGGCCAGACAAAGGCACAUACUCCUUGACACUGGAAAAUGAUGUGACCAGUGUCUCGGGAGAGAUUGAAGUUAAUGUUAUUGCAUCUCCGAGUGCACCCAAAGACUUAAAAGUUGCAGAAGUGACUAGAAAACAUGUCCACUUGAUGUGGGAGGCACCUGAUCAUGAUGGAGGGAGUCCAAUCACUGGCUACCAGGUUGAAAAACGUGAUGUGUCCAGGAAAACCUGGGUGAAGGUGAUGGCAGGUUUGCAAGACCAGGAAUACACAGUUACAGAUGUAAUUGAGGGCAAGGAGUACUUGUUCAGAGUUAUUGCCUGCAACAAAUGUGGCCCUGGAGAACCUGCUUACACUGAUGAGCCAGUGAAUGUGUCUUCACCUGCUACUGUACCAGACCCACCAGAAAAUCUUAAAUGGAGAGAUAAGUCUGCCAGCAAGAUCUUCCUGUCAUGGGAGCCUCCCAAGUGGGAUGGUGGUGCUGGAAUUAAAGGUUAUAUUGUUGACAAAUGUCAGCGUGGAAGUGACAAAUGGGAGCCAUGUGGAGAUCCAAUUCCUGAGCUUAAGUUUGAAGUGACCGGGCUCAUUGAAGGGCAAUGGUAUGCUUAUCGUGUGAGGGCUUUGAACAAACUUGGUGCCAGCAAGCCUUGCAAGGCAACAGAUGAGAUAUUGGCUGUUGAUCCUAAAGAACCUCCAGAGAUCCAGCUGGAUGCAAAACUGCUGGCUGGCUUGACUGCUAAAGCUGGCACAAAGAUUGAACUUCCUGCUGACAUUACAGGCAAACCAGAGCCUAAAGUCAAAUGGACCAAGGCUGACCUAGUCCUAAAGCCAGAUGAUAGAAUUGCUAUUGAUACCAAGCCAGGCCAUUCCACUGUGUCCAUUGCUAAGUCCAAGAGGGAUGACACUGCUACGUACAUCAUUGAAGCAGUCAACAGCAGUGGACGUGCAACUGCAACCGUUGAUGUCAACAUUUUAGAUAAACCUGGUCCUCCAGCUGCUUUUGAUAUCUCUGAAAUUACCAAUGAGUCAUGCUUCUUGGCCUGGAAUCCACCAAGAGAUGAUGGUGGCUCAAAGGUGACAAACUAUAUUGUUGAGCGGAGGGCUGCAGACAGUGAGAUCUGGUACAAGUUGUCCUCGACCGUGAAGCAGACCACUUAUAAGGCCACCAAACUUGUGGCUUUCAAGGAGUAUGUCUUUAGAGUCUACGCUGAAAAUCAGUUUGGCAUUGGUGCCCCAGCAGAACAUGCCCCAAUUAUUGCCAGAUUCCCCUUCGAUACUCCUGGUCCUCCAUACAAAUUGGAGACAUCUGAAAUUGCAAAGGAUGCAGUAACUCUGACCUGGUAUGAGCCUGAUGAGGAUGGUGGAAGUCCUAUUACUGGCUACUGGGUUGAGAGAUAUGAGCCUGACAAUGACAAAUGGAUUAGAUGCAAUAAACUGCCUAUUAAGGAUACAAAUUUUAGGGUAAAGGGACUGCCCACAAGAAAGAAGUACAAGUUCCGUGUUUUGGCAGAGAAUCUCGCUGGACCUGGCAAACCAAGCAAAGAGACAGAUCAGAUUUUGAUCAAAGAUCCAAUCGAUCCUCCAUGGGCUCCUGGCAAGCCCACAGUCAAGGAUGUUGCCAAAACAUCUGCCUUCCUGCAAUGGACAAAACCUGAGCAUGAUGGUGGUGCAAAGAUCGAGUCCUACAUCAUUGAGCUCCUCAAGAGUGGAACUGACGAGUGGGUUCGUGUAGCUGAUGGUAUUCCCUCUCUCGAAUACUUCCUGAGAGGAUUAAUGGAGAAGCAAGAGUACUCAUUCCGAGUAAGAGCUGUCAAUGCGGCAGGUGAAAGUGAACCGAGUGAGCCAAGCGAUCCAGUGCUUUGCAAAGAGAGACUCAAUCCUCCAUCACCACCAAGAUGGCUUAAUGUAGUUACCAGCACCAGGAACAGCGCUGAAUUGAAAUGGACAGCACCUGAGAGAGACGGUGGCUCUCCAAUCACAAACUACAUUGUUGAGAAGAGAGAUGUGAGACGCAAGGGCUGGCAGGCUGUGGACACCACUGUGAAGGAGCUGAAGUACACCGUUACCCCACUGAAUGAGGGGUCCCUCUAUGUGUUCCGUGUAGCUGCCGAGAAUGCUGUUGGACCCAGUGAAUACUGUGAACUUGUGGACUCUGUUCUCGCCAAGGAUACUUUCAGUACCCCUGGACCCCCAUAUAAUCUGACCAUUACUGAGGUGUCAAAAACUCAUGUUGACCUUAAAUGGGAAGCACCUCAGAAUGAUGGUGGCAGACCAGUCUUGAGAUAUGUCAUUGAGAAAAAGGAGAAGCUUGGAACCCGCUGGGUGAAAUCUGGAAAGACUUCAGGUCCUGACUGCCAUUACAGAGUGACUGAUGUAAUUGAGGGCACUGAAGUGCAGUUCCAAGUCUGUGCUGAGAAUGAGGCUGGAGUUGGUCACCCAAGUGAACCCACUGAUAUUGUGUUAAUUGAGGACCCAACAGGCCCCCCAUCACCUCCACAGGAUUUGCAUAUCACUGAGGCAGCCAGAGAUCAUAUUUCUAUUGCCUGGAAGGCACCAGACAAGAAUGGAGGAAGUCCUGUUAUUGGCUACCAUAUUGAGCUCUGUGAGGCCGGAACUGAGAAGUGGAUGAGAGUCAACUCUCGUCCUGUCAAAGAGCUGAAAUACAGAGCAGGGGAUGAGGAGGGCAUUGUUCCCGAAAAGCAGUAUACCUUCAGAGUCCGUGCUGUCAAUUCUGUUGGUGCCAGUGAGCCCUCUGACAUUUCUGAGAACGUAUAUGCCAAAGAUUCUGAUUGCAAUCCAACCCUUGAAUUCCAGACCAAGGACCUUGUUGUUGUGGAAGGUGAAAAGAUGCACCUCCCUAUUCCAUUUAAGGCUGUGCCAUCACCUAAGAUUACAUGGCACAAAGAUGGAAAUGAAAUAAAGGCUGAUGACAGAAUCUUCUUCAGAACUGAGUACACAGCAUGCCAUCUGGAAAUUCCAAGCUGCUUACAUGCUGAUUGUGGCCAGUACAAAGUUACUCUGGAGAACAGCCUUGGUUCAACUAGUGGAACAAUCAAUGUUAAAGUUAUUGGCCUUCCCGGACCAUGUAAGGAAAUUGUUGCUAGUGAGAUUACCAAGAGCUCCUGCAAGGUGUGCUGGGAUCCUCCAGACUAUGAUGGUGGUAGCCCUAUUCUCCACUAUGUCCUGCAACGCAGAGAAGCAGGAAGGAGAACCUACGUCAACGUUAUGUCUGGAGAAAACAAAGUGAGCUGGCAGGUUAAGGAUCUCAUUCAAAAUGGAGAGUAUUACUUCCGUGUCAGAGCUGUGAACAAGAUUGGUGGUGGUGAAUUCAUUGAGCUUCGUAACCCUGUAAUUGCUGAAGACCAGAAGCAACGUCCUGAUCCACCAGUUGAUGUGGAAACAAACAACCCUACUUCUGAGACUGUGACCCUUACCUGGAAGCCACCCAUGUAUGAUGGUGGAAGCAAAAUUAUGGGUUACAUUCUUGAGAAGAUGAUGAAAGGGGAAGAUAAUUUCGUGAGAUGCAAUGACUUCCUUGUGCCAGUGUUGUCUUACACUGUUAAGGGGUUGAUGCAAGGAAAACAAUAUCAGUUCCGUGUGCGUGCAGAAAAUGCAGCUGGUGUUAGUGAUCCCUCACGCAGCACACCGUUGAUCAAAGCCAUGGAUGCAGUUGAUCGUCCAAAGGUAUUCCUAAGUGGUAGUCUACAAUCAGGCUUGACUGUGAGACGAGGUGAGCAGAUCCGCUUGGAUGCCUACAUCUCUGGAUUUCCUUACCCCCAAAUCACGUGGAUGAGGAACAAUUCAACGAUUUGGCAAGAGCCACUGAAGAAGAGACCAGAAAAGCCUAAGAAGAAGAAGGAGGAAAAGAAGGAGCCAAUUACAGAGAAAAAGGAAGACAAAGAGGAGAAGGAGGAGGACAAGGAAAAGAAGGAGGAAGACAAAGAGAAAAAGGAGGAGAAGAAGGAUAAAGAGAAGGAAAAAGUGGAGGAACCUGAGGAGCCUGAAGAGGCAUACCACCCAAGCUUAAAUGAACGUCUUACACUCGACACCAAGAGGAAGGGUGAAUCCUUCAUUAUUGUGCAAGAUACUAUCAGGGGGGAUCACGGUGUGUUCACCAUAAAAGUGGAGAAUGAUCAUGGUGUUGCCUCAGCUUCCUGUGAAGUUAAUGUCCUUGAUACUCCUGGUCCCCCAGUUAAUUUCAAAUUUGAGGAAGUAAGGAAGAACUCAAUCCUCUGUAAGUGGGAUCCCCCUUUGGAUGACGGUGGUAGUGAAAUCCUGAACUACACAUUGGAAAGAAAAGAUAACUCCAAGAUAGAGCUUGGAUGGAUCACUGUCACAUCAACCCUCAGAGGCUGCAAAUAUCCAGUGACAAAACUCAUUGAGGGCAAAGAAUACAUCUUCCGUGUCACUGCAGAGAACAAGUUCGGCCCUGGAACCCCAUGCAUCUCCAAACCUGUCAUAGCAAAGAAUCCAUUCGAUCCUCCAGAGGCACCAGAGAAACCUGAAAUUAAGGAUGUCACCGCCAACAGUAUGCUUGUUACCUGGACAGAACCCAAUGACAAUGGCAGCCCCAUUCAGGGAUACUGGGUUGAGAAACGAGAAAUUAACAGCACACACUGGACGAGAGUUAAUCGCAGCAUUGUUCCUGAUCUUGAAAUAAACGUAGAGGGUCUUUUGGAGGGUUUGACAUACAUUUUCAGAGUCUGUGCAGAAAAUGUGGCUGGACAUGGAAAGUUCAGCCCCCCAUCAGAACCAAAAACAGCACAGGCAGCAAUCAUGCCCCCUGGUCCACCAAUCCCGAGGAUUGUUGACACCACAGACUAUUCAAUUGAAGUUGAAUGGGAUCCUCCUGCAGAUAACGGAGGUGCAGACAUCUUUGGUUAUCAUGUUGACAAAGUUGUUGCUGGAACCAAGGACUGGUCACGAGCCACAGAGAGACCACACAAGAACCGCACCUUCACUGUGUUUGGUGUUAGGGAAGGCGCUAAAUACAUUGUCCGUGUUGUGGCGGUCAAUUGUGCAGGUGAAGGUGCUCCUGGACUUACGGAUGCUGUAAUUGUGAGAAAUCCUGCAGAGGUUCCAGUCAUCGAGCUUGAUAUCUCAGUGAGAAACGGUGUUGUUGUUAGAGCUGGAGAGAUGCUGAGAAUCCCAGCACAUGUGACUGGUAAACCUCCUCCAUCCUUGAAAUGGACAAAGGACGAUGGUGCCUUAGAGAAAGACCGCAUGGAGGUAGAAGAAGCUGGACAGGACAGCACUCUUAUCAUUAGAACCACAAAGAGGAGUGAUCAUGGCAAAUACCAAAUCCAAGCAGCAAAUCCAAGUGGCAUUAAAUCUGCAUGGACCAGGGUUGAAGUUAUGGAUGUCCCUGGACCAGUUCUUGACCUGAAGCCUGUUGUGGUUACUAGAAAGCUGAUGAUGUUGAAUUGGUCUGAUCCUGAAGAUGAUGGUGGUAGUGAUAUUACAGGAUUUAUCAUUGAAAGGAGAGAACCAAAGAUGCACACUUGGAGACAACCCAUUGAGACCACUUCAUCCAAAUGUGAGAUCGUAGGUAUUAUUGAGGGACAGGAGUACAUUUUCCGUGUUGUGGCUAAGAACAAGUAUGGAUGUGGUCCCCCAGUCGAUCUUGGACCUAUCCGUGCUGUGGAUCCUCAAGGUCCACCAACUUCUCCUGAAAAGUUCCACUAUACAGAGAGGACUAAGUCCUCCGUUACCAUUGAAUGGAGGCCACCCCGUAAUGAUGGUGGUAGUCCAAUCCUUGGCUACAUCAUUGAGAAGAAGCGUCAAGAUGAACCAGCUUUCCAGCGUGUCAACCCAGAGCUGUGCACUGCUCAAAUUAUGACCGUUGAGAAUCUUGAUGAGUUGCACAUGUAUGAGUUACGUGCAAAGGCUGUUAAUGCAAUCGGUGAAAGUGAGCCCUCAAUUACCAUGACUGUCGUUAUUCAGGAUGAUGAAGUGGCUCCAACUCUCCAUUUGAUGAAGCAGUUCAAGGGCGAUUUGAUCAGAGCGAGGAAAAAUGAACCCAUUGAGAUUCCUGCUGAAGUCACAGGCCUGCCAAUGCCAAAGAUUGAGUGGCUGAAGGAUGAUGUUGUCAUUGAUAAGAUCACAGAGAACCUCCUUAUGGAAACCAAAGAGAUUGACAGAGUGACAUCACACACAAAACUCUCAAUCCCUGGCGUUGUGAGACUGGACAAGGGCACAUACACUGUUACUGCCUCAAAUCGUUUGGGAUCAGUCAGUCAUUCCAUCACAGUGGAAGUGCUGGAUCGCCCAACACCACCCAGAAAUAGUGCUGUUUCAAAUAUCAAAGCUGAAUCUUGCCAGCUUACCUGGGAUGCCCCAUUGGAUACUGGUGGCAGUGAGCUUACCAACUACAUUGUUGAAAUGAAAGAUCUUAAUGUUGAAGAUCCUGAAAAAGCUGAGUGGGUGCAGGUUACCAACUCCAUUAUCGAGAAGCGAUAUCGGGUAUGGAACCUGGAAACAGGUGGCAGCUAUAAAUUCAGAGUCAAAGCUCAGAACAAGUAUGGAAUAAGUGAGGCCUGUGAAACCGAGGAAAUUCAGAUUAAGGAUCCCUUUGCUCUCCCUGGCCCACCUGAGAAGGUCACUAUUGCGGAGUACUCUAAGGCCCAUAUGUUGCUGACAUGGGAACCCCCUACAGACUGUGGUGGUUCUACAAUUACUGGCUACUGGUUGGAGAAGCGUGAAAAGGGUACUUCCUAUUGGUCUCGUGCGAAUAAAGCCCUGGUGUCAAAACGUGGUAUGAAAGGCUGGGAAUACCAGGUUACUCGACUCAUUGAGGGAAUGGAGUAUGAAUUCCGUGUGAUGGCUUGCAAUGCUGCUGGUAUUGGACCACCUAGUGCAAUCUCGGAGUCUGCCUUUGCUGUCGAUCGUCUGACUCCACCUAGCAUGCCAGCAGCCCCUGAGGUUGCUGACAAAACCAAGCAUAGCGUCACCCUUGCAUGGACCCCACCAGCUAAAGAUGGUGGUCGUCCCAUCAAAGGUUACAUCAUUGAGAUUCAGGAUGAAGGCACAUCUGAGUGGGCCAGGAUCAAUGAUGCUGAUAAUCUGCAUCCUACCACUGAUUUUACCAUUCCAAACCUCCCAGAGCUUAAGAAAUACAGAUUCAGAAUCAUUGCAGUCAAUGAGAUUGGCGAGUCUGAUCCAAGCCCAAGAACCACUGAAGUUCGCAUAGAGGACAUUCAAACUGCACCAAAGAUCUUUAUGGAUAUCAGUGCACAUGAUCUGCUGUGCAUUCGUGCUGGAACUCCAUUUAAGAUUCCAGCAACUAUCACAGGACGUCCUGUUCCUAAAGUUACAUGGGAGUUUGAUGGCAAAGCAAAGACAGAAAAAAAGGAUCGUCUCCAUGUCUUACCAGUAGAUUCACUGGUUGAAUCUACUGACACUACCUCCACUGUUUCAAUUCCUGUGAGUAUGAGAAGCCAUUCUGGAAGGUACAUAAUUACAGCAAAGAACAAAUCGGGACAGAAACACAUCAACAUCAGAGUAAAUGUGCUUGAUGUUCCCGGAGCACCCAAAGAGCUCAAGGUUACAGAUGUCACCAGAACCACAAUGAGACUCAUUUGGAAACUGCCAGAUAAUGAUGGUGGUGAGAGAAUUAAGAGUUACUUCAUUGAGAAGAAGGCUGUCAAUGGAAAGGCUUGGACAACCGUCAAUGCUGCUUGUGCCAGCAUGGCGUUUGUUGUGCCCAACCUCCUUGAGGGACAGGACUACCUGUUCCGUGUUCGUGCUGAGAACCGCCUCGGCUUUGGACCAUUUACAGAGACCACAGAACCUGUUAGAGCAAGGGAUCCCAUCUAUCCUCCUGAUCCUCCAACCAAGGUGAAAAUUAACCUUGUUACCAAGAACACUGUGACUCUGACAUGGGUGCCUCCCAAGAAUGAUGGUGGAGCACCAGUAAAGCAUUACAUUAUUGAGAGACUGAGCUGGGAUACAAGUGGUCCUCAGAAAGAGACUUGGAAACAAUGCAAUAAGAGAGAUGUUGAAGAAACUGCCUUCAUUGUUGAAGACCUUAAGGAAGGUGGCGAAUAUGAGUUCCGUGUUAAAGCUGUGAAUGAAGCUGGCCCAAGCAGACCUUCUGUGACUGCUGGACCAAUUAUCAUUAAGGACCAGACAUGUGCUCCAAGCAUUGACCUGAGAGAGGCUUUAGAAGGCGCAGAAGGAUUUGAUGUCAACAUUGUCGCCAGGAUUCAGGGCUGUCCAUUCCCAUCUCUUGUCUGGCAGAGGGCUCCACUGGACAAGCCUGAUGACAAAACUGCUGUGCAUUAUGACAAACAUGUCAAUAAAGUUGUUUCUGAUGAUAAAUGUACCCUGUUAAUUCAGCAAUCCAAGAGAGAUGACAGUGCAGUGUAUAUUCUCACAGCCACUAACAGCUUGGGCACAGCCACCAAGAGUAUCAAACUUACCAUUUUGGGACGUCCUGGAGUACCAGUGGGACCAAUCAAGUUUGAGGAGGUCUUUGCUGAAAGAAUUGGCCUGUCCUGGAAACCACCCACAGAUGAUGGCGGUUCCAAGAUUACAAACUAUGUCAUUGAAAAGCGUGAGGAGAACAGAAAAACAUGGGUCCAUGUCUCUAGUGAUCUAAAGGAAUGCCAAUACACUGUACAAAGACUUACAGAGGGCCAUGAGUAUGAGUUCCGUGUUAUGGCUCAGAAUAAAUAUGGAAUUGGUCCACCCUUGUACAGUGAACCUGAGAAAGCACGGAACCUCUUCACUGUGCCUGGCCAAUGUGAGAAGCCAACAGUUACAGAUGUUUCACUUGAAUCUAUGACAGUCAACUGGGAGGAGCCAGAAUAUGAUGGUGGGUCUCCAGUAACUGGCUACUGGCUGGAGCGUAAGGAAAUUACAGCCAAGCGCUGGACAAGAGUGAAUCGUGAUCCUAUCAGAAUCAUGCCACUCGGUGUUUCCCACAUUGUAACCGGUCUCAUGGAGGGUGCCAUCUACCAGUUCCGUGUUAUUGCAAUUAAUGCUGCUGGAUGUGGUUUACCUAGUGUGCCUUCUGAUCCUGUUGCAUGUAGAGACCCUAUUGCACCUCCAGGACCUCCGACACCAAAAGUAACAGAUUGUACCAAGUCAACUGUGGAUCUUGAAUGGAUUCCUCCACUUAAUGAUGGUGGAUCUAAGAUCACAGGCUAUUUUGUUGAGUACAAAGAAGAAGGGCAAGAGGAAUGGGAGAAGGUUAAAGACAAGGAAAUUAGAGGCACCAAGUUUGUUGUUCCUGGCCUAAAAGAGCUUGGACUCUACAGAUUUAGAGUGAGGGCUGUAAAUUCUGCAGGCGUGGGUGAACCUGGUGAGGUUGCUGAAGUGAUCGAAGUCAAGGACAGAACAAUUCCCCCCGAGGUUGACCUGGAUGCAACAGUCAAGGAAAAAAUUGUGGUUCAUGCUGGUGGGGUAAUCCGUAUCCUGGCCUUUGUGUCGGGCAAGCCUGCACCAGAGAUUAUUUGGAAUGGAGAUGAUGGUGAUUUGCCAAAGGAAGCUGUUGUAGAGACCACUGCUGUAAGUUCAGCUCUGGUUAUCAAGAAUUGCAGGAGACAUCACCAGGGUAUUUACACCUUGACUGCUAAGAAUGCGGGCGGAGAGAGGAAGAAAGCAGUCAUUGUUGAAGUAUUGGACGUCCCUGGCCCUGUGGGUCAGCCAUUCUCUGGUGAGAAUCUUACCAAUGACUCUUGUAAGUUGACAUGGUACUCACCUGAAGAUGAUGGUGGCUCAGCUAUCACCAACUAUAUCAUUGAAAAGAGAGAAGCUGACCGCAGGGGCUGGACUUCAGUGACAUAUACUGUCACUAGACAUAAUGCAGUGGUCCAGGGUCUACUUGAUGGCAAGGCUUAUUUCUUCAGAAUUGCAGCUGAAAAUAUUAUUGGAAUGGGUCCAUUUACUGAGACGUCAGCUCCAGUUCUCAUCAAGGAUCCUUUCUCUAUCCCUGAGCGCCCAGAGGAUCUUGAGGUGACGGCUAUCACCAAUGAUUCAAUCAGUGUGGCAUGGAGACCUCCAAAGUAUGAUGGAGGCUCAGAUAUUACAAGCUAUGUUCUUGAGGUCCGUCUUAUUGGACAGGACAACUUCAACCGCAUUGCUGCAGAGGACAAACUGAUGGAUCGUAAAUUCACACAUGUGGGUCUUAAGGAAGGCUCUUCUUAUGAAUUCCGUGUUAGUGCUGUGAAUCAGAUUGGUCAAGGCAAGCCUUCUUUCAGCACCAAACCAGUUACAUGCAAGAAAGAGUUUGAACCACCAACCCUUGAUCUUGACUGCCGUGACAAGCUUGUGGUUCGUGUUGGCGAGACUUGCACUGUUCAAGGACGAUACUCAGGCAAACCAGCACCAACUAUUAAAUGGCUCAUAAAUGAUAAGGAGCUUCAAGGAAAUGAAGAAAUUGCUGUCACCAGCACAACAAAGACUUUGUGCUUGACUAUUGAAAAGGCAAAACGGGAUCACAGUGGAAAAUACACUGUGGUUCUGGAAAACUCCAUAGGUUCACGCAAGGGCAUAUGCAAUGUUGUUGUUGUUGACCGCCCACAGCCUCCAGAGGGUCCUGUUAACUUUGAUGAGAUCUACAGGAAUCACAUGGUCAUUUCUUGGAAGCCCCCACUGGAUGAUGGUGGAUGUGCUAUUUCUAACUACAUUGUCGAAAAGAGAGACACCAACAGAGAUCUAUGGAUGCCUGUUACAGAAUCUUGCACAAGAACAUCUUGCAGAGUUCCAAAAUUGAUUGAGGGAAGAGAGUAUAUCAUUAGAAUCUGUGCUCAGAAUAUUCAUGGCAUUAGUGAUCCUUUGCUAUCUGCUGAGACAAAAUCAAGGGAUGUUUUCAAGGUUCCAGAUGCUCCGCAGGCACCUUUGGUUAAAGAAAUCUAUAAAGACACUGCUCUGAUUUCAUGGGUCCAGCCAGCUGAUGGUGGCAAACCAAUCACAAACUACAUUGUUGAGAAGAAAGAGACCAUGGCCAACAUGUGGUCUAGAGCUGGAAAAGAACGCAUUUUCCCUAAUACAGAAUACUGGGUUCCUGAUCUUCUCAAGGGAUGUGAAUAUGAAUUCCGUGUCAUGGCAGAGAAUGUGAUUGGUGUUGGUGACCCAAGCCCACCCUCAAAGCCCAUCUAUGCCAAAGAUCCUAUAGUGAUUCCAAGCCCACCUGUGCUUCCAAUAGCAAUUGACAAGACAAAAGAGUCUGUUACUCUUUCUUGGCAGCCACCAAAGGACUGUGGCAGAGGCAAAAUCUUUGGCUAUCUUCUUGAGUAUCAGAAAGCUGGUGAUGAGGAAUGGCUUCAAGUAAAUCAGACACCAGACUCCUGCCAGGAUACUACAUUCAAAAUUAUCAACCUUGAAGAUGGUGUACUUUACAGAUUUAGAGUGAAGGCAGUAAAUGCUGCUGGUGAAUCUGAGCCUGCAUAUGUCCCAGAGCCUGUUCGAGCACAAGACAGACUUGAGCCUCCAGAGCUCCUGCUGGAUAUGGGCAUGCCCCGAGAAGUUAAAGCAAUGGCUGGAACCCAUAUUACUAUUAUGGCUGGAAUAAAGGGCAUGCCUUUCCCAAAAGUCACAUGGAAGAAAAAUGAAGCAGAUGUUCCUCCAAGAGCAGAGAUUGAGACAUCUGGAACAGCAAGCAAAUUGGAGAUGCGUUAUUGCAACCGUGCAGAUUGUGGAGAUUACACACUUAAUGUUGAAAAUCCAGCUGGAUCGAAGACCGCCACAUGCACUGUGCUUGUUCUUGACAAACCUGGACCAGUUCAGAAUCUCAGAGUGUCUGAUGUCAGAAGUGAUUCUGCCCAGCUUUCGUGGAAAGACCCAGAAGACAAUGGUGGUGCACGUAUCACUAACUUUGUUGUCGAGAAAAAGGAUGCAGCAUCUGCACAAUGGGUGCCAGUCUGCUCAUCAUCUAAAAAACGCAGUAUGAUGGCCAAGCACUUGACUGAAGGAACAUCAUACAUGUUCCGUGUGGCGGCUGAAAAUCAGUUUGGCAGAAGUGAAUAUGUUGAGACAACAAAAGCUAUCAAGGCAAUAAAUCCACUGUUCCCACCUGGUCCACCAAAAGACCUGCAUCAUGUAGAUGUUGACAAAACUGAGGUUUGGCUCCAGUGGAAUUGGCCAGAUCGCACAGGAGGAAGUGACAUCACUGGGUUCUUGGUUGAGUACCAAGAAGAAGGUGAAAGGGAUUGGAUUGUUUUUAAGACUGUAAGCAUUCCUGAAUGCCAUGUGACUGGACUGGAGGAGGGAAAGACCUAUAGGUUCCGUGUUAAGACAGAGAAUGCUAUUGGUCUAAGUCGGCCAGACACCACUGUGCCAGUCCUUUGCCAGGAAAAACUAGUACCACCCAUUGUCGAAGUUGAUGUGAAGCUGAUUGAAGGAAUUAUUGUGAAAGCUGGAAGCACUAUUAGACUGCCUGCCAUUAUGAGAGGCAUUCCGGUUCCCACUGCCAAAUGGGUUAUUGAUGGAGAGGAAAUCAUGAGUGAAGGCAAUAUCAAAAUUGACACUGACAACUUCUCCACUGUUUUGAGCAUUGCCGAAUGCACAAGAAGUCACACAGGAAUCUAUAUCCUCACAGUGUCUAACUCUGCAGGAAGUAAGACUGUUGCUCUGAAUGUCACAGUACUUGAUGUCCCAGCUGCCCCCAUAGGUCCUGUUAAUAUUCUAGAAGUUACUCCUGACUCUAUGGUAAUUGACUGGCGUCCUCCUAAAGAUGAUGGUGGAAGCCCUGUCAUGAACUAUAUUGUUGAGAAGAGGGAAUCAAAUAAGGAAACCUGGGGAGGAGUUAGUUCUGGCAGCACUGCCACAAGGCUCAGGAUUACUCGCCUGCAGAAGGGAGUUGAGUAUGUUGUAAGAAUUCGUGCUGAAAAUAAAAUGGGAAUUGGUGCACCACUUGAAAGUGCACCCACUGUAGCCCGGCACCAGUUUGAGCCCCCUGGCCAUCCUGGUAAACCAGUUGCAUCUGAUAUUUCUGAGGAUGCACUCACACUUGGAUGGACAAUGCCACUGUUUGAUGGUGGUAGUCAAAUCAGUGGUUACAUUAUUGAGCGUAGACAUAAGGGUGGCAAAUGGAUUAGAGUGAAUAAAACACCUUGCAAGGACCUUAGAUACAGAGUGCUUGGACUUUUUGAAAGUAAUGAAUACGAGUUCAGAGUAUUUGCUGAGAACAUUGCUGGCUUUAGUGGACCCUCACCUAUUUCAGAUCCUGCCAAGCCUUGCAGACAAAUUACAGUUCCUGGGCCUCCAGUCAACCCUAAGGUUAAGGACUACAGUUGCUCAUAUGCUGACUUAGUCUGGAUCAAACCCACAAAGGAUGGAGGCAGUCCAGUCUUAGGAUAUAUAAUUGAAUGCCAGAAAGCAGGUGCUGAGUGGGAGCAAGUCAAUAAGGAUGAUCUGAUUAAGCAGUGUGCUUAUAGAGUAAAGGGACUGAUGGAAGACACAGAAUAUAGGUUCCGUGUUAAGGCUGUCAACAUGAUUGGAGAAGGUGAGACAAGGGAAAUUCCAGAGUCUGUUAUUGCUAAGGACAUCCUCAUUCCUCCAGAAAUUGAGAUGGAUGCCACAUGUCAUGAACGUGUGACUGUCCGCGUUGGACAUAAUAUUAACAUUAUUGGAUAUGUGAAAGCAAGACCUGAUCCAGAAAUUAUCUGGAGCAGGAGUGAAAAUGUUUUGGAAAGGGACAAGCGCACCACUCUGACAAAUAACUUUCCAGUUGUGCAAAUGCGCAUCAAGGAAGCAACCAGAGCAGAUCAUGGAAAAUAUACACUCAAGGCUGUUAAUGAAACUGGAGAGGCCUCAGCUACAAUUACAGUAAAUGUAUUGGAUAGACCUGGGCACUGCCAGAAUCUUAAAUUGACAUAUGUAACCAAAAACUCUUGCAUGAUAUCCUGGGAUGCUCCUGAGGACAACGGAGGCACUGAGAUUACAAAUUACAUUGUGGAAUGUCGAGAGCCAAGCAUACGAACCUGGUCAAUGAUAUCAUCUGACUGCACAAAUCGCAUGGUAAAGGCAAAGCUCAUGGAAGGUCAUGAGUAUUUAUUCCGUGUGUCUGCAGAGAACAAGUGUGGUCCUGGACCAACUACAGAAACCAAAACACCCAUUCUUGCAAUCGACCCACUUCAGAAGCCAGGUGAGCCAGAGAACUUCCAUGUCAGUGAUGUUGGAAAGAACUUUGUUUUCCUUAAGUGGAGAAAACCAGAUUAUGAUGGUGGCAGCCCUAACCUGGGCUACAUUUUGGAGAAAAAACCUAAGGAUGCUGAAGAGUGGGAAAAGUUACAUGACAGUGUCCUGAAAGACACUUUCUUCAUGGUAGACAAAUGUGUUGAGAACCAUACCUAUCAGUUUAGAAUCAAGUCAACAAAUGAAGGAGGAGCAAGCAACUGGGUUAAGACAUCUGAUGUUCUUGUGAAAGAAGAAAUUCAGAAACCUGUUCUUGACCUGAAAUUUGCUGGUACCGUUGUAGUUAAAGCAGGUGAAUCAGUUAGACUUGAAGCUGGACUUAGAGGAAAGCCACAGCCUGAAGUUACAUGGGUGAAGGACAAGGAUGCAGGUGAUAACCCAAGGAUCAGUGUUGACACUGGACCAGAUUACUCCAAGUUCCUUCUGACUAAAUCUAAACGUAGUGAUACUGGAAAAUAUGUGAUCACUGCUACAAACUCAGCAGGAACAUUCAAUGCAUAUGCAAAUGUCACUGUUUUGGACAUACCAGGACCUGUCAGAGAUUUGAAGGUUUCUGGGAUUUCUACAGACAAGUGCAGAGUUGUAUGGGAUCCUCCAGAGGAUGAUGGUGGUUGUGAGGUAGAUAGCUACAUUCUAGAGAAGUGUGAGACUAGAAGAAUGGUUUGGUCCACUUACUCUGCCUCCGUUGUCACCAACUAUUGUAAUAUAACUCGCCUUGUUGAAGGAAAUGAGUAUAUAUUCAGGGUCAGAGCAGAAAACAAGAUGGGAACUGGUCCCUCAAUGGAGAGUAAGCCAAUUAUUGCUAAGACGCAAUACAACAGGCCUGGUCCACCUGAUUCACCUGAGGUCACUAAAAUUGGAAAAGAUGAGAUGACUGUUGUAUGGGCUCCUCCCGAGAAUGAUGGUGGUAAGUCUAUCACUGGUUACAUUUUGGAGAGAAAGGAGAAGCGGGCCGUUCGAUGGGUCCCUGUCACAAAGAGCCCUAUCUCUGAGAGGCGUAUGAAGGUCACUAAUUUGAUUCCUAACCACGAGUAUCAAUUCCGUGUCAAAGCGGAAAAUGAAGUAGGAUUGGGAGAACCAAGCAAAGCAUCCAGACCUAUCACUGCAAAAGAUCCAAUUGAGCCCCCUGGACCUCCUGGUAGCCUUAAAGUUGUCGACAGCACCAAGACAUCGAUUACACUAAGCUGGGCAAAGCCUGUGUAUGAUGGUGGUGCUCCAAUUAUUGGAUAUCUGGUUGAAAUGAGGGAUAAGGUUGAAAUGGAGGGUGAACAAGAGAGAGAUCCAGAAGAAGGCUGGAAGAAAUGUAAUACUGGUGGACAGCUUGUCAUAACUGAAUUUACAAUUCUUAACUUGGACGAGAAACAGGAAUAUGAAUUCCGGGUGUCUGCUCAAAACCAAGUUGGCAUGGGCCGCCCUGCAAAACUCAAGGAUGCUGUAUCACCAAAGGAGAUCAAUGAGUUUCCAGAGAUUGAUCUUGAUGCCAGUCUAAGAAAAGGACUUAGCGUUAGAGCAGGGUGUCCCAUCAGACUUUUUGCUACAAUUAGGGGAAGACCAACACCUAAAGUGACCUGGAAGCGCCUGGGUGUUGACAAUGUCAUUAGAAGGGGUCAUGUGGAUCAGAUUGAUACAAUGACAUUCCUUGUGAUUCCUGAGUGCUCACGUGAAGACUCUGGCAAAUAUUCUUUGACACUUUCAAAUGCCUCUGGAGAAAAAGCUGUAUUUGUUCGUGUUAAAGUCUUAGAUACUCCUGGUCCUGUUGGUGGACUAGAAGCAACUGAUAUUACAAAAACGACAUGCCAACUUGCAUGGUUACCUCCAGAAAAUGAUGGUGGUAGCCCAAUCCUAAACUACGUUGUCGAAAAGCGUGAGGUAGACAGGAAAACAUGGACAAAUUGCACAAAUGACCUAAAGAAGACAAGCUUCAAAAUUACAAAUCUGACACCAGGAAUAGAAUACUAUUUCCGGGUCAUGGCAGUUAACAAGUAUGGCUUAGGGGUGCCUCAAGACUCUCCAAAAUCUUACUUGGCUACAGAUCCCAAGAGUGAGCCUGAUCCUCCAAAGAAGAUGGAUGUAUUGGAAAUUUCUAAAAACAGUGCAACUCUUGGAUGGUUGAAGCCACUUAGAGAUGGUGGAUCAAAGAUUAAUGGCUACAUUGUUGAAUACCAGGAGGAUGGUCAACCUGAGGACAAGUGGAUAUCAUACUCCAUUGUGAAAGACUUGACCAUUGUUGUAGCUGGACUGAAAGAAAACACUAAGUACAGAUUCAGGGUUGCAGCAAGAAAUGCUAUAGGAUGCAGUUUGGCGAGAGAAGUUGAGGGCAUAUUUGAGGUCAAAGAACAGCUAUUGGCGCCAAAGAUUAUCAUGCCUGAUGUGGUUACAGCAAAGGCAGGAUCUAAACUUUUAGUUGAGGCUCUUGUCUCUGGGAAGCCUGCACCAGUCACAAGAUGGAAGAGAGGCAGUGAUGACAUAGUUACAUCUGAUCGUCUCUACAUACAAAAGACACCAACCACAAGUACACUUAUGAUCAAAGAUGUCACAAGAAAGGAUAGUGGUUACUACAGCCUUUCUGUUGAAAACAGCAUCUCUAAGGUCAACCAGAUUCUCAGAAUAAUCAUUAUGGAUAUCCCUGGUCCUCCAGAGGGCCCUCUAGAAAUUCUUGAGGUGGACAUAGAUGCCUGUACACUUGCAUGGAAUUCUCCUACUGAGGAUGGUGGCAGCAACAUCACUAACUAUGUUGUUGAGAAGUGUGAUGUGUCCAGAGGUGACUGGGUCACAGCUGCAUCUUGUACCAAGACCAGCUGCAGAGUCGGAAAGCUCACAGCUGGCAAAGAGUAUGGCUUCCGUGUCCGUGCUGAAAAUCGUUUUGGCAUUUCAGAACCAAUUUACUCAGAGAAAAUGAUUGCUAGACAUCCAUUUGAUCCACCCAGUGAGCCUAGGAACUGCUGUGUCAACAAGAUCAACAAGGAUUUUGUUGUGUUGUCCUGGGAGAAACCAGUGAAUGAUGGUGGCAGUCCCAUCAUUGGAUAUUCCAUUGAGCGCAAAGAAAGAAAUAGCCUUCUGUGGGUCAAGGCAAAUGAAAUCCUUGUUCGCUCAACUGAUUAUACAUGCUCUGGCCUCAUUGAAGGCCUGGAAUACACAUUCAGAGUGUCUGCUGUCAACAAGGCAGGACAAGGAAAAUCAAGCAAGCAGACAGAUUUUAUCACUGCAAGAACACCCGUUGAUCCACCUGGCAAACCUGAAGUUCUUGAUGUGACAAGAAAUUCUGUUUCUCUUGUGUGGAGUCGUCCAAAACAUGAUGGAGGCAGCAAACUCAUCGGUUAUUAUGUUGAGUCUCUGAAGUUUCCAGGUGACAAAUGGGUGCGAAUCAAUGCAAGCAGCCAAAAUGUACCAAAAGAAGAAUACAUUGUCUCUGGGCUUGAGGAGGGAGCCCAAUACAAGUUCAGAAUAAUUGCAAAGACAGCAAUAAAUGUUAGUCUGCCUUCAGAUGAAUCUGAUGCUAUCCCAGUUAUUGCAGAGCAUGUUCCACCAAGAGUUGAGAUUGGCCUUGAAAUGAAGAGCUUAAUUGUUGUCAAAGCCGGAGCAAAUGUCUGCCUUGAGGCUGAAGUUUAUGGUAAACCAAUGCCAAAGGUCACAUGGAAGAGAGAUGGUGUUCCAUUGACACUGGUUGAAGGUAUGAAAAUGACUCAGAAGAUACAUCUGUUCUGCCUGGAACUGUUCUCUGUGACAAGAAAGGAGUCUGGAGAGUACACAAUUGUUGCUGAGAAUCCAAGUGGAACUAAGUCUGGCAAUAUUAAAUUGAAGGUUCUUGAUAAACCUGGACCCCCAGCAUCAGUGAAGAUAAGCCAUGUUUUUGCUGACCGGGUGAAACUGAGAUGGGAGCCACCUGUUGCAGAUGGUGGUUCUGAAAUCACAAACUACAUUGUUGACAAACGUGAAACGAGCAGAGCUAACUGGGCACAAGUUACUGCUAAUGUUGGUGGUCAAAUAACGGACUGUUCUGUGGAGAAACUGAUUGAAGGCCAUGAAUAUGAGUUCCGCAUCAGUGCUGAGAACAAGUAUGGUGUAGGAGACCCAAUUGUGACUAACUCUGUGAUCGCCAAGAAUCCAUUUGAUGUUCCAGGGCCAUGUGAACCUCCAGUUAUAACCAAUAUCACAAAGGAUCAUAUGACUGUUAGUUGGAAGGCUCCUGCUGAUGAUGGCAAGGCCACCAUUCUUGGAUAUAUGGUUGAGAAGCGUGAAACUCAAGACCUCAACUGGGCUAAAGUGAAUAGAAAACCAGUUAUUGACAGGACAAUUAAAGCUGGCGGCCUCACAGAGGCAUCAGAGUAUGAAUUCAGAGUCAUUGCGAUCAAUAAAGCUGGUCUUGGCAAACCAAGUGAUCCAUCAGCUGGUGCACUUGCAUUAGACCCAGUGUAUCCUCCUGGACCACCUGCGUUUCCAAAGGUCAUUGACUCUACACACAGUUCUAUCAGUCUGUCCUGGACCAAGCCCGCCUAUGAUGGAGGGUGUGAAAUCCUAGGCUACCUUGUUGAGUUCAAGAGAGCAGAUGCAGAAGAUUGGAUGAAGUGCAAUGUGCCAAAGAAUCUCCAGGCAACAAAGUUUGUUGUUACUGGUCUUCUUGAUAACACUGAGUACCAGUUCCGUGUCACUGCUGUAAACAAGAUUGGAUUUGGGGAGCCAAGUGAAGUUCCUGGAAAACAUAUGGCAAAGGAUAUCCUACUUGCCCCUGAGGCUGAGCUUGAUGCAGAUCUCAGAAAGGUACUAGUUUUGCGUGCUGGAGUCACAAUGAGAAUUUAUGUACCUCUGAGAGGGCGUCCUGCUCCAAAGGCAACAUGGACUAAGGUCAAUGCGAAUUUGAAGGAGAGACAGGGUCUUAUGAUCAAUACAACUGAAUGGGAUACCCUUCUUUAUUGUGAGGAUAUCAACAGAUAUGAUGCCGGCAAAUAUGUCCUAACUCUAGAAAACAGUAGUGGUACCAAGUCAUAUACCAUUGUUGUCAAAGUACUAGACACGCCUGGACCACCACUUAAUCUGAUUGUUAAGGAGACCUCAAAGGACCAUGUGUCCAUUACUUGGGAUGCUCCAUUAAUUGAUGGUGGUAGUCCAGUCAAGAGCUAUGUUGUUGAAAAACAUCUGGCCGAGAGAAAGGCAUGGACGUGUGUUGCUCUUGAGUGUCCCAAGACAUCUUUUAGAAUUACUAAUCUUGAAGCUGGUAAAGCUUACUGUUUCCGAGUCCUAGCUGAAAAUAUAUAUGGCAUUGGUGAGGGUUGUGAGACAGCUGGACCAGUCAAAGCCUCAGAGCAACCUGGACCAGUUACAGAUUUUAAACCAUCAGAGGUCACCAAGAAUUCUUGCACUCUUGGCUGGAAGAAACCAAUAAGUGAUGGUGGAAGUCACAUUGUUGCAUAUGCUCUAGAGAUCUGUGAAGGUGAAGACAAAUGGAAGCUGCUCAUGAAGUCCAAGCUCACACAGUACACAGUGAAUGAUCUUGAUGAAGGAAAGGAGUACAUUUUCAGAGUAAAAGCCAUAAAUGAAACAUCUGAAGGACUCCCAACAGAGCUCACUGUCUUGGCUAAAGAUCAAAUAGUCCUGCCAGACUUUAACCUUAAAGGCUUGCAAGACUCUAGCUAUGUGGCAAAGGAAGGAAGCACUGUUCGUCUUAAUAUCCUUAUUAUUGGUAUCCCUGCUCCAGCUGUCACUUGGAAAAAGGGUGAUGUUACUUUAUCAGAUAGUGGCAGAAUCUCAGUUGAAUCAACUGCAACAAACACAACCUUGCUGAUUCGUGAUUGCCACAGGGGUGAUGCUGGCAAAUUUAAUAUCAAUUUAAGAAACAGUGCUGGAACAAAGGAAGCAGCUAUUGACUUAAAGGUUGUUGGUAAGCCUGGAGUCUGCACAGGUCCCAUCAAGUUUGAUGAAAUCACAGCAGAAGCAAUUACUGUUGAAUGGGGUCCACCCAAGGAAGAUGGUGGAUCAGAAAUUAGCAACUAUUUUUUGGAAAAGAGGCAUUCUACUGCUAACAAGUGGGUGACAGUUGCCUCUGCAAUUCAGAAGAACUCUAUGAGGGUUACAAGACUUCAUGAUGGAACAGAAUAUAUCUUCAGAGUUUGUGCCGAAAAUAAAUAUGGAAUUGGCGAGUUCCUCAGAUCUGACCCAGUGGUUGCUAAACAUCCAUUUAAUUCACCAGAGGCUCCAGCACCACCUGAGGUUAUGAGCAUUCGUCAUGAGUCUGCUAUCCUAACAUGGUCUGAUCCAAAAGAUACUGGAGGCUCACCUAUCACAGGAUAUUAUGUGGAAUUCAAAGAUAGAAAUAGUUUGAUGUGGAAGAGAGCCAGCAAGACACCUUUGAGAGUGAAAGAAUGCAGAGUGACUGGUUUGAUUGAAGGCCUAGAAUAUGAAUUUAGGGUAAUAGCUAUAAAUGUGGCUGGACUCGGAAAGCCAAGCAAAUCUACAGAAUCACUCGUUGCUCUUGAUCCAAUCGAUCCUCCUGGCAAACCUGAUGUGAUCAGUGUCACAAGAAACAGUGUAACGCUCAUUUGGACUGCACCAAAGUAUGAUGGUGGCCACAGACUGACGGGGUAUAUUGUUGAGAAAUUAGAGCAUCCAGGAAAGGUAUGGAUGAAGGCCAACCAUGUCAAUGUCCAAAGCUGUGCAUACACCGUAACAGACCUACAGGAAGGCGGUACUUGUGAAAUCAGAAUAAGGGCUAAGAAUGCAGCUGGAGCAAUAAGUGCUCCCUCAGAGGCAACUGAGCCACUUGUCUGCAAAGAUGAAUAUGAACCACCAACUAUCACAAUCGACCCUGAAAUGAAGGAUGGUGUGACUGUGAAGGCUGGAGAAACAAUUGUCAUAACUGCAUCAAGCAUUCUUGGCAAACCACCUCCUACAGCUGUGUGGUCUAAGGGGGGAAGAGAAUUCAAGUCUUCAGAUGUUGUCCAAAUUACAAGCACUCCCACAUCUUCAAGUUUGUCUAUAAAGUAUGCCAGCAGAAAGAACACUGGAGAGUACACAAUUACCGCAAGCAAUCCAUUUGGUAUCAAAGAAGAAAAAGUUAAAGUAAAAAUCCUAGAUGUGCCUGGACCUCCAGGUCCUAUUGAACCCAGCAGUGUCUCUGCUGAAAAAUGCACAUUGACAUGGUUGCCACCAGAAGAAGAUGGUGGUAGCAGUAUCAAGUCAUAUAUAAUUGAAAAGAGAGAAACCAGCCGCCUUCUCUGGACAAAGCUUGCUGAAAAUGUUAUGGAUUGCCGCUAUAUUGCCAGCAAGCUGAUUAAGGGAAAUGAAUACAUAUUCCGUGUUUCAGCAGUCAAUCAAUAUGGCAUUGGUGACUCAACACCAUCUGGUCCAGUUAAAAUGGUUGAUAGCUUCGGACCACCUGGGCCACCAUCAAAACCAAAAAUUGAUAAUGUCAGUAAAAAUGCAGUAACAAUUUCCUGGAAGAGACCAGCUGUGGAUGGAGGAAGUGACAUAAGAGGCUAUAGUGUUGAGAGAAAAGAGAGAAGAGGCAUGAGAUGGGUGAGAGCCUCAAAGAAGACAAUUUCUGAUCUACGUUGUAAGGUAUCAGGCCUGACAGAGGAAGUUGAAUAUGAAUUCCGAGUGACUGCAGAGAAUAAGGCUGGUUUUGGUGAACCCAGUGAGCCAUCUCAACCUGUAAUGACAAAGGAUAUUGCAUAUCCACCUGGGCCUCCAUCCAACCCUAGAAUUACUGACACUACCAAAACAACAGCUACAUUUAACUGGGGUAGACCCUUCUAUGAUGGCGGACUCGAAGUGUCAGGAUACAUUGUUGAACAUAAAAAGGAAGGAGAUGAUGAUUGGGUUCAAGACACAACUACUCCAUUGAGAAUAACUGAAUUUGUAGUUUCAAAUCUACAAUCAGGAGGAAAAUAUUAUUUCAGAGUCAAAGCAAUAAAUUCAGAAGGACUUGGUGAACCCUCUGAAGUUGAACAAGUUGUAGAACUUGUAGAUCGAGAGGAAAUUCCUGACUUUGAACUUGAUGCAGAGCUUAGAAGAACACUUGUUGUAAAGUCAGGUGCUUCAAUCCGCAUAUUUGUGCCAAUCAAGGGCCGACCAGCUCCAGAGGUAACAUGGUACAAGGAAGAUGUACCUCUUAAAGGCCGUGCUCAUAUUGACACUACUGAAUCAUACACUCUAGUGGUCAUCCCUGAGUGUACAAGAUAUGAUGCUGGUAAAUAUGUGCUAGCGUUAGAGAAUGUUGCCGGUAAGAAGACUGGAUUUGUCAAUGUUCGUGUUGUUGACACCCCAGGUCCUCCAGUAAAUUUGAAGCCAAGGGAAAUCACAAAACAUAGCAUCACUCUACAAUGGGAGAUUCCAAUUAUUGAUGGUGGUUCAAAGAUAACAAAUUAUAUUAUUGAGAAGCGUGAGGCAACACGAAAAGCCUAUUCAACCAUCACUGCAAAUUGGCAGAAAUGCUCCUACAAGAUUCCAGACUUGGAAGAGGGAGCUGAAUAUUACUUUAGAGUUUUAGCAGAGAAUGAAAGGGGCAUUGGUGAACCAGCGGAGACACCUGAACCGAUCAGAGCUUCUCAGGCUCCUUCUGCACCAGAUAAUUUAAUUGUUUCAGAUGUAUCUAAGGACACAGCAACUCUUGCAUGGACUAAACCAAAAUAUGAUGGUGGAAGUCGAAUCACUGGUUAUGUGAUAGAGGCCCAGCAGAAAGAUUCUGAUCAAUGGACCCAUGUGACAACAAUUAAAGCUUUGGACUACACUGCAACAGAAUUGGUGGAAAAUGCAGAAUAUGUGUUCCGCAUCUUUGCUGCGAACAGCUCAGGCAGGAGUGAACCUCGUGAGAGCCGACCAGUUGUAAUCAAGGAGCAAAUCACAGGUCCAGGAUUUGACCUUAGAGGCAUAUAUCAGAAGAUGGUGGUAGCUAAAGCAGGUGAUAAUAUUAAAGUGGAAAUCCCUGUUCUGGGUCGUCCAAGACCACUUGUUGUAUGGAAGAAAGAAGAUGAGGAACUUAAACAGACACAGAGAAUAAACAUUGAAAAUACCACAACUUCUACAAUACUCAACAUUAAUGAAAUUAAGAGGAAAGAUGGAGGACAGUAUUCAAUGACAGGAAAAAAUAUCUUAGGAACUGUGACUGAAACCAUUACUGUUCAAGUACAUGAUAUCCCAGGACCUCCAACUGGACCAAUAAAGUUAGAUGAAGUUUCUUGUGACUAUGUUCUAAUAUCAUGGGAAGCUCCAGAAAAUGAUGGAGGAGUGCCUAUUAAUAACUACAUUGUUGAGAUGCGUGAGACCACAGGAACAUCCUGGGUGGAACUGGCGGCAACUGUCAUCCGCACAACAUUUAAAGCCGCACGCCUUACAACUGGAAUUGAAUAUCAGUUCCGUGUUAAAGCUCAGAAUCGAUAUGGUGUUGGUCCAUACUUAACUUCAGAACCAGUGGUGGCUGCUUAUCCAUUUGAUGUUCCAGGUCAGCCAGGAAUUCCACAAAUAGCUGCCUUCACCAAGGAUUCAAUGACAAUCAGCUGGAAUGAACCCUCCUCAGAUGGAGGUAGCACAAUUUUGGGAUAUCACAUUGAAAGGAAAGAGAAGAACAGCAUUCUCUGGCAAAGGAUCAGCAAAGCUCUAGUGGUUGGCAACAUGUUUAAAUCAUCAGGUUUGAUGGAUGGUAUUGCAUAUGAAUUCCGUGUUAUUGCAGAAAAUCUGGCUGGUCUCAGCAAAGCAAGCAAGCCAUCUGAGAUGACAUAUGCACUUGAUCCCAUAGACCCCCCUAGUCAACCAGUGGCACUUAAUAUAACCAGACAUGAAGUUACUCUUCAGUGGACAAGGCCAGAGGGUGAUGGUGGCUUUUCAAUAACUGGAUAUACAGUAGAAAAAAGAGAGCUGCCCAAUGGUCGCUGGCUCAAAGCCAACUUCAGCAACAUUCUUGAGACAAACUUUACUGUAAGUGGUCUAACAGAAGAUGCUUCUUAUGAAUUCCGUGUAUUAGCAAGGAACUCAGCUGGAGCUGUCAGCAAACCAUCUAAACCUUCAGAGGUCAUUGUCUGCAGAGAUGAUAUUGAGGAACCAAAGAUUGAUGUUGAUGCAAGUUUCAGUAGUGUUGUAGUAGUCAAGGCAGGAGAGGUGUUCAAGCUAGAUGCAAAAGUUAAAGGCCGCCCAAUUCCAUCCUUGGUUUGGACUAAAGAAGGGAAGGAGCUUGAGGAUACAGCAAAACUAGAGAUCAAAACAUCAGAUUUCUAUUCUUGUUUGAUUAACAAAGAUUCUUUACGUAGAGAUGGCGGUGCAUACACUCUAACUGCUAGCAAUCCUGGAGGAUUUUCCAAAUUUGUGUUCAAUGUUAAAGUUCUUGACAGACCUGGCCCACCUGAGGGACCACUACAUGUCACGGACAUGACAAUAGAGAAAUGUAUUCUGUCAUGGCUACCACCACUUCAUGAUGGAGGAGCAAAGAUUGAAUAUUACAUCAUUCAAAGACGUGAAACAAGUAGACUUACUUGGACAAAUGUAGCCACAGAUUUACAAGUAAACCGCUAUAAGGUUACCAAACUGCUGAAAGGAAAUGAAUAUAUCUUUAGAGUCAUGGCUGUGAACAAGUAUGGAGUUGGAGAACCUCUUGAAUCUGAGCCUGCGGUUGUCACCAACCCAUAUGUGCCAUCUGAUCCUCCACAGGCACCAGAAGUUACUGCUAUAACAAAAGAUUCAAUGGUGGUUUGUUGGGGACAUCCUGAAAACAAUGGUGGAAGUAGCAUAAAAACCUACAUCAUCGAGAGGAGAGAUAAAACUGGCCUUCGUUGGGUAAAAUGCAAUAAAAGGACAGUUACUGAUCUGCGCUUUAAAGUGUCAGGACUAACAUCUGGGCAUGAGUAUGAAUUCAGAAUCCUUGCUGAAAAUGCUGCUGGCUUAAGUGCCCCAAGCCCAUCAAGUCCAUUCUACAUGGCAUGUGACACAAUUUUCCAACCUGGACCCCCUGGAAAUCCCAGGAUUUUGGACACAACUAAGUCAUCCAUUACUAUUGCAUGGAAUAAACCAGUUUAUGAUGGCGGCUCAGACAUUAAAGGAUAUAUUGUUGAAACAUGUCUGCCAGAAGAAGAUGAAUGGACAAUUGUCACUCCAAGGGAGGGUCUGACAGCAACAUCAUUCACUAUAACAAACCUUGUAGAAAACCAAGAAUAUAAGAUUAAUAUUUCAGCUCUCAACUGUGAGGGUGUUGGAGAACCUGCCACUGUGCCUGGUUCACCUAAAGCAGAGGACAGACUUCUUCCUCCUGAAAUUGAGCUUGACUCAGACCUUCGCAAAGUAGUAAACAUCAGAGCAUGCUGCACCUUGAGAUUAUUUGUGCCAAUUAAAGGAAGACCUGCACCAGAAGUAAGAUGGUCAAGGGAAAAUGGUGAACCCCUUGAUAGAGCAUCCAUUGAAAUUACACCAUCAUUCACCACUCUGCUUAUUGAGAAUGUUGACAGGUUUGAUGGUGGAAAAUAUGUUUUAACAGUGGAAAACAGUUCAGGAGUUAAAACAGCAUUUGUAAAUGUCCGAGUGCUUGACACUCCUGGUGCACCACAAAACCUUUCAAUCAAAGAAAUCACAAAAGAUUCAGUUUCACUUAUCUGGGAUCCUCCAAUCAUUGAUGGAGGCUCAAGAAUCAGGCAUUACAUUGUUGAAAAACGUGAAUCUACAAGAAAAGCAUACUCAAUUGUUAAUGCUUGUUGUCCCAAAACAAGUUGGAGAAUUGGGGACUUGCAAGAAGGAAACAUGUAUUGCUUCAGAAUUCUGGCUGAAAAUGAAUAUGGUGUUGGUCUUCCAAUAGAGACAGCAGAGGCUAUCAAAAUCUCUGAGAGGCCUCUUCCUCCUGGCAAAGUGACUCUAAAGGAGGUAACAGGCAAAAGUGUAACUCUGUCUUGGGAGAAGCCAGACCAUGAUGGAGGAAGCAGAAUUACUGGUUAUAUUGUUGAAAUGCAAGGGAAAAACAGUGAAAAAUGGACUCAAGUAAUGACAGUUAAAGUAACAGAGGCAGUUGUUAUUGGUCUGACACAAGGUGAAGAAUAUUCCUUCCGCAUAUCAGCAACUAAUGAAAAAGGAACUAGUGAUCCACGUCCACUUAGUGUCCCUGUGGUUGCUAUGGAUGUUGUUAUCACUCCUGCUUUCAAACUUUUAUUCAGCACAUACAGUGUUAUGGCAGGUGAUGAUCUUAAGAUUGAUGUGUCUUAUGUUGCUCAGCCCAAGGCAGGAGUUACCUGGCAUAAAGAUGGUGUAGCUCUGAAAGAGACAACAAGAGUAAAUACUGAAGUAGCAGAUAGACAUCUUUACCUUGUGAUAAAAGAAGCCACACGGGAUGAUGUGGGCAAAUAUACAAUUAAACUGACAAACUCAGCUGGUGAAGCUUCAGCAGAUAUAAAUGUCAUUGUACUUGAUAAGCCUGGACCUCCAACUGGCCCAAUCAAAUUUGAUGAAGUAACUGCAGACAGUGUAACACUAUCAUGGCAGUCUCCAGAGUAUGAAGGUGGAUGUACCAUUAAUAACUACAUUGUGGAAAAGAGAGACACGUCCACCACGAACUGGCAGAUUGUGUCUGCAACUGUAGCCAGAACAACAAUCAAAGCUGCAAGACUGAAGACUGGCUGUGAGUAUCAAUUUAGAAUUGCUGCUGAAAAUAGGUAUGGAAAGAGUUCGGUUCUUCUUUCUGAGCCUGUUGUUGCACAGUAUCCCUUUGAGAUCCCAAGUUCACCAGGAACACCCACUGUACAAUGUGCUACUAAAGAAAGUAUGGUUAUUGUGUGGAACAAACCUAGUUGUGAUGGCGGAAGCAAGAUUUUGGGGUAUCACAUUGAGAGUAAGGAAAGAAACAGCCUCCUGUGGGUGAAACAAAACAAAACACUCAUUCCAGACACAAGAUUCAAGAUAGGUGGCCUUGAAGAGGGAAUUGAAUAUGAAUUUAGAGUUUAUGCUGAGAAUAUCGUUGGUCUUAGCAAAGCAAGCAAAGUAUCAGAAAUCCAAGUGGCAAGAGAUCCAUGUGAUCCUCCAGGCAAACCUGAAGCAGUGAUUGUCACAAGAAGCUCCGUAACACUCAGGUGGACACCGCCACAGUUUGAUGGUGGCAGCAAGAUCACUGGAUAUGUAAUUGAGAAGAAAGAGUUGCCUAAUGGCCGCUGGAUGAAAGCUACGUUUACUAAUAUUAUUGAGACUGAAUUUGUUGUCAGUGGCUUGGUAGAGGAACAGCAGUAUGAGUUCCGUGUCAUUGCAAGAAAUGCUGCAGGUGUGUCCAGUGCCCCAUCAGAAAGUACUGGUGCAAUCACCGCAAAGGAUGAAGUCGAGCCACCUAAAAUUGACUUAGAUGCCAAAUAUUCUCAAACUGUUGUCGUUAAUGCUGGUGAAUCAUUUAAAGUUGAUGCAGGGAUACUUGGCAAACCAAUUCCCUCAGUUCACUGGAUAAAAGCUGGUGAAGAACUUACAAAUACUGCUAGACUUGAGAUCAAGAAUACUGACUUCACAACUACUCUAAGUGUGAAGGAGGCUAUCCGUGUUGAUGGAGGCCAGUAUUCUUUGCUACUGAAAAAUGUUGGUGGAGAGAAAUCAGUAAAUGUCAAUAUCAAGGUUCUAGACAGACCUGGGCCUCCAGAUGGUCCAAUUUCAAUCUAUGGAGUUACAAGUGAAAAGUGCUGCAUUGCCUGGAAAACUCCAUUGCAUGAUGGAGGGGCUGAAGUGUCUCAUUACAUUGUUGAAAGAAGAGAGACCAGCAGAUUAGUUUGGACUGUUGUUGAAUCUAAAGUACAAACCCUCAAUCUUAAAAUCACAAAACUCCUUCCUGGAAAUGAGUAUAUUUUUAGAGUGAUCCCUGUAAAUAAAUAUGGAAUUGGUGAACCUCUGGAAUCUGAACCAGUGAUUGCAGCAAAUCCAUUUGUCCCACCUGAUGCACCAAGUGAUGUUGAAGUGUCCAAUGUAACAAAGGAUUCCAUGGUUAUUACAUGGGAAAGACCCAUUAAUGAUGGUGGCAAUGCCAUUACAGGAUAUAUAGUUGAAAAGAGAGACAAAGAAGGCAUUAGAUGGACAAGAUGUAACAAACGUGUAGUGAGUGAACUACGCUUUAGAGUAACAGGACUUCUUGAAAACCGAAGUUAUGAAUUCCGUGUGUGUGCUGAGAAUGCAGCUGGAGUUGGUAAACCAAGCUCUCCCACUGUGUAUUUCAAGGCAGUGGAUCCAGUCUUCAAGCCAGGUCCACCUAACAACCCCAAGGUUAUUGAUGUCUCAAGAGCAUCUGUUGUCCUGCAGUGGGGCAAACCUAUUUAUGAUGGUGGUUGUGAGAUUCAAGGCUAUAUUGUUGAGGCCUGUGAAGUGGCAUCCGAUGAAUGGAUGAUGUGCACACCACCCUCAGGAAUAACAGAGACAAGAUUUGAAGUUAAAAAACUGCUUGAAAAGCAUGAGUACACAUUCAGAGUCUGUGCCAUAAAUAAGGUUGGUGUUGGGGAAACAGCUGAUAUCCCAGGAUCCAUUUUCAUAGAUGAUAAACUCGAGACACCAGAUAUUGAUCUUGAUGCUGAUCUAAGAAAGAUGAUUACCGUUAGGGCUGGAGGAUCUCUCAGAUUGUUUGUCCCUAUCCGUGGCCGACCCACUCCUGAAGUCAAGUGGGGAAAGGCUGAGGGUGAAAUCAAUGAAGCAGCACAGAUUGACAUUACAAGCAGUUACACUUCACUCAUCAUUGAAAAUGUUAACAGAUUUGACAGUGGAAAAUACACUUUAACACUAGAAAAUAUCAAUGGAACAAAAUCUGCAUUUAUUAGUGUCAGAGUAUUAGAUACUCCUGAUGCACCUGCAAACUUCCGUGUGAAGGAAGUUACAAAGAAUUCAGUCACCCUUACCUGGGAGCCACCCUUGAUGGAUGGCGGAGCUAAAAUAAAAAAUUACAUUGUUGAAAAACGAGAGAGUACAAGAAAGGUAUACUCUGCUGUUGCUACCUGCAACAAGAUGACAUGGAAAAUUGAACCACUCCAAGAGGGCAGCAUCUAUUUCUUUAGAGUUAUUGCUGAAAAUGAACACGGUAUUGGAUUGCCUGCAGAGACUUCAGAGCCCCUGAAAAUUUCAGAGGUGCCACAGCCCCCUGGUAAAGUUUUUGUAGUGGAUGUUACACGAAAGAGUGUAUCUCUAUCAUGGGAAAAACCAGAACAUGAUGGAGGCAGCAGAAUUUCCCACUAUGAAGUUGAAAUGCAGGCAAAAGGUCAGGAUAAAUGGUCUCUUUGUGCUCAAGUGAAAUCCCUUGACACUAUUGUAACUAAUUUAGCCCAAGGUGAAGAGUACAAUUUUAGAGUUAUUGCUGUUAAUGACAAAGGAAAGAGUGAUCCUAGACUCCUCGCAAAUCCUGUUAUUGCAAAGGACCUCGCUAUUGAACCCUCAGUGAGAACAAAGCUUAGUACCUACAGUGUACAGGUUGGGCAAGAUUUGAAAAUUGAAGCACGAAUUGCUGGUCACCCAAAACCAACCAUUACAUGGACCAAAGACGGUUCAACUCUGAAACAGACUACAAGAGUAAAUGUUGCUGACACUGCACAUCAUACCACUCUUACCAUUAAAGAUGCAACAAGAGAAGAUGGUGGUAUGUACAACAUUGCUGUGGCUAAUGUGCUUGGACAAAAGGAAAUAACUGUUGAAAUAAUCAUACUUGAAAAACCUGGCCCACCAACAGGACCAGUCAAGAUUGAUGAAGUAAGUUCAGAAAGCAUUACAUUAUCUUGGGACCCACCAACAUACACUGGAGGCUGCCAGAUUUCAAAUUAUAUUGUCCAAAAGAGAGACACCACCACCACCAACUGGGUAGUUGUUUCUGCAACAGUGGCAAGGACUAUACUUAAAGUUGGCAAUUUGAAAACUGGAGCUGAAUACCAGUUCAGGAUCUUUGCUGAAAACAGAUAUGGUAAAAGCUAUGGCAUUGACUCAGAGCCAGUUCUUGCCCAGUAUCCUUUCAAAGAGCCUGGGCCUCCAGGAACCCCAUUUGUGUCUGCUUUCACAAAAGACUCAAUGCUUGUUGAAUGGCACAAACCAGUCUCAGAUGGUGGAAGUGCUAUCCUAGGAUAUCAUCUUGAGAGAAAAGAAAAGAAUAGCAUUCUUUGGACAAAGAUCAAUAAAACACUUAUUCAAGACACUAGGUUUAAAACAUCUUCAUUGGAGGAGGGCAUUGAAUAUGAGUUCAGAGUCUAUGCUGAAAACAUAGUUGGAAUUGGACAGUGCAGCAAAAUCUCUGAGGGUUGUGUGGCACGUGACCCAUGUGACCCACCAGGCACACCUGUGCCAGUGAUUGUGACAAGGCACUUAGUGAAACUCAGAUGGACACCACCAGAAUAUGAUGGAGGCAGUCUUGUCACUGGAUAUGUUGUUGAGAAACGAGACCUUCCAGAGGGCCGCUGGAUGAAAGCUAGUUUUGCAAACAUUCUUGAAACUGAAUUUUCAGUCACAGGCCUGAUAGAAGACUGCAAAUAUGAUUUCAGAGUCAUUGCCAGAAAUGCAGCUGGCUCAAUCAGUAAACCCUCUGAGAGCACAGGUUCCAUUACAGCUAAGGAUGAGGUUGAACCACCAACCUAUGAGAUUGCAUCAGAGUAUAGCCAGAUUUUGACAGUGAAUGCUGGAGAAACAUUUACACUGGAAGCAUCUGUAGUAGGAAAGCCAACUCCAACAAUCCAGUGGUUCAAGGGUGAUGUGGAAGUUGAAAAUUCAGCAAGAGCUGAGAUCAAGAACACUGACUUCAAAGCCAUUCUUGUUGUCAAAGAUGCCAUUAGAAUUGAUGGAGGACAGUACACAUUGCACCUUACUAAUGUGGCUGGAACAAAGUCUGUUUCUUUCAAUGUAAGGGUGCUUGAUAGACCUGGACCCCCUGAAGGGCCUUUAACUGUCUCAGGUGUAACAUGUGAGAAGUGUUCAUUGUCAUGGCUUCCUCCACGGCAUGAUGGUGGCAGCAGUAUUUCCCAUUAUAUCAUACAAAAGAGAGAAACAAGUCGUCUUGCUUGGACUGUAGUUUCAGGUGAUUGUGGAGCAACCAUGUUUAAAGUUACAAAGCUUCUAAAAGGAAAUGAAUAUGUUUUCCGUGUCAUGGCUGUCAACAAGUAUGGUGAUGGUGAACCUCUUGAAUCAGCACCAGUGAUUAUGAGGAAUCCUUUUGUUCGACCUGGGCCACCUAAAGACCUAGAAAUAACAAAUAUUUCAAGAGACUCUAUGACGGUAUGUUGGACUCGUCCUGAGACUGAUGGUGGAAGUGAGAUUGUUGGUUACAUUGUGGAAAAGAGAGACAGAGCUGGAGUGCGAUGGACAAAAUGUAACAAACGCAGAGUCACAGAUUUACGUUUCAGAGUCACAGGCUUGACAGAGGAUCAUGAAUAUGAAUUCAGAUUAUCUGCAGAGAAUGCUGCAGGAGUUGGACAGCCAAGUCCACCAACUAUUUAUUACAAAGCUUGUGAUCCAACAUUCAAGCCUGGUUCACCAACUAAUGCACACCUUGUUGAUACUACAAAGAAUUCAGUCACCAUUGCAUGGAGUAGACCAAUAUAUGAUGGUGGCUUGGACAUCCAGGGCUAUGUUGUUGAGAUAUGUAAAGCUGAUGAAGAAGAAUGGACCACAUGUACCCCACCUUCUGGAUUAAAUGAUACUAAAUUUACAAUAACUAAACUCACUGAACACCAAGAAUACAAAGUUCACAUAUGUGCCCUGAAUAAGCUGGGUGUUGGUGAGCCAGUGGCCAUCCAAGGGACCGUCAAGCCAGUGGAUAAGAUGAAUGCCCCCGAAAUUGAGCUUGACUCUGAGUUGAGGAAAGGUAUUGUUGUGCAUGCUGGAGGAUCUAUGAGAAUACACAUACCCUUAAAAGGACGCCCAGCUCCUGAAAUAAACUGGACCAAGGAUGAAGGAGAUUUACCAGAUAAAGCACAAAUAGAAAAGGGACCAGAUUACACCCAACUAUCAAUUGAUAUAUGUGACAGAAACGAUGCUGGGAAAUAUACUCUAACUUUGGAAAACAGUGCUGGUAAAAAGUCAGCAUUUGUGUCAGUUAAAGUAAUGGAUACACCUGGUGCUCCACAGAACCUUGUUGUGAAAGAUAUAACUAGAAACUAUGUCACCCUUGUUUGGGAGCCUCCGCUUAUUGAUGGUGGUUCAAAAAUAAAAAAUUACAUUGUUGACAAGCGUGAAUCAAAUAGAAAAGGAUUUGCAAACAUUACUACUAAGUGCACCAAGACUAGCUUCCGAGUUGGUGAUCUUACAGAAGGUGGUAUUUAUUAUUUCAGAGUCAUGGCGGAAAAUGAAUUUGGUGUUGGUCUGCCUGUAGAAACAGAAGAAUCUGUAAAGACUGCUGAUCCUCCUCUAUCUGUUGGAAAGGUCACUUUGACUGAUGUGACUAAAUCUACAGCAACACUGUCCUGGGAUAAACCAGAUCAUGAUGGUGGAAGUAGAAUUUUAGGUUAUUAUAUUGAGAUGCAGCCAACAGGAUCAGAAGAGUGGAUUGUAGCUACAGUCACCAAAACAUGUGAGGGAACAGUUACAGGGCUUAGUUCAGGAAAAGAGUACUUCUUCAGAGUUGUUGCCUACAACGAGAAGGGAAAAAGUGAUCCAAGACCAUUAGCUGCUCCUGUUGUUGCGAAAGAUGUCACUUUUGAACCAGGCAUUAAAUUGCUUUCCAACACAUACAGUGUUCAAGCUGGUGAAGAUCUUAAAGUGGAAAUACCAUUUAAAGGCCGUCCAACUCCAAAGAUUUUAUGGAUGAAAGAUGGACAAGCGCUGAAAGAGACAACUAGAUUAAAUGUCUCAAGCUCUGCAACAUUAACUGUUCUUAAAAUUAAAGAUGCCAAUAGAGAGGACUCUGGCAAAUAUACAGUCACAGCUACAAACAAUGUGGGAACAGUCACAGAGGAGAUUGGCAUUAUCAUUCUUGACAAACCAGGUCCACCAGUUGGACCAGUCAAAAUUGAUGAAAUAAGUGUGAACUAUGUUACAAUCUCCUGGGAGCCACCAUUAUAUACAGGAGGUUGUCAGAUAAACAACUACAUAGUUGAAAAACGUGAUACUACCACUGUCAACUGGCAGAUUGUUUCAGCAACCAUUGCUCGUACCACAAUCAAAAUCUCUAAGCUGAAGACUGGUUCUGAAUAUCAGUUCAGAGUGUUUGCAGAGAAUAGAUAUGGAAAGAGCACAUCCCUAGAUUCAACAGCAGUUGUUGUCAGUUAUCCUUUUACUGUGCCUGCAGCUCCUGCCACACCAUUUGUUUCAUCAGUGACAAAAGACCACAUGGUCAUUGAAUGGAAACCCCCCAGCAAUAAUGGUGGUAGCCCUGUAAUUGGGUAUCACCUAGAGCGUAAAGAAAAGAAUAGUAUAUUAUGGACAAAACUUAACAAGCUUCUUAUCACUGACACUCGACUCAGAACAAAUGGUCUGGAGGAGGGAAUUGAAUAUGAAUACAGGGUGUAUGCUGAAAAUAUUGCAGGAAUCAGUCCAUCAAGCAAAGUCUCAGAAAGUGUUGUUGCACGUGAUCCGUGUGAUCCCCCUGGAACUCCUGAGGCCAUUGUUAUUACAAGAAACCUAAUAACUCUUCAUUGGAGUAAACCACAAUAUGAUGGUGGAAGUGCAAUCACAGGAUAUAUUGUUGAAAGAAAGAAACUGCCUGAAGGUCGUUGGAUGAAGGCCAGUUUUGCAAAUAUUAUAGAUACACAAUUUACAAUAAGUGGAUUAGAAGAGGAACAGAGAUAUGAAUUCAGGGUAAUUGCCCGAAAUGGAGCUGGUAUUUUAAGUGCACCCUCUGAAAGCACUGGACCAAUUACUGCUCAGGAUGAGAUUGAAGCUCCCUCAGUCUCCAUGGAUUCAAAAUUUAAAGAUGUUAUCAUUGUAAAAGCUGGUGAGACCUUUACUAUUGAUGCUGAAAUUGCUGGCAAACCUCUCCCUGAUAUUAUGUGGCUUAAGGAUGGAAAGGAAAUUGACAGUGCUACACCAAGAAUGGAGAUUAAAUGUACCAUAACACAGACAAUUCUGACUGUUAAGGACUGCAUCAGAGUAGAUGGCGGUCAUUUUGUCUUGAGUCUUAGUAAUGUUGGUGGAACAAAGCUGGUACCUGUUAAUGUCAAGGUUCUUGAUAGACCUGGUCCACCUGAUGGCCCUUUGAAAGUAACUGGUGUCACAGCAGAAAAAUGUUAUUUGCACUGGAGCCACCCAUUACAUGAUGGUGGAGCUAGUAUUUCUCAUUACAUUAUCGAAAAAAGGGAAACAAGCAGGCUUUCUUGGACAGUAGUGGAACCAAAAAUUCAAGCCAUCAGUUAUAAAGUCACUAAACUCUUACCUGGUAAUGAGUAUAUAUUUAGGGUCAUGGCAGUGAGUAAGUAUGGUGUUGGUGAGCCACUUGAAUCUGAACCUGUCCCUGCAAAAAAUCCAUUCAACCCACCCAGUCCACCCUCAACUCCAGAGGCAAGUGCAAUCACUAGAGACUCGAUAGUCCUUACAUGGGAACGGCCAGAGAAUGAUGGUGGAUCACAAAUUGAUAGUUACACUCUUGAGAAACGUGAUAAAGAGGGUAUUCGGUGGACAAAAUGUAACAAGAAAAGACUGACUGACUUGCGAUUCAGAGUCACUGGUUUGACAGAGGGACACUUCUACGAAUUCAGAGUAUCUGCUGAAAAUGCUGCUGGUGUAAGCACACCAAGUGAACCAUCUGAGUAUUACAAGGCUUGUGAUGCAACUUAUCCUCCUGGCCCUCCUAACAAUCCUAAAGUGACAGACCACUCAAGCACAACUGUUUCCCUGGCAUGGAGUCGACCAAUUUAUGAUGGUGGGGCAGCAAUCUCAGGAUACAUUGUUGAGAUAAAGGAAGCUAAUGUAGAUGAGUGGACGGUAUGCACUCCACCAACUGGUGUACAAACAACUCACUACACUGUCAAAAAACUAAAGGAAAAUGCAGAAUAUAACUUCCGCAUUUGUGCAAUUAAUAUUGAGGGGGCUGGAGAGCAUGUUGAUAUUCCAGGGUCUGUAAUUGCUUCUGAAAAACUUGAAGCUCCUGAGGUAGAACUUGAUACAGAUCUUAGGAAAAGUGUGACUGUGCGUGCCAGUGCAACACUACGCUUAUUUGUCACCAUAAGGGGAAGGCCCGAGCCUGAGGUUAAGUGGACAAAGGUAGAUGGUACAUUAACAGAGCGUGCUCAAAUUGAAGUUACAGGCUCGUACACUGUGCUUGUCAUUGACAAUGUUAACCGCUUUGACACUGGCAAGUAUGUAGUGACUCUAGAAAACAUUAGAGGCACAAAAUCUGCAUUUAUUAAUGUUAAAGUCCUUGACUCUCCAAGUGCUCCAGUGAACUUUGAAAUAAAGGAUGUAAAGAGAGAUUCUGUGCAGUUACAGUGGGAGCCUCCACAAAUUGAUGGUGGAGCCAAGAUUACCCAUUACAUUGUGGAGAAGCGUGAAUCUAAAAGAAUGGCAUUCACAACUGUGACAAACAACUGUGUCAGGAAUUCGUUCAAAGUUGACGAUCUCCAAGAAGGAGGUCUGUACCACUUCCGUGUAUUAGCUGUGAAUGAACUUGGUGUUGGCUUGCCUGCAGAGACCACAGAGGCAGUGAAAAUCUCCCAAGCACCCUUACCACCUGGUAAAAUUACAGUUGUUGAUGUAACCCGCCACACUGUUACUCUUGCAUGGGAAAAGCCAGAUCAUGAUGGUGGCAGCAAAAUUACAGGCUACACAGUGGAAAUGUUAACUAAGGGAUCAGAUAAAUGGACUGUGUGUGCUACAGUAAAGGCACUGGAAGCCAUAAUUGAAGGACUUACAACAGGAGAGGAAUACAGCUUCAGAAUUACAGCUCUUAAUGACAAAGGAAAGAGUGAUCCUAAACCACUGGGAGCACCUGUGUGUGCAAAGGAUAUUACAGUUGAACCAAUUAUUGAUUUGGUGUUUAACACUUACAGUGUUAAAGCUGGAGAUGAUCUCAAAAUUGAUGUUCCAUUCAGAGGCAGACCACAUCCAGAGGUUACAUGGAAAAAGGAUGGUCACUCAUUAAAACAAACAACCAGAGUAAAUGUUCUGACAUCAAAGACAUCAUCUAAGAUUGUCAUCAAGGAUGCAACAAGGGAAGAUGUAGGAAAAUAUGAAAUUAAAUUAGCCAAUACAGUUGGUGUUAAAUCAGCAGAAAUAUCUGUCAUUGUUCUUGAUAAACCAGGUCCACCAGGUGCUAUCAAAGUAGAUGAAGUAAGUGCUGAUUUUAUUUCAUUAUCAUGGGACCCUCCGAUUUAUGAUGGUGGCUGUCAAAUUAAUAAUUAUGUGGUUGAGAAGAGAGAUACAACCACGACAGCAUGGCAAAUCGUUUCAGCAACAGUUGCAAGAACAUCAAUGAAAGUAACUCGUUUGACACAAGGAACAGAAUAUCAGUUCCGUAUUGCUGCAGAGAAUCGUUAUGGUAAGAGCCAUGCAAUUGACUCUGCCCCAACAGUUGCACAGUACCCCUUCACACCUCCAGGCCCUCCAACAAGUCUUCAAGUUUCUCAUGCCACUAAAUUAGGAAUGCUAGUUACAUGGAACAGACCAGCAAGUGAUGGUGGAAGUCCAGUUAUUGGAUAUCACUUGGAAUGCAAAAACCAAAGCAGCCUUCUCUGGACAAAGAUGAACAGAGGUCUUAUUACAGAAACUCAGUUCAAGGUUACUGGUAUGGAAGAAGGCCUCUUCUAUCAGUAUAGAAUAUAUGCUGAGAAUAUUGCAGGCAUUGGACCUUGCACAAAGGCUUGUGAUCCUGUUGCUGCUCGAGAUCCAUGUGGUCCUCCAGGCCAGCCAAUAGUGAUGAACAUCACAAGAACAACUGUUUCUCUCUCCUGGGCAAAACCGGAGUAUGAUGGUGGAGCCAAGUUGACUGGUUACAUUGUUGAACGAAGAGAACUUCCAGAUGGCCGGUGGUUAAAAUGUAAUUUUACCAAUCUUCAGGAAACUUUCUUUGAUGUGACUGGCCUGAUUGAAGAUCAAAGAUAUGAUUUCCAUGUUAUUGCAAAGAAUGCAGCUGGUUUACUCAGUGAGCCAUCAGAGGGAACAGGACCUGUAACUGUAAAAGAUGACGUUGAUCCACCACGCAUCACAAUUGAGGACAAGUUAAGACAACUGGUUGUAGUUAAGGCUGGAGAUAUAUUGAGAAUUGAUGCUGAAAUUUCUGGACGUCCAAUUCCUGUGGUUUUGUGGGCAAAGGAUGGAAAAGAAAUUGAAGCCAAGGCCAGAGUUGAGAUUUCUUCAACACUUACUAGUACAACACUAAUUGUAAGAGAUGCCAUUAGACGAGACUCGGGACAAUAUGUUCUAACAUUACAGAAUGUUGCUGGCACCAGAUCUUUAGCAGUGAACUAUAAGGUCCUGGAUAGGCCUGGCCCAUCAUCCGGGCCACUGGAAAUAAGUGGUGUAACUGCAGAGAAGUGUACAUUGAACUGGGGACCACCUCAAGAAAAUGGUGGUGCUGAAAUUCAGCAUUACAUAGUUGAGAAACGUGAGACAAGCCGGCUUACCUGGACUCUGGUCUAUGCAGAGAUGAAGGCCACAACAUGUAAAGUAACAAAACUGCUCAAAGGUAAUGAAUAUAUAUUUAGAGUUCGUGGUGUUAAUAAAUAUGGAACCGGUGAAGUUCUGGAGAGUGAUCCUGUUAAGGCAAUGGAUCCAUUUACAGUCCCUGCUGCACCAACAAAUGUUGAGGUCACUAGUAUAACAGGUGAAGCAAUGACAAUCUGCUGGGAAAGACCUGUCUCUGAUGGAGGUAGUAGUAUUUCUGGCUAUGUAAUUGAGAAACGUGAGAAAUCUGGUCUUCGUUGGGUCCGUGUCAACAAAAAGCCUGUUUAUGACUUAAGAGUCAAAGCUUCCAAUCUUCGCGAAGGAUGUGAAUAUGAAUAUCGAGUCUAUGCAGAGAAUGCAGCUGGUUUGAGUGUGCCAAGUGUGCCCUGCCCCCUCACAAAGGCAGAGGAUCCAUUAUUCCUACCAUCACCUCCAGCUAAACCUAAAGUGAUCGAUUCUACAAAAACAUCAAUAACACUGUCUUGGAACAAGCCAUUGUUUGAUGGUGGCUCUCCAGUCACAGGAUACAUGGUUGAAUACAGGAAAACCAGUGAUGACGACUGGACAGUUGGAGUCAAUAACACCACAAGCACGGAGUUCACAAUGGUUGGACUCACAUUAGGGGCAGAGUAUGUCUUUGUAGUCAGAUCAAUUAACAAGAUUGGCCCAAGUGAACCAAGCCCUGAAACUGAUCCACAGAUAGCAAAGGACAGAGAAGAUGAGCCAGUCUUCCUUAUUAGUAAUGAAAUGAGAAAGACACUGAUUGUCAAAGAUGGCAGCUCAUUUACCCUUAGAGUCCCAUUCAAGGGAAAGCCUGUACCACAUGUCAUGUGGAACAAACCAGAUGUUGAUCUUAGAGUGCGGGCAGCAAUUGAUACCACUGAUAACUGCACAUCUAUCACAAUUGAGCAAGCUACAAGAGAUGACUCAGGCAAAUACACCGUAACCCUCCAAAAUGUAGCUGGAACUGCUACACUGACAUUGAGUGUAAAAGUCCUUGAUUCUCCUGGACCACCAGCCCGUAUUGCAGUAAAGGAAGUCACCAAAAGCUCUGCAACUGUUACAUGGGACACCCCUGAAAAUGAAGGUGGUGCUCCAGUCAAGAACUACCUUGUUGAUCUCCGUGAGGCAACUAAAAUGGGAUGGACCAGGAUUACAGACAGUUGCCCCCGCUUGACUUAUAAACUGACUGACCUUCAAGAAGGAGGUGUUUAUUAUUUCAGAGUAACUGGAGAAAAUGAGUAUGGUAUAGGAGUGCCAAUUGAGACCAAAGAAGGAACUAAGAUUACAGAAAAACCAAGUCCACCACCCAAGCUUGGAGUCACUGAUGUCUCAAAAGACAGUGUCUCACUAGCUUGGCUUAAACCAGAACAUGAUGGUGGUAGCAGAAUCACAAAUUACCUUGUUGACGCUCUUGAGAAAGGACAGCAGAAGUGGAUAAAGUGUGGUUCCACCAAAUCAACUCACUUUGUUGUCUAUGGAUUGAGAGAGAAUGCUGAGUACUACUUUAGAGUCCGGGCUGAAAACCAUGCUGGACUUAGCGACUCCAAGGACAUGGUUUUGCCUGUGCUUGUAAAGGAGCAGUUGGAGGCUCCUGAGAUUAACAUGAAGAACUUCCAACACAACACUGCCUAUGUUAAGGCAGGUUCAAAUCUCAACAUUGAGAUUCCCCUCACUGGUAAACCACUACCAAAAGUAUCCCUCUCUAAGGAUGGACAGGUUCUAAAAUCAACCAUGAGAUUCAACUCUGAAGUUACAACUGACUCCCUUAUCAUUACUUUGCGUGAGAGUGUUGCUUUGGAUGCAGGCAGAUAUGAUAUCACAGCCUCCAACUCUAGAGGAACCACAAAAUCCUUUGUGAACAUUGUGGUCCUUGACAGACCAAGUCCGCCAGUUGGACCUGUUGAAAUGUGUGAUGUCACAGAGGACAACGUAAGUCUGAAGUGGUUGCCUCCCACAUAUGAUGGUGGUAGCCCUAUCACAAACUACAUUGUUCUCAAACGUGAGACCACUACUGCAAAUUGGGUAGAGGUUUCAUCUGCUGUUGCAAGAUGCACAAUCAAGAUCAUGAAGCUGACUACUGGAGUUGAGUACCAGUUCAGAAUCAGAGCUGAGAAUCGCUUUGGCAUCAGUGACCAUAUUGAUUCACCUCCUGUUACCGUCUGUCUUCCAUACACAAUCCCCCUGGCCCCUUCACAGCCAUGGGUGUCUGCUGUAACUAAGGAAAGUGUCACUGUUAACUGGAAGGAGCCAUCUUCUGAUGGUGGAAGUCAUGUCUUUGGAUACCACCUUCAGAUGAAAGACAGAAACAGCAUUCUUUGGCAAAAGGUUAACAAAACUGUUAUCCGCGCUACACACUUCAAAGUAUCAAAUGUGAAUGCUGGCCUAAUCUAUGAGUUCAAGAUUGCUGCUGAAAAUGCUGCUGGUAUUGGUCCAGUUAGCAAGCCCUCAGAUCCAGUGCUUGCAAUUGAUGCUUGUGAACCUCCAAACAACCUUAGAGUUACCGAUAUCACAAAGAAUUCAAUAAGCCUUGCCUGGCAGAAACCCUCAUAUGAUGGAGGAAGUACAAUUACUGGCUAUCUAAUUGAAAGGAAAGAUGGUCCUAAAGGAAGAUGGUCAAAAGCUAAUUUGACAAAUGUUACUGACACAAAGUUCACUGUAUCAGGCUUGACUCAGAAUGAAUCUUAUGAAUUCCGAGUUAUGGCUAAGAAUGCAGUUGGCUCCAUAAGUAACCUAUCUGCAACUGUUGGACCAGUCACAUGUGUGGACACAUAUGGUGCCCCUGAGAUUGAUCUUCGUCAAGAAUAUCUCGACAUUGUGAAAUACAAAGCAGGAGCUACAAUUCAACUUAAAGUUGGUAUUACUGCAAAACCUCAACCAACCAUUGAAUGGUACAAGGAUGGAAAAGAGCUUGAGCCCGGAGCUCAGAUUUCCAUCUCCAACACCACAGAUUCUGCAUGCAUCUCAGUCAAGGAUGCCACACGUGUGGAUACUGGAACAUAUGAACUCAAGAUCAAGAACUCUUUAGGCUCAGCAUAUGCUGCUAUCAGAGUACUUGUCCAAGAUAAACCGGGACCUCCUGCUGGAGAGAUACAAUUCAAGAAAGUCACUGCAGAUACUAUAACCAUCAUGUGGGAACCUCCAGCUGACGAAGGUGGUGCAAUGGUGACCCACUAUAUUGUGGAGAAACGUGAGACGAGCAGAAUUAUGUGGUCUAUAAUCUCAGAGAAGCUAGAAGAUUGCAUUGUCACAGUGCAAAGGCUCAUUAAGGGCAAUGAAUACAUAUUCCGUGUGCGUGGUGUAAACAAAUAUGGAGUUGGGGAUCCUCUGGAAUCAAGACCAGUAAUUGCACAGAAUUCCUUUGUUCCUCCUAGUCAGCCCUCGAAACCUCAAGUCACUAUGAUUACCAAGUCAACAAUGACUGUGGUAUGGGAAAGACCAAGUUUGGAUGGUGGCAGUGAUAUUGAUGGAUAUUACUUAGAGAAGCGGGAGAAGAAGAGUCUACAGUGGUUCAAGGUUAUUAAAGAUCCAAUUCGUGAUACCAGGCAGAAAGUUGGCAACCUCACAGAAGAAAAUGAAUAUCAGUAUCGUGUCAGUGCAAUCAACAAAGCUGGAGCAGGCCCAUAUUCUGAUGCAUCCAUAUUCUACAAAGCUUAUGACCCCAUUGAUCCACCAAGUGAGCCAACCAAGCUCGGAGUUGUUGAUUCAACAAAGACAUCCAUUACCCUUGGAUGGGUGAAGCCUGUCUAUGAUGGUGGCAGUGAAAUCACAAGCUAUGUUGUUGAACAACGAAUGGCAGAUGAGAGGGAAUGGGUCACUAUAAGCUCUAAAGGUGAAGUGAGGACGACAGAGUUUGUGGUGUCCCACUUGAAACCUGGAGUGUAUUACUUCUUCCGUGUCUCUGCUGUUAACUGUGUUGGAGCUGGACGUCCAAUUGAGAUUAUACAGCCAGUGCAAGCCAAAGAUAUUCUGGAGGAGGCUGAUGUUGAUCUGGAUAUCUCAAUGUCAACUCAGUACAUAGCAAAGGCUGGUAGAGAUGUGGAGAUUGUCAUUCCUCUUAAGGGUAGACCUGCUCCUAAUGUAACAUGGAGAAAGGGAGACAAGAACAUUAGUGGUGAAGCAAGAUACACCAUAAAAAACACUGAAUAUUCAACUGAGCUCGUCAUUCCAAAAGUCACAAGGGAUGAUACAGGCAAAUAUCUUCUUGAAAUUGAAAAUGGAGUCGGAGAGCCAAAAACAAUUACAGUGUCUGUUAAAGUAUUGGACACCCCAUCUGCUUGCAAUAAAUUGAUAGUGAAGAAUGUGACACGAGGUAAACUCACUCUUAGCUGGGAGCCUCCUUAUAUUGAUGGUGGCUCCCCAAUCACAAAUUACAUUAUUGAGAAGAAGGAUGCUAAAAUGAAGGCCUUCACUUUUGUGACAAAAGAAUGUGCCAACACAACAUACAAGGUUGAUGGUCUGUCUGAAGAAAUUUCCUAUUUCUUCCGUGUUUCUGCUGAAAAUGAAUACGGCAUUGGUGACCCUUGUAACACAGCACAGCCAGUCAGAGCAACUGAGAUGCCUGGUCCUGUUAAAGAUCUGGUAAUGGUGGAGUCAUCUAAUACAUCUGUAACUUUGGCAUGGACAAAGCCUGAUCAUGAUGGUGGCAGCCACAUUUCUGAGUACAUUAUUGAGAAGAAAGCAAAGGGAGAGGAUGCUUGGAGUAUUGGUGGCACAUGUAGACGUUGCCAACAUGAGGUAACACACCUUAAAGAACUCUCAGAAGUUUUCUUUAGAGUAUUUGCCAAGAACGAGAAGGGUUGCAGUGACUUCUCUCAAAUUGGACCCAUUACUGUAAAGUACUUUGUAAUACCACCUGAGGCAAACCUAACUGACUUUCCUAAUGGGGAAUUAAGUGUUCGCAUUGGACAAAAUGUGAAUAUUGACUUGCCCUUCAAAGGUAAACCUAAGCCCACUAUUCAGUGGAUGAAAGAUAAUGUGCCACUCAAGGAAAGUGAGCAAGUUCGUUUUAGGCAAACAGAGAACAAGGCAAGUCUUACUGUACGAAAUGUAAGAAAGGACAAUGCAGGAAAAUACACCUUGGUCCUUGAUAACAAACUUGACAAGAACUUCUUUGACAUCAAAGUAAUAACACUUGGGCCACCAUCUACACCUGUAGGCCCAAUCCGUUUUGAUGAAAUUAAAGCCCAGAGUAUUAUUAUCUCAUGGAAUGAACCCCAGGAAGACGGUGGAGGAGAGAUCACCUGCUAUAGCGUUGAAAAGCGAGAGACAUCCCAAGCUGCGUGGAAAAUGGUUUGCUCUAGUGUGGUCAGGACCACAUUUAAGAUACCGAAUUUGGUUAAGGGAACUGAAUACCAAUUUAGGGUACGUGCAGAAAACAAAUAUGGAGUUAGCGACCCUCUCACCUCAUCGGAUAUGGUUGCUCAGCACCAAUAUAAGCCACCAGGUCCACCUGGAAAGCCUGUAGUAUACAAUGUUACAAGUGAUGGCAUGACUGUUCAGUGGGAUGCCCCAAGCUUUGAUGGUGGUUCACCAGUCACUGGAUACCAUCUUGAGAAAAAAGACAGGAACAGCUUACUGUGGACAAAAGCAAAUUCCAAUAUUAUCUCUGGAAGAGAGUACAGAGUCAUUGGACUUCUUGAAGGUCUGGAGUAUUCAUUCAGAGUUUAUGCCGAAAACAAUGCUGGCAUGAGUCAAGUCAGUGAACAAAGCAAGCACAAACUGGCAAUCUCCCCUGUUGAUCCUCCUGGCACACCUAAUUGCAUUGAUGUUACAAGAGACUCUGUAACACUUCAGUGGGAACCACCUAAACGUGAUGGAGGCAGUAAGAUUGUGGCAUACAGUGUUGAAAGGCGCCAAGGAAGAGCACGCUGGUUAAGAUGCAAUUUCAUUGACAUCAGCGAAUGUCAGUUUACAGUAACAGGCCUUGCUGCAGGUGACCGCUUUGAAUUUAGGGUGAUUGCCAGGAAUGCUGUUGGAACAGUUAGUCCACCUUCUCAGUCAUCUGGUUACAUCAUGACCAAAGAUGAAAGUGUCAUCCCUGAGAUUGAGUUUGGUGCAGAGAAGACCCUCACCAUCAAGGCAGGAGAAAACAUUAAACUCAGCUGCAGUGUAAGAGGACGCCCUGUACCUCAAGUCACAUGGUAUAAAGAUAGCAAGGAAGUGGACAAAAUGCUGGUUGACAUCACAACUAUAAUUGGAUCAAGCUCACUAUUCAUCAGAGAUGCUGACCGCAAUGAUCGUGGUAUCUACACAGUUGAAGCCAAGAACAGUUCGGGCACAACAAAAGUGGAUGUUCUUGUCAGAGUACAAGAUACCCCUGGUCCGCCCGAAGGCCCACUUCGCUUCACAAAUAUAUCUGCAGAGAAAGCAACUCUUUGGUGGAGCCCACCUGAUAAUGAUGGAUGUGCACCUAUCACUCAUUAUGUGAUUGAGAAACGUGAGACUUCCAGAAUUUCGUGGGCACUUGUAACAUCCAAGUGUGAAGCCUGCUCUUUUAAUGCCACAAAACUGAUUAAAGGCAAUGAAUAUCAGUUCCGUGUAUCCGCUGUCAAUAAAUUUGGUGUUGGCAAGCCAAUGGAGUCUGAUCCAAUCAUUGCUCAAAUGCAAUACACGGUACCAGAUGCUCCUGGGACACCUGACUGCACACAUGUGACCGGAAACAGUAUUACACUAUGCUGGACAAGACCAAGACAUGAUGGUGGAAAUGAGAUCAAGCAAUACAUUCUUGAAAGACGAGAGAAGAAGAGCUUAAGAUGGGUGAAGGUUUCAUCAAAGAGACCAAUAACUGAGCUUAGGCACAGAGUAACAAACCUUACAGAAGGAAAUGAAUAUGAAUUCCGUGUUAUGGCUGAAAACGGAGCUGGUAUUGGACCUGCAAGUAGUACGUCCAGAUUGUUCAAGUGCAGAGAGCCAACAAGUGCACCCAGUGCACCAACUGUGGUGAAAGUAAUUGAUUCUACCAAGACAUCUGUUACUUUGGAAUGGACCAAACCUGUAUUUGAUGGUGGUAUGGAAAUCAUCGGUUACAUAAUUGAUAUGUGCAAGGCAAGCCUUGAGGAAUGGCACAGAGUCAACAACCAGACUUGCAUCCAUACCAAAUACACAAUAACAGAUUUAGAACCUGGUGAAGAGUACAAAUUUCGUGUAUGUGCAGUCAAUGGUGCUGGGAAGGGAGAAACUUCUGAGACUCCAAAUGUAGUACAAGCAGUUGAUAGACUGACAUCACCAGAAAUUGAUAUUGACGCAGACUUCAAACAGACACAUGUUGUGAGAAAUGGUGGAACAGUCACACUUCAUAUUCCCUUCCGUGGAAAACCAGCCCCCCUUGCCACAUGGACAAAGGCAGAUGGAGAGCUUGGUGUAAUGGUGGAUAUUCAUACCACAGACAUAUUCAGUACCUUGACAAUUGAAAAUUGCAGCAGGUAUGAUGCUGGCAAGUAUACACUUUCUCUUGAAAACAACAGUGGUCGUAAAGCUAUUACAUUAACAGUGAAAGUGUUGGACACACCUGGACCACCAGGACCUCUCUCAUUCAAGGAUGUCACAAGAGGUGCCCUGACACUCAUGUGGGAUGCACCAUCUAAUGAUGGAGGUGCCCGUGUUCAUCACUACAUUGUUGAGAAGCGAGAGGCAAGUCGCUUGAGUUGGCAAGAGGUUAGUGAAAAGUGCACACGUCAAAUCCUAAGAGUGACCAACCUCGCUGUAGGCAUAGCAUACUUCUUUAGGGUUAUUGCUGAAAAUCAGUAUGGCAAAGGUGAGCCAUAUGAAAUGACAGAGCCUAUAAUUGCCACAGAAGAGCCUGCACCUCCCAAGAGACUGGAUGUCAUUGAUACCACAUCCUCAACAGCCACCUUAGUAUGGAUGAAGCCUGAGCAUGAUGGUGGAAGCCGCAUUACUGGGUACAUUGUUGAGACUAGAAAGAAGGGCUCUGAUCGCUGGGUUAUUGGUGGUCAAACCAAAUCUUUGAAAAUGGUUCUUGAAGGAUUGGUUGAGAACACAGAAUAUGAAUUCCGUGUCAAGGCCCAGAAUGAUGCUGGUAUUAGUCACCCACGAGAUGCGCUAGGCUCUGUCAUUAUUAAGGAGCCUCGUAUUGAGCCAACAGCAGAUCUCAGUGGCAUCAGUAAACAGCUCAUCACUUGCAAAACAGGAAAUACCUUUACCAUUGAUAUUCCAAUCAGUGGGAGACCAGCCCCCAAGGUAACAUGGAAACUUGAAGAAAUGAAACUCAAAGAAACAGACAGAGUAUCAAUUAAAACUUCUAAAGAUAGAACCACUCUACUGGUUAAGGAUGCCAAGAGAGGUGACAGUGGAAAGUAUUAUAUCACUCUGGAGAAUGCAGCUGGAUCAAAGACAUUCACUGUCACUGUCAUUGUCAUUGGAAGACCAAGCACACCAACUGGACCUGUUGAAGUUUCAGGAAUCACAUCAGAGUCCUGUGUAUUGACAUGGUCUGAACCUUCAGAUGAUGGUGGAACAGACAUCACCAAUUAUAUUGUUGAGAAACGUGAGUCUGGGUCCACUACAUGGCAAGUUGUGAAUUCAAGUGUGAAACGGACCACCAUUAAAGUAACUCAUCUGACCAAGUACAUGGAGUACAGUUUCAGAGUCUGUGCUGAGAACAAGUUUGGUGUUAGCAAAUCUAUUGAAUCUCAAGCUAUUGUUGCUGAGCAUCCAUUUGUCCCACCAAGCCCACCAACUCGACCAGAUGUUGUUUCAGUGUCUGCUAAUGCAAUUUCUAUCCGCUGGGAUUUGCCAUAUAAUGAUGGUGGAAGCAAGGUAAAUGGAUACUGGAUUGAGAAGAAAGAACGCAAUACCAUUCUGUGGGUGAGGGAGAACAAGAUCCCUUGCCUUGAGUGUCACUACAAGAUCUCCAAUCUCAUUGAAGGCCUUGAGUACCAGUUCAGAGUUUAUGCAAUGAACAUUGCAGGCUUGAGUAAAGCAAGUGAAGCAUCAAGGCCAGUGCUGGCUCUAAAUCCAGUUGAUCCACCCGGCAAACCAGAGGUUUAUGAUGUAACAAAGACAUCAGUGUCUAUUAGAUGGUCUGUGCCAUUCAAUGAUGGUGGCAGCAAGAUUGUUGGAUAUGUGGUUGAACGCAAGGCAUCCAGUGACGAUGAUGAAGCUCGUUGGUUGAAGUGCAACUACACGACAAUCACAGAAAACUUUUUCACUGUUACAUCACUCAGUGAAGGAGAGCAGUAUGAAUUCCGUGUUAUUGCCAGAAAUGGUGCCGGAGUCCACAGUAUGCCAUCUGAGUCAACAGGACCCACCAUAUGCAAAGAUGAAUAUACACCACCCAAAGCUGAGCUGGACAGCAAACUUGUGGGUGAGACAAUCACUAUUAGAGCAGGGUCAGACCUUGUUCUUGAUGCUGCUGUUGGUGGAAAACCAGAGCCCCAGGUUUUCUGGGCCAAGGGUGAUAAGGAGCUGGAGCUUGGAGAGAAAUACUCACUAACAUACACCAGUACAAGAGCGAUGGCAAUUAUUAAGUCAUGUGAUAGAAAUGAUACUGGAAAAUACAUUCUCACUGUGAAAAAUGCCAGUGGAAUCAAAACAGCUGCUGUCAAUGUUAAAAUACUUGAUACACCUGGUCCACCUGAGGGUGUGAUAACAAUUAGCAGGGUCACAGAAGAGAAAUGUACAGUUUCCUGGAAUAUUCCUCUGGAAGAUGGUGGUGAUUCUGUUACUCACUACAUUGUUGAGAGACGUGAGACCAGCAGACUCAACUGGGUUGUCAUGGAAAAUGAAUGCAAGACUCUGUCUUGUGUCAGCACUAAACUCAUCAAGAACAAUGAGUACAUUUUCAGGGUCAGAGGUGUGAACAAGUAUGGGCCUGGUGUACCGCUAGAAUCCGAACCAGUAAUUGCAAGAAAUGCAUACACUGUUCCAACACCUCCAGAAGCACCAGAGAUUACUGCUAUCGGUAAAGAACAUGCCAUUAUUGAGUGGCUGAAGCCAGAGAGUGAUGGUGGUUGUGAAAUCAAAAACUACCUUGUGGAUAAACGUGAGAAGAGCAGUGUUAGAUGGACAAGAGUAAACAAAACCUACACAAUUUAUGAUACACGCCUCAAGAUCACUGGUCUCUUUGAGGGAAGUGAUUAUCAGUUCCGUGUUUCAGCCGUCAAUGCUGCUGGCACCAGCCUUCCAAGUGAGGCAUCUCAGUAUGCUCACUGUAGGGAGCCAACAUAUACCCCAGCUCCACCAUCAGUUCCUCGUAUCACAGAUACUACAAAGCAUAGUGUUAGUAUGACUUGGACACGACCAAUGUAUGAUGGUGGAUCUGAUGUCACUGGCUAUGUUGUUGAGAUUCUGGAAGAGGGAACAGAGCAGUGGUAUAGAGCCACCCAAAAGACCCUGAGCAGCACUGAGUACACAGUAAGCGGUUUGGCAAGUAACAAGAAGUACCGCUUUAGAGUGGCUGCAGUCAAUGCUAUGGGUAGUGGAGAAUUCAGUGAAGGCAGUAUUGAGACUGCUCCUUCAGAGAGACUUGAAAUACCUGACAUUGAACUACCUGAUGAACUUAAGAAGACUGUUUGCGUCAGAGCUGGCAGCACUUUACGUCUUCAUGUAACUACAACUGGAAGACCUGCACCAGUUGUUACCUGGAGAAAGCCUGGAAUUGACCUACAAUCCCGUGGAUUCAUAGAAACUACAGAAAACACCACAACUUUAAUAAUGGAGAAGGUGCAUCGCUAUGAUGCUGGAAAAUACACAAUUGAGGCAGAAAAUCCAUCUGGCAAGAAAUCAGUUACUAUUCUUGUUAAGAUUUAUGAUACUCCUGGACCAUGUGGCGUGGUAAAGGUUAAAGAUUACACAAAAGAGUCUGUUGUAAUUACAUGGGAUGUGCCUACUAUUGAUGGAGGUGCUCCCAUCAACAACUACAUAAUUGAAAAACGUGAAGCUUCAAUGAAGUCAUACAAAACAGUAACAACAGAAUGCAAGAAGACAUUAUACAGAAUCACAGGGCUGGAGGAAGGAACACAAUACUUAUUUAGAGUAUUGCCUGAGAACAUAUAUGGUAUUGGAGAACCUUGUGAAAUUAGUGAGGCAGUACUUGUUUGCGAAGUUCCAUCUGUUCCUCAAGAUCUGUAUGUCAUUGAUAUCACAAAGUCUACUGUCAUUCUUGGAUGGGAAAAACCACUUAAUGAUGGUGGCAGCAGACUUACUGGCUAUGUCAUUGAAGCCUGCAAAACUGGAAGUGACCGCUGGAUGAAUGUUGCUAAUGUGAAAUCAUCUGUGCUGCAGCACACAAUUGUCUCACUAAAUGAAAAUGAGCAGUAUCUCUUCAGAAUCAGAGCUGAAAAUAGCAGAGGUGUCAGUGAGCCCAGAGAUUUUAUGACACCUAUAAUGAUACAAGAACAGAGAAUUAUGCCCAAGAUCGACUUGACUGGCAUCCCUCAAAAGAUUGUAAAUGUGCCGGCUGGCAAGGCAGUUGUGCUCAACAUUCCCAUCAAAGGCAGACCUGCACCUGUCUGUUCAUGGUUCUUUGGUGGUGUCAGGAUGAAGGACAAGUUUGACCGCAUCAAGAUUGAGACGACUGCUAAAUUCACCAAACUGACAGUCCGUGAAACCACAAUCGAUGACACUGGUGACUACUCUCUUGAAGUGAAGAAUGUCACUGGAACCGUAACUGAGGUCAUCAAAGUUAUCAUUCUUGAUAAACCUGGAGUACCUGUCGGGCCCAUGAGAAUCGAUGAGGUUGAUGCCACAUCUGUUACCUGCAGCUGGGGACCACCAGAGAAGGAUGGAGGUGCAAAUGUCAGCGGCUAUGUUGUUGAGCAGCGUGAUGCGCAUCGACCUGGAUGGAUACCUGUCUCUGAAUCUGUCACCAGACCCACAUUUAAGUUUACAAGACUUUCAGAGGGAACUGAAUAUGUAUUCCGUGUAGCUGCUACAAAUCGUUUUGGGAUUGGUGGGUUUUUACAGUCUGAAGUUGUUGAGUGCAAGAGUGCCAAAACUGUACCUGGAGCACCCUGCACACCUGAAAUACUUGAUGUGUCUCACGAUGGCAUGACUCUUACCUGGAGACCACCUGAGGAUGAUGGCGGUUCUUCUGUGGCUGGCUAUAUUAUUGAGCGCAAAGAGGUUGGAUCUGACAGAUGGGUUGGCAUCAAUAAGAAUCCAGUAACCAUGACAAGAUACAGAGCCACAGGACUUAUCGAGGGUCUUGAAUAUGAGUAUAGAGUGACAGCCAUCAACUCUAGAGGCACUGGAAAACCAAGUGAAAGCUCUAAAGCAGCUAUUGCAAUGGAUCCUAUCGAGCCUCCUGGUAUUCCACUGAACCCAAAAGUCACAGAUACCACAAGAACAUCAGUUUCACUUGCUUGGUCUCCUCCAGAGGAAGAGGGAGGUGCAGCUGUUACUGGUUAUCUGAUAGAGAUGCAGAAGGUUGACCAGGUUGAAUGGACAAAAUGCAACACAACACCAACAAAGAUGUGUGAAUACACUUUGACACAUAUGCCCCAGGGAGCUGAAUACAAGUUCCGUGUAAUGGCAUGUAACGCUGGUGGAGCCGGAGAACCAGCUGAGAUUCCAGGGGUGGUCAAAGUUACUGAAAUGCUUGAAUAUCCUGAUUAUGAGUUGGAUAAAAUAUACCAGGAAGGCUAUGUUGUCAGACAAGGUGGCGUCAUCAGGCUAUCUGUGCCUAUCAAGGGAAAACCCUACCCAACAUGCAAGUGGACAAAGGAAGGCCGUGACAUAUCUCAUAGAGCUAUGAUUGCCACCAGUGAUGAACGCACUGAGCUUGUGAUCAAAGAAGCCCACAGAGAUGACACUGGCACCUAUGACCUUGUGCUGGAGAACAAAUGUGGCAAGAAGGCAGUGUAUAUCAAGGUUAAAGUUAUUGGCCGCCCAGAUCCACCUGAGGGUCCUCUUGAAUUUGAUGAUGUCCAAGCACGUUCAGUUAGAGUAAGCUGGAGACCACCCUCAGAUGAUGGUGGCUCUGAUAUUUUUGGUUACAUAGUGGAGAGGCGAGAGGUGCCUAAAGCAGCCUGGUACACUGUGGACUCACGCGUGGUUGACACAUCACUGGUGGUAAAGGGACUGAAGGAAAAUGUUGAAUACCACUUCAAGGUUACAGCAGAGAACCAGUUUGGCAUUAGUAAAUCCUUGAAGUCUGAUGAAUCUGUUACACCAAAGACUCCUCUUUGUCCACCAGAACCUCCCAGCUUCCCUCCUGAAAUUAUGGAUGUUACAAAGACCACAGUUGGCCUGUCAUGGUCAAGACCAAAGGAUGACGGUGGAUCUCGUGUCACUGGAUACUAUGUUGAGAGAAGAGAAACUUCCACUGAGAAGUGGGUGCGCCACAACAAGACUCAUAUAACAACAACAAUGUACACUCUUACUGGUCUCAUCCCUGAUGCAGAGUACCAAUUCCGUGUGGUUGCUCAGAAUGAUAUAGGUCAGAGUGAGCCAGGACCUAUAUCCGAAGCAGUUCUAUGCAAAGAUCCAUUCGAUAAACCAGGUCAACCUGGUGAGAUUGACAUAAUCUCUAUAGCAAAGGACUGCAUAACCAUUCACUGGCUGCGCCCUGAAUCUGAUGGUGGAAAAGAGAUCCUUGGGUACUGGAUUGAAUACAGGCAAGCAGGUGAAAGUGCCUGGAAGAAAUGCAACAAAGAGCGUUCAAAGGACAGACAGUUUACCAUGGGUGGUCUCAUGGAGGCAACAGAGUACGAGUUCAGAGUGUUUGCUGAGAAUGAAACUGGACUGAGUAGACCUAGAAGAACUGCAAUGGGCAUUAAAACCAAACUGAGUGUUGGGGAGGCUCCAUGCCUAAAAGAGGAGAUCAAAGAGACCACCACAAAACUAGGAGAAUCUGGAACAAUGAUGUGCCAAAUUAUUGGUAGACCUCUCCCUGAAAUCAAGUGGUAUAGAUAUGGAAAGGAGCUAAUCCAGAGCCGAAAAUACAAGAUGAGCUCGGAUGGCCGAAACCACUCUCUAACAGUGUCAACAGAUGAGCAAGAAGAUGAAGGUCUGUACACAUGCAGAGCCAUAAAUGAAGCUGGUGAAAUUGAGACGAGUGGCAAGCUUCUAUUGCAAGCUGCACCACAAUUCCAUCCUGGAUUCCCAUUGAAGGAGAAAUACUAUGCAGGUUGUGGAACAAGCCUACGUCUCCAUGUUGUCUACAUUGGUCGCCCUAUUCCACAAAUCAUGUGGUUCUAUGGCAAGAAGCCUCUUAAUCCAUCUGAAAAUGUCAUAAUUGAAAACACAGAAAGCUACACUCACUUAGUUAUAAGAAAUGUCCAGCGUAAGACAAAUGCUGGAAGAUAUAAGGUGCAAAUGAGCAAUAAAUUUGGCACAGUGGACACUGUCCUGCGUGUUGAAAUUCAAGAUAAACCCCUCAUACCUGAAGGUCCAAUCGUUGUUGAUGCUCUCUUGAAGAACUCUGUGAUCAUUAGCUGGAAACCACCCAAGGAUGAUGGUGGAUCAAUGAUCACAAAUUACAUUGUAGAGAAGCGUGAAGCCAAAGAGGGCGAGCAAUGGCAUCUUGUGUCAUCCGCUGUACCAGGAACCAUAUGUCGUGUUCCAAACCUCAUUGAGAGUGCUGGAUAUUAUUUCCGGGUUUCUGCACAGAAUCAGUAUGGCAUCAGUGAACCACUUGAAAUCCCAUCUGUUGUCAUUAUCAAGAGUCCAUUCGAGAAACCUGGAGUUCCACAACAGCCAGUUGUUUCUUCUGUAACAAAGGAUUCAUGUGUUGUUACUUGGAAAGCCCCAACAAGUGAUGGAGGGGCCAAAAUUAAGAACUAUUACCUUGAUAAAAGAGAGAAGAAGCAAAACAAAUGGAUUACCGUUACAACAGAGGAAAUUCAUGCGACAUCUUACACUGUUAAAGGCCUCCUUGAAGGUUUUGAAUAUGAAUUCCGUGUCAAAUGUGAAAAUAUUGGUGGAGAGAGUGACUGGAGUGAGACUUCAGAACCAGUCAUUCCGAAAUCAGAUACAGCUCUCCGUGCUCCAUUCUUCAAGGAGGAAUUGAGAGACAUGUGUGUCAAAUACAGGGCAAAUGCAACCUUUGUCACUAAGGUUAUUGGACAUCCCAAGCCAGUGGUGAAGUGGUACAAGAACGGCAAAGAAAUUUUACCAGAUGGACAGAAAAUAAAGGUCCAAGAAUUCAAGGGAGGCUACUACCAACUUGUUAUCAGCAAUGCUGAUGAAAAUGAUGUGGCUGUUUACCAAAUUAGAGCCACUAACCAACUUGGAUCAAUCUCCACAACUGUGAACCUAGAGGUUGAGGUUCCUGCAAAGAUUCACUUGCCAUUACAUCUCCAAGGCAUGGGAGCUGUUCAUGCCAUUCGUGGUGAGGUGGUUACCAUCAAGAUUCCAAUUAGUGGCAAACCUGAUCCUGUAGUCACAUGGCAAAAGGGACAAGAGAUGAUUAAUAAUACAGCUUAUCAUCAAGUAAUUAUUACAAGAUCAUUUACCUCACUAGUUUUCCAAAAAGGAGUGCAAAGAAAGGAUUCUGGCUACUACAUCAUUUGUGCCAAAAAUCGAUUUGGUGUUGAUAAGCAGACAGUUGAACUUGAUGUCGCUGAUGUCCCUGAUCCACCAAAGGAUGUUAAAGUUAGCGAUAUUGGCAGAGAUACAAUCACCCUCACUUGGAGUCCUGGAAAUGAUGGUGGAAGUGACAUUAAAAAUUAUAUUGUAGAAAAGUGCCCUGUCUCUGGAGACAGAUGGAUUCGUGUUGCUCAGACACCUGAGCCCCAAUACACUGUGAUGAGUCUUUUUGGCAAAACAAAAUACCAGUUCCGAGUAAUUGCAGAAAACAGAUUUGGCUUAAGUGAUCCAUCUGCACCAACUGAACCUGUGACAACAAAAGAAGACAAGUUAGCAAUCAGAAAUUAUGAUGAAGAAGUGGAUGAAACAAGAGAGGUUACAAAGGCGGAGGCACCACAUUCUAAAAUAAAAAAUCUGCCAUCUUUGUACACCAUCUCUGAGGAGCUUGCGCGCAAUGGACAGUUUGGCAUUGUCCAUCGCUGUAUUGAAAUAAGCUCCAAGAAAACAUUCUUGGCAAAAUUCAUCAAAGUUAAGGGUGCUGACCGAGAGCUGGUUGCCAGAGAAAUUGAGACACUCAAUAUUGCAAGACACAAAAACUUACUGUAUCUCCAUGAAUCCUUUGAUAGUUUGGAAGAAUAUGUCCUGAUCUAUGAAUUCAUGUCUGGUUUGGACAUCUUUGAGCGUCUUGGUACAAACUUUGACCUCACUGAGCAAGAAAUUGUUCGGUACAUGAGGCAAGUUUGUGGAGCCCUGAAGUUCUUGCAUAGUAACAACUAUGGUCAUUUCGAUAUCAGACCUGAUAACAUUGUUUAUUCCACAAGAAAGAGUGAUACAAUCAAGUUCAUCGAAAUGGGUCAGGCUAGAUUGCUUACACCUGGAGAAAACAUCAGAAUUCAGUUCACUGCCCCUGAGUACUGUGCUCCUGAAAUCCACAACAGUGAUUUAGUAACCACUGCCACUGACAUGUGGUCUGUAGGUGUUCUUGCAUAUGUCCUCCUUAGUGGACUUAAUCCAUUUGCUGCUGAAUCAAACCAGAAAAUGACUGAGCACAUCUCAAAUGCAGAGUAUGUGUUUGAUAGUGAAGCCUUUAAAGAGACCAGCGUUGAGGCCAUGGACUUUGUUGACAGACUGCUUACUAAAGACCGCAAACUACGUAUGACUGCUUCUGAAGCUUUGGAGCAUCCUUGGCUCAAGAUGAAAUUGGAACACAUUAGUUCAAAGGUCAUCAAGACUUUGAGACACAGAAGAUACUACCAAACACUGGUGAAAAAGGAAUGGAGCACUGUUGUUUCAGCAGCUCGUGUUGUCUAUGGCGGUGGCUACAGAAACCAGAGAAAUGUUUCAAUUGGCAGAGUGAAAGUUGGACAUCCUGAACAAGGCCUGAGAGCAGGUCCAGUCAUGCAUGGCUCUGCGGAGGAGGGCGGACAUGUCAGAUUUGUGUGUUUUAUUGAAAACUAUGACAGAAACACUGAAGUGACCUGGUACUAUGGUUCACGCAAACUGACUGCAAGUCACAAAUAUGAAAUCAAUUACGCUAAUGGAAUUGCAAGCAUCUAUGUUAAAGACAUUGAAGAAUGCGAUGAUGGAGUAUAUAGAUGCAAAGUUGUCAGUGAAGACAGGGAAGAGCAUGCUUAUGCAGAGUUGUUUGUUGAGAGUGUUAGGUCCCAUCGUGAAUACUAUCUGGGACGCUCGCUCAAGAAACCAAGGCGUAGAAUUGACAAAACAAAACUUUUGCAGAGGCCACCUGAGUUUACUUUGCCAUUGUACAACCGUACAGCAUACAUUGGUGAAGAUGUGCGCUUUGGUGUAACCAUAACAGUCCAUCCAGAGCCAAAUGUUACGUGGUUGAAGGCUGGGCACAGAAUCAAACCAGAUCCUAAGAAAUACACAUUUACAAGUGACAAGGGUCUUUAUCAGCUUAUAAUUCACAAUGUUGACCUCAGUGAUGAUGCCGAAUACACUGUUGUGGCAAACAACAAGUUUGGUGAGGACAUUUGCAAGGCACGUCUCACUGUAACACCACACCAUGUUGCUGAGGACACUAUGAGACCAAUGUUCAAACGUCUCUUGGCCAAUAUUGAGUGCGUUGAGGGGCACAGUGUCCGCUUUGACUUGAGAGUAUCAGGAACACCACCGCCAAAUCUGAAAUGGGAGAAAGAUGGAAAGCCUCUUGAGUUCAGGCCACAAGUUGAAGUUGUUCAAGAGGAUGUAGACUAUCAUGUUCUAUAUAUCAGAGAAUCCCUCAUAGAGGAUUCAGGCACAUACAGAGUCACUGCAACAAACUCAGCUGGAUCGGCAAGUUGCCAAGCUACUCUCAAGGUUGAACGCCUAACAUACACAAGGAGGGAGUUCAAGAGUGAGGAAGAGAGGCAGAAGUAUGUACACAACCAAAUAGAAAAGACACUGAAAAUGGCACAACAGUUUUCGACAGCAGAAGUUACUUCACUUAAUCCUGUAGCACAAGAGGCUUUGAAGGAAGCCGCUGAGUUAUAUAAACCUGCAGUGAGCACCAAGAAUGUGCAGGGUGAGUUUGACAUCUCUGAUAAAGAGGAUCAAGAAAUAAAGAAAAUAAAAGAUGAAGAGAAGAAGAUACGUAUGCCUUAUGAAAUCCCAGAGGCACGUGCACAUGAUCAAACUGUUCUCAGUGAAGAUAAGUUGAUCAAACACUUUGUGCCCCUAUCUGAUAUGAAAUGGUACAAGAAACUGCGUGAUCAGUUUGAGAUUCCUGAGCGGAUGGAAAGAAUUGUUCAGAAGAGACAGAGGCGUAUUCGUCUUUCUAGAUGGGAGCAAUUCUAUGUCAUGCCACUGCCCAGAAUUACUGAUCAGUACAGACCAAAGUGGCGUAUUCCAAAACUUGCACAAGAUGAUUUAGAGACUGUUCGCCCAGCAAGACGGCUACCAUCCCCUGAGUCAGAGGCAUCCUUCAAACAGAGAAGGCAUUCACUUGGAGAUCUCUCAGAUGAGGAGCUCCUUGAGCCUGCUGAGGACUACCUGGCAAUGAAGAGAACUGAGAAAGAAAGACAAGAGCUUGAAGAAGAACUAGAACUUGGCUUCUCUGCCUCUCCACCCAGUGGAAGCCCUGUUCGCUUUGAGCUGUCUGCACUGCGUAGUGCAUCAGCAAGGCCUGUUCACAAAGCUGAAGUGAGACAUGUAGAGGAGACAAAACAUGUAACAAUAACUGAGCAAACUCGGGGCUCACCUCCUCCCAUUUCACAUUUUAUGAGGAGGAGGCGAUCCUUGUCUCCAACAUACAUUGAAUUGAUGCGUCCUGUUUCUGAACUCAUCAGGCCACCUCGUGCACGCAUCUCAACUGAGGUUGAAGGUGAAACCAUUGAAAGAAGAUCACCCACCCCUGAGAGGACACGUCCUCGAUCUCCAAGUCCUGUUUCUACUGAGAGACGAUCCUCCAGAUCUUCCACUAGAUUUGAAAGAUCUGCAAGAUUUGACAUCAUGUCUAGAUAUGAGGCAAGAAAAGCUGCUCUCAAAUCUGAGCGCAAGUACCAGGUUGUGACGCAGCAACCCUUCAGCCUUGACCAUGCUCCUCGUAUCACAGUAAGAUUGCGUUCUCAUCGUGUACCAUGUGGUCAAAACACAAAGUUCACAUUGAAUGUUCAAUCCAAGCCAGACGCUGAGAUCCAAUGGUUCCAUAAUGGACAGCAAAUACAAGAGAGCAACAAAUACCAAUUCACAAAUAUGAGUGGUGUCCUGUCUCUCCAGAUUAAUGAUUGUCAGGCAGAGGAUAGUGGUACAUACCGUGUUGUCUGCACAAACUUAAAGGGCGAGGCAUCAGACUAUGGAACUCUUGAUGUUUCAGGAGGAUCAUUUACUACAUACUCCUCAAGACGUAAAGAUGAAGAGGCUCCAACACCAUUUGUACCUGAAAUGACAAAAACAGAUCAUUAUCAUUUAACAUCCAUCAGAGCAUCCUCUGCCUCAAGGACUCACUUGGAGAUCAAGGAAACCAAAGCAAAACUAACAGAGAGACAUGAAGUUUCUGCUGUUGAAAAGUAUGAAUCUCAAAAACUUGCAUCAUCUCCUAUCAGAUAUGCAUCCACUGAAUACCUAUCAUCAGCUUCAUAUUCGUCCACUGAAAGAUAUACAUCGUCAGAAUCAAAGAUGAAAGUAUCAGAAUCAACAGCAUCCGCUGAGGUGUCAGUUAAGAAAGUUAAAGCUACUCUUUCAGCCAAAAUUCUCACAAAACCACAGUCUUUAACUGUAUCUGAGGGCGAGUCUGCACGAUUUGUCUGUGAUAUUGAUGGAGAGCCAGCGCCAAGGGUCACAUGGAUGCAUGAGGGAAGAACAGUUGUCUCUUCACUCCGUAUACAUAUAACCACAACACAGUACAAGUCUACAUUUGAAAUUUCCUCAGUUGAGUAUUCAGAUGAAGGCAGCUAUGCUGUAGUUGUAGAAAAUUCAGGAGGAAAGCAAGAGGCAAGGUUUACCUUGACUAUUCACAAGCCAGUACUUAAAGAGGAAGUUAUUGCAUCACCGACACAAGUGAAGUCUCCAGAGCCUCCAGUGAAAUCAACAUUACCUUCAGUGAAGUCACCAGAAUCUUCCAUAAAAUCCCCAGAACCCUCCUUGAUUUAUUCUGAGCCUUCAGUGACAUCUCCAGUACCACCAGUUAAGUCCCCAGUGCCAUCAAUUAAGUCUCCAGAGCCCUCAAUGAAAUCUCCUGUGCCAUCAGUUAAGUCUCCAGAGCCUACAGUGAAAUCUCCUGUGCCAUCAGUUAAGUCACCAGAGCCUUCAGUGAAAUCCCCUGUGCCAUCACUUAAGUCUCCAGAACCUUCAGUGAAAUCUCCUGUUCCAUCAGUUAAGUCUCCAGAGCCUUCAGUGAAAUCCCCUGUGCCAUCAGUUAAGUCUCCAGAGCCUUCAGUGAAAUCCCCUGUGCCAUCAGUUAAGUCCCCAGAGCCCCAAAUUAAAUCACCAGAACCAACUGGUGUUAAGUCUCCUGAACAUCGAAUUAAAUCACCAGAGGGUAUUAAAUCCCCAUUUAGAGUGAAGUCACCAGAGCCAAUCACCUCUCCCCAGAGGGUAAAGUCUCCACCCCCUUUUAAGUCUCCUGAGCCAAUCACCCCUCAAAGGGUGAAGUCUCCAACAGGUCUGAAGUCUCCUGAGCCAGUUACCUCCCCUCUUAGGGUUAAAUCCCCUACAGGAAUGAAGUCCCCUGAACCAGUCACCUCACCUCAGAGAGUGAAAUCCCCACCAUCAAUUAAAUCUCCUGAGCCGAUCAUGUCACCUAAAAGAGUUAAAUCACCUCUUACAGUGAAAUCACCAACCCCAUCAAAGGAAGCACCACCAAAGGUCAUUCAGCAACUUAAAGCUGAAGCAUUUGAAGACAAAAUUAAGAUGGUCUGUGUUGCUGAAACCUCUGUGACAGAAGUUGUGUGGUACAAGGAUAGCAAAAGACUGAGUCAAAGUAGUCAUUACCAGAUUCACACAUCUUCUGAUGGAACUUGCUGUCUAUAUAUAUCUGAUGUUUCUGAGAGCGACCAAGGUGAAUACUUCUGUGAAAUUAUUGGUGAAGGAGGAGCAGUUUCAAGAACAUCAUUUUCUUUUGUUGGUCAAGUGUUUCAAGCCAUCUACACAAAAGUAACUGCAUUUGUGGCUACACAUAAGGUUAUUCAAGAAUCUGUGUCCUCUCAAAUACAUGGGGGAGCUGAAAUGCUUCUAAAAAGGGAGAGUGCCGCUGCUAGCAGCAUGCACGAAAGUUUCACUUCAGAAUCUGUCCACAUGGAGAGCACAAUGCAAGAGGCAUCCUUCAGCAGUUCCACAAUGGCUGAGAUGAAAUUUGAAACUAUGUCAAUGUCUAGCAUGUCCUCUGUGACAUCAGAGUCAGUAUAUGCCAUGAGCUCAAGCAGUAUAAUGUCAAGUCACUCACAUGUUGAGGGAUCCUCAAUUAGAGCUACCCUGCUCAGUGGUCAAGGCUUAGCUCCAAGAAUUGAAGCUCUUCCUGAAGAUAUCAGCAUUGAAACUGGAAAGGUUCUAACUGUGACUUGUGCUUUCUCUGGAGAGCCAGCACCUCGUAUUGAGUGGUCGCGUGGUGGAAAGACUCUGCCUGGUGUGGAAGAGAGCAGUAGGUUCCACAUUGAGACCACAGAGGACCUGACCACGCUCAUUAUCACCGGUGUGAAAGAGAGUGAUGCUGGGGCAUAUACCCUCAAACUUUCCAAUGAGCAUGGAUCUGAUAUGGCAACUGUUACAAUCAGCAUUCGAUCGAAGUAAAAGUAAUUUCUACCCCCUUCCUUCACUAAGUGACUUUGUAUUUAUUAAAUGAAUGGACAAAAAUAAAUAAAUAAGUACCAGGAUAACUAUUCCUGUAAAUAUAAACUAUUUUUAUACCAAACUUGACAUACAUUUAUGCCAAACUAGACUAAAGUCUAAAGUUAUUAUAAAAUGUGCCAUAUUGGAUAAUUAUGACUUAGGAUUUUUUCCAUUUUUCUGUGGCAUGUACAUAAUGUAAAUAGCCGAAUUUAACGGUUAUGGAAAAUGUAUGAAUUGUUAUUUAUGACAAUAUUAACUGAAACAAAUGGAACUAUAUGUUUAUCAGGAGAAAGUUUCACAUGGAACGAAUACCCUGUUAAACCUGAAACUAAACUCUGUGCCUCAACAAUAAGUUGAAGUCUUAAGAUUGCCUCAACAGGUAGAGAGGCUCCCUGUUGAUGUUACACUAAAUCUGAGAGACAAAGUUAUAUCUGCAUGUUUACAUGUGCAGUGAUAUUAUUACCAUGCUCUUAUGCAUUGUUACUUGAAUAUAAGACCUUGCGUGCUGUUUGCAUUUUACCCUCAUGUAAGCGGGACAACUAGGCCUUGUGUUCAGACUGACUAAGUCAUACCACCAUUUCAAAGACAUGCUCAUUGUGCGAGCGGCCUGCACUUUGAGCUAAAAUGUUUAAUGUGCUCUGUGUCUGACAAGGGACUGCUUGAAUAAACUUUGAAAAAUAACAUCACCUGGCCAAUAAAGAAAGUAUAUCUUGUACUCCCUUGCAGAAGCAGAGCCUCCUCUUGGAGGAUUGCUUUGAUGCAUUGUGUGUUUGAGUGUUAGCUUUAGAAUUCACCUUUUCAGUUGUUGGGCAAACCCCAAGAAAUUGUGCUGCAGCAAUAACACCUGCUGUGCAAAAAAAAAGAAAAAUGGUUUAAAAUUUAAAUGCUUAGCAAUUUGGUUUGAUUUACUGUAGAAUUGUAGUAGUAUAUAUAUAUGCAACCUCCUUGAGUAUUAUUUAUUCAAUAAAGCAUGUUCUCAGCACUA